AUGUUUGACCUGAAUCGUGUCAGGCAGCCAUGCGGUGAUCGCAGCAGUGCACAUCUGCUGUCUAAGAGAGCCGACGAAGAGGCGAUGAAGAUGUACGAUUCUAGAGCAGGUUUCAAUGGCACUCCCAGGGCUCAGCAGAAAGCAGCCCUCCAAGCCGCACCUGGGACUCGACUGGUAAUUGUGCAGCAUUUUGCUAAAAAAAAUACCUGCAUUUUCCUGCAUUUCUCUCAAACGACCCAUUCACAAAUGUUGUUGCUCCCAUACCGACCUGAAAUGGCAGAUUGUUGCUAUGCUGGCAUUAAGGAGCAUGGUGCAGAUCUGGCAAGAUGGAGGUAAUGUGAGUGAGAGAAAGAGAAAGAAAGGAGAGAGAAGCGGGGGUGUACCACACUGUGGCCAAGAUAAAGUGAUGUUGGAUGGCAGUGAAAACAAAAGUUACCCAUUUGUUUUGGCAUGGCAACUCCUCCAGAUAGCUGACUAGACAGUACUGAGGAAUGCCUCCUCAAUCUUUUGAUUGUUUACUAUGCUGUAAUGUUUGAGAAACACUUCAACUUGAUCAUGACUCUCAUUAUUAUUUAGUGUUUAAAGGGUAUUUUGAAUCUUAAUGCUUUUGUUACAUCUUGUUCCCAUGGGUUAGCGUCUUUUGACUUGAGAUACUCAAACAAUUGCUGUGUUAACCCAUGUUAGGUUAGUUAAAAACCCAACCAAAGAAACCCCAUGCUUGAUAUGGGAGUAACUGGAGCUUAGGAAUUAUUAUGUUGGGCGAGGCAGGAAUUCCUUCAGUUGGGCUAGGGGUAGAAUGUUGGGCGUCCGACACAGUUAUGCUUGAGCUCUUUUCAAUUUGGGUUUGGCCUGCCUCAGCCUCCGGCCGCUAGCAUAGCGCUAAUGAAAGUCACAUUAGCCUCAGCCGUUCAAUAGUGCUUUUCAUAGCUGCGCAGGAGGCUAAUGUUCUUAGCCAUAUCCUGCAGGGAUGGUCCCCUCUUCCACUCUAAGGCAGCUGGAGGUCGCUCUCUCAGCUUCCUCUCAGUUCAUGUGGGUAUUGAAAUGAAGAAUGUCACCUGUUAUUUCUUUUUAUUCAAGCUCAGCUAUAUCUGUUGUGAAUAAAACUCCCUUUAGUCAAAUGGAUGGUUUGGAGGCAUUCAGUUUGGGAGGCUUGAAAUGGUGAUGAGGGGUAGGAUGGUUGAAGGGUGCAAAUACAGUCAAUUCUGUGGAAUGCAGUAAGGAUAAAAAAUAAAAUCGUACUUAUUGAUGAAUGUUGUUGCAUUCAGCACAUUGACUACUGUUAAUUCAUUUUGUUUGGGAUAUGUUAUAAGGAGGUCACAGGAGUCUCUCCAAGCCUGGGUCAUACCAAACGAGAUGGAUGUGUUGGAUUUUCUCGCAAUGUGACCUGAGAUACUGUCUCAGCCCCCCCCCCCCCCCCCCUAGGUUGCGCCCUAAUUGGCACUCUAUUUCCUAUUUAGUGCACUAGUUUUGACCAGGGUCUCUGUUAAAAUGUAGUGCACUAAAUUGGUAAUAGUAUGCCAUUUGGACGGAACCUACUCCCAGCCAGGCCUGUUGUCUCUCAGACCAGUGAUCUCUAGCUGGUGUGAAAAGACCAAGGGGAGUCCAAUACUGCAUGAUCUCCUGCAGGAAAGCUUACAGUGCAUUCAGAAAGUAUUCAAACCCAUUGACUUUUUCCAGAUUGUUGUUUUAAAGCCUGAAUUUAAAAUUGAUAAAGUUGAGAUUGUUUUGGUCACUGGCCUACACGCAAUACCCCAUAAUGUCAAAGUGGAAUUAUGUUUUUAGAAAAUGUUACAAAUGUAUUACAAAUGAAAAGCUUAAAUGUCUUGAGUCAAUUCAAUAAUCAACCCCUUUGUUAUGGCAUGCCUAAAUAAGUUCAGGAAUGAAAAUUUGAUUAACUAGUCACAUAAUAAGUUGCAUGGACUCUUUGUGCAAUAAUAGUGUUUAACAUGAUUUUUGAAUAGCUACCACAUACAAUUAUCUGUAAGGUCCCUCAGUCGAGCAGUGAAUUUCAAACACCUAUUGGUAGAUGGGUAAAAAUAUAAAAAAGCAGACAAUGAAUAUCCCUUUGAGCAUGGUGAAGUUAUUAAUUACACUUUGGAUGGUGUAUCAAUACACCCAGUCACUCAGGGAUUUCACCAUGAGGGCAAUGGUGACUCUAAAACAGUUACAUUAGUUUAUUCAUGGAUGUGAUAGGAGAAAACUGAGGAUGGAUCAACAUUGUAGUUACUCCACAAUACUGAUCUAAUUGAGUGAAAAGAAGGAAGCCUGUACAGAAUAAAAAUAUUCCAAAACAUGCAUCCUGUUUGCAACAAGGCACUAAAGUAAUACUGCCCAAUUGAAAUGUGACAAGCAAUUCACUUUUUGUUCUGAAUGUUAGGGCUGUCCCCAACAACAACAAAGAUAUUGGUCGACCGAGAGUCGUCUGUUCUUUCGAUCAAUCGAUUGGUCUAAAUUUUCAAACGUGUACUUUUCCAUAUACAGUGCAUUCGGAAAGUAUUCAGACCCCUUGACUUUUUCCACAUUUUGUUACGUUACAGCCUUAUUCUGAAAUUGAUCAAAUCAAAAAUGUUCCUCAUCAAUCUACACACAAUACCCCAUAAUGACAAAGCGAAAUAUAGGUUUUUAGAAAUAUAUUUUAAAAAUACUUACAUCCUAUGUGUUUUAAUCAAAUCAAGUAUAUGCAGUGAACUUGUCUGAUGCUUUAAGCGAACUGUUUGAUUAAAUAAUUAAGACACACAAAUGACUAAAGGGAUUCCGACCGGGCUCAGACUUGCUGCGAUUUGUUAAAAAAAUGACAGCGAGUGACUGUGUGACUAGCACCCGUUGUUUCUCUCUCCUCCUUGCUGCAGCGACCACCACAGAACAUCAACAGUGUUUAUCACGCUGUCCGUGUUGCUAAAGCUGCAACAUAAUUAGGCUACAGCCAUUUCUAACUGAAAAGUUCUGUUACCGAAAUCCCUAAUUUGUUUAGGAAAAACAUUCCCUAUUCCAACAACCCUUGCUCUCAACGUGACCAAUAGGGAGUGACCUAUAGCAUAUCAUAAUCACAUCAAUAGAUUGGUUAUAAAAAAAAACCUGAACACCGUAACACGUGACAACAAAAUGCAGAGGACAAAUAAACUAGAAAAUUGGGGAAUGUUUACUGGUUGCUCAGGGGGUAAAGGGGAAGUCCGAUGUGUGGAAUAAAUGUGACUAGUUGUGGAAAAUACUGGAGAUCAAGAAAAAUAAGGUAAGGAGCAAGUGCUGCGUGCACAUUAUGUGUGCCAAACAGGUGCUGUUAGAUUACAAAAUAAUUUCUCAGACCGUUUGGAACAACGUAAGCAUUAUAAGCGUACCAGAGAGUCUGUUGUAACGUUUAAUUAAAAAACUGAACAGGAUGCGUUCUUAAGCCUACUGCUCAAUAGUGGUACUACUGCUCAAUGUCCUAACCGACUUGCCAAAACUAUAGUUUGUUAACAAGAAAUUUGUGGAGUAGUUGAAAAACAAGUUUUAAUGAUAUAUAAAAACAUAUAAAUAUAUAUAUAUAUAUAUAUAUAUAUAUAUAUAUAUAUACAGUUGAAGUCGAAGUUUACAUACACUUAGGUUGGAGUCAUUAACACUCGUUUUUCAACCACUCCACACAUUUCUUGUUAACAAACUAUAGAUUUGGCAAGUCGGUUAGGACAUCUACUUUGUGCAUGACACAAGUAAUUUUUCCAACAAUUGUUUACAGACAGAUUAUUUCUUCUAAUUCACUGUAUUACAAUUCCAGUGGGUCAGAAGUUUACAUACACUAAGUUGACUGUGCCUUUAAACAGCUUGGAAAAUUCCAGAAAAUGAUGUCAUGGUUUUAGAAGCUUCUGAUAGGCUAAUUGACAUCAUUUGAGUCAAUUGGAGGUGAACCUGUGGAUGUAUUUCAAGGCCUACCUUCAAACUCAGUGCCUCUUUGCUUGACAUCAUGGGAAAAUCAAAAGAAAUCAGCCAAGACCUCAGAAAAGAAAUGUAAGACCUCCACAAGUCUGGUUCAUCCUUGGGAGCAAUUUCCAAACGCCUGAAGGUACCACGUUCAUCUGUACAAACAAUAGUACGGAAGUAUAAACACCAUGGGACCACACAGCCUUCAUACCGCUCAGGAAGGAGACGCAUUCUGUCUCCUAGAGAUGAACGUACUUUGGUGCGAAAAGUGCAAAUCAAUCCCAGAACAACAGCAAAGGACCUUGUGAAUAUGCUGGAGGAAAGAGGUACAAAAGUAUCUAUAUCCACAGUAAAAUGAGUCCUAUAUCGACAUAACCUGAAAGGCCGCUCAGCAAAGAAGAAGCCACUGCUCCAAAACUGCCAUAAAAAAGCCAGAAUACGGUUUGCAACUGCACAUGGGGACAAAGAUCGUACUUUUUGGAGAAAUGUCCUCUGGUCUGAUGAAACAAAAAUAUAACUGUUUGGCCAUAAUGACCAUCGUUAGCUCAGUUGGUAGAGCAUGGCGCUUGCAACGCCAGGGUUGUGGGUUCGAUUCCCACGGGGGGCCAGUAUGAAAACAUGUAUGCACUCACUAACUGUAAGUCGCUCUGGAUAAGAGCGUCUGCUAACUGACUAAAAUGUAAAAUGCUAUGUUUGGAGGAAAAAGGGGGAUCUUGCAAUCCGAAGAACACCAUCCCAACCGUGAAGCACGGGGAUGGCAGCAUCAUGCUGUGGGGGGUGCUUUGCUGCAGGAGGGACGGGUGCGCUUCUCAAAAUAGAUGGCAUCAUGAGGAAGGAAAAUUAUGUGGAUAUAUUGAAGCAACAUCUCAAGACAUUAGUCAGGAAGUUAAAGUUUGGUCGCAAAUGUGUCUUCCAAAUGGACAAUGACCCCAAGCAUACUUCCAAAGUUGUGGCAAAAUGGCUUAAGGACAACAAAGUCAAGGUAUUGGAGUGGCCAUCACAAAGCCCUGACCUCAAUCCUAUAGAAAAUUUGUGGGCAGAACUGAAAAAGCGUGUGUGAGCAGGGAGGCCUACAAACCUGACUCAGUUACACCAGCUCUGUCAGGAGGAAUGGGCCAAAAUUCACCCAACUUAUUGUGGGAAGCUUGUGGAAGACUACCUGAAACGUUUGACCCAAGUUAAACAAUUUAAAGGCAAUGCUACCAAAUACUAAUUGAGUGUAUGUAAACUUCUGACCCACUGGGAAUGUGAUGAAAGAAAUGAAAGCUGAAGUAAAUGAUUCUCUCAACUAUUAUUCUGACAUUUCACAUUAAAAUAAAGUGGUGAUCCUAACUGACCUAAAACAGGUCAUUUUUUAGUAGGAUUAAAUGUCAGGAAUUGUGAAAAACUGAUUUUAAAUGUAUUUGGCUAAGGUGUAUGUAAACUUCCGACUUCAACUGUAUAUAUAUGGAUGAUUAAUAAUCCAUGCACAUUUAACAGUUAGGCUAUUGAUUAUAGACCUAAUUAAGUUGGGGUUUCCUCUCUCCUCACUUUUCUUAGACAAUUAAGGCAAGGGCUGUUUUCUCAUCUCCUAACUCCAUUGCUGCCUCCACCGCAUUGUUCUCAACACCAAUAUGCUGGUUAACUUUGCUAUUAUGCACAUAGAAACAUGGUAUAGGAAAAGGCGCCAAUUCAAAAGUGCACUGAUGUGUUUCAGAACCGCGGACAGUGAAUGCUAUCCAAAUCGGGAGAAAGCAAAUCUGUUAUAAAAUAAUACAUGUUUUAUUAGUGUUGCACCAUUGUUCCUACGUAACAUAACCAUAUACAAUUUCAGUAGCACAUGUCUUAGAGUGAUGGACUGUGCCAUCCCCAUGGCCUCCACAAUGGAUUAGUCCACUCAGACAGGCACGAAUCAGAUACAGUGCCUUGCAAAAGUAUUCAGCCCCCUUGGCGUUUUUCCUAUUAAGUUGCAUUACAACCUGUAAUUUAAAUGGAUUUUUAUUUGGAUUUCAUAUAAUGGACAUACACAAAAUAGUCAAAAUUGGUAAGGUGAAAUUAAAAAAAUAACUUUUUUCAAAAUAUAAUAAAUAACGGAAAAGUGGUGCGUGCAUAUGUAUUCACCCCCUUUGCUAUGAAUCCCCUAAAUAAGAUCUGGUGCAACCAAAUACCUUCAGAAGUCACAUAAUUAGAUAAAUAAAGUCCACCUGUGUGCAAUCUAAGUGUUACAUGAUCUGUCACAUGAUCUCAGAAUAUAUACACCUGUUCUGAAAGGCCCCAGAGUCUGCAACACCACUAAACAAGGGGCACCACCAAGCAAGCGGCACCAUGAAGACCAAGGAGCUCUCCAAACAGGUCAGGGACAAAGUUGUGGAGAAGUACAGAUCAGGGUUGGGUUAUAAAGAAAUAUUCGAAAAUGCUGAACAUCCCACAGAGCAGCAUUAAAUCCAUUAUUAAAAAAUGGAAAGAAUAUGGCACCACAACAAACCUGCCAAGAGAGGGCUGCCCACCAAAACUCACGGCCCAGGCAAGGAGGGCAUUAAUCAGAGAGGCAACAAAGAGACCAAAGAUAACCCUGAAGGAGCUGCAAAGCUCCACAGUGGAGAUUGGAGUAUCUGUCCAUAGGACCACUUUAAGCCAGGCUGGGCUUCACGGAAGAGUUGCCAGAAAAAAGCCAUUGCUUAAUGAAAACAAUAAGCAAACACGUUUGGUGUUCACCAAAAGGCAUGUGGGAGACUUCCCAAACAUAUGGAAGAAGGUACUCUGGUCAGAUGAGACUAAAAUUGAGCUUUUUGGCCAUCAAGGAAAACGCUAUGUCUGGCGCAAACCCAACACCUCUCAUCACCCCGAGAACAUCAUCCCCACAGUGAAGCAUGGUGGUGGCAGCAUCAUGCUGUGGGGAUGUUUUUCAUCGGCAGGGACUGGGAAACUGGUCAGAAUUGAAGGAAUGAUGGAUGGCGCUAAAUACAGGGAAAUUCAUGAGGGAAAACUGUUUCAGUCUUCCAGAGAUUUGAGACUGGGACGGAGGUUCAGAUUCCAGCAGGACAAUGACCCUAAGCAUACUGCUAAAGCAACACACGAGUGGUUUAAGGGGAAACAUUUAAAUGUCUUGGAAUGGCCUAGUCAAAGCCCAGACCUCAAUCCAAUUUGAGAAUCUGUGGUAUGACUUAAAGAUUGCUGUACACCAGCGGAACCCAUCCAACUUGAAGGAGCUGGAGCAGUUUUGCCUUGAAGAAUGGGCAAAAAUCCCAGUGGCUAGAUGUGCCAAGCUUAUAGAGACAUACCCCGAGAGACUUGCAGCUGUAAUUGCUGCAAAAGGUGGCUCUACAAAGUAUUGACUUUGGGGGGGGUGAAUAGUUAUGCACGCUCAAGUUUUCUGUUUCACAAUAAAAAAUAUUUUGCAUCUUCAAAGUGGUAGGCAUGUUGUGUAAAUCAAAUGAUACAAACCCCCCAAAAAUCAAUUUUAUUUCCAGGUUGUAAGGCAACAAAAUAGGAAAAAUGCCAAGGGGGUGAAUACUUUCGCAAGCCACUGUGGGUGUCUUGUACACCAUGAAUUCUGAUUUUAUUUGUAUUUAUUUUUUGCUACUGCUCGUCUAAAGAAAUCUCGGUCGACCAACAGCAACCAAACAAUCGACCAGUCGAUUAAAUGGGGUCAGCCCUACUGAAUAUAAAGGGUUAUGUUUGGGUCAAAUCCAAUACAACACAUUACUGAGUACCGCUCUAUAUUUUCAUGCAUAGUGGUGGUUGCAUCAUUUACAUUUACAUUUUAGUCAUUUAGCAGACCCUCUUAUCCAGAGCGACUUACAGUUAGUGAGUGCAUACAUUUUCAUACUGGCCCCCCGUGGGAAUCGUACCCACAACCCUGUCGUUGCAAGCGCCAUUCUCUACCAACUGAGCUACACGGGGCCAGGGGGGCCAGUAUGAAAACUGCAAUGAAAUCACUGCAAAGUGUGCUUCUACAAUGUAUUGACUCAGGGGUGUGAAUCCUUAUGUAAAUAAUUUUCUAUCAGGUUGCUAAAAUGUCUAAAAACAUGUUUUCACUUGGUUAUUAUUGGGUAUUGUGUUUAGAUGGGUGAGAAAAAAAAUCCAUUUUAAAUUCAGGCUGUAACACCACAAAACGUAGAAUAAGUCAAAGGUUAUGAAUACUUUCUGUGGGUUUGUCGAAUGGCCUCACAGUAUACUGUGUCACAUCUUGAGGGUCAUUGUCCACUGUCCCUCAGCUAUCUUCAUCAAGGUCAUAUGAUGACACACGGUUGAGUUCUAAGCCCAUUUACAAGGUGACUGACUUCAGAAGUGUGUGUGUGUCCUCAUCAUUUCAGACGUGACAGAUUCCACACAGCCCAUAUGACUCUUACAGUGCAUUCGGAAAGUAUUCAGACCCCCCCCCCCCCCAUCAAUCUGCACACAAUACCCCAUAAUGACAAAGCAAAAACAGAUUUUUUGACAUUUUUGCAAAUGUAUUACAAAUAAAAAACGGAAAUACCUUAUUUACAUAAGUAUUCAGACCCUUUGCUAUGAGACUCAAAAUUGAGCUCCGAUGAUUCCUGUUUGCAUUGAUCAUCCUUGAGAUGUUUCUUCAUGUGAUGGGUGAUUUGAAGGAGUCAGGCGCAGGAGGGUAAAUCACAGAAUAGAGUUUAUUUCGGAAUACAGAGUUACGCAGAAUAGCGUCAAACAGUCCAGGCGCACUGGAACAAAACAGGCACACAGGGAAAAUAUACCCCGGCAAUACAAAAUACACAGAGCACUUAUACACGUACUAAUGAGGGGAUAUGAACCAGGUGUGUGUAAUAGACAAGACAAAACAAAUGGAAUGAUGAGAUGUGAUGCAGCUGUGGCUAGAAGGACGGUGACGACGAAGUCUGCCCGAACAAGGAGAGGAUGCAGCUUCAGAGGAAGUCGUGACACUUCAACUUGAUUGGAGUCCACCUGUGGUAAAUUCAAUUGAUUGGACAUGAUUUGGAAAGGCACACACCUGUCUAUUUAAUGUCCCACAGUUGACAGUGCAUGUCAGAGCAAAAACCAAGCCAUGAGGUCGAAGGAAAUGUCUGUAGUGCUCCGAGACAGGAUUGUAUCGAGGUACAGAUCUGGGGAAGGGUACCAAAACAUUUCUGCAGCAUUGAAGGUCCCCAAGAACACAGUGGCCUCCAUCAUUCUUAAAUGGAAGAAGUUUGGAACAACCAAGACUCUUCCUAGAGCUGGCCACCCGGCCAAACUGAGCAAUCGGAGGAGAAGGGCAUUGGUCAGGGAGGUGACCAAGAACCUGAUGGUCACUCUGACAGAGCUCCAGAGUUCCUCUGUGGAGAUGGGAGAACCUUCCAGAAGGACAACCAUCUCUGCAGCACUCCACCAAUCAGGCCUUUAUGGUAGAGUGGCCAGACGGAAGCCGUUCCUCAGUAAAAGGCACAUGACAGCACGCUUAGAGUUUGCCAAAAGACACUUAAAGGACUCUCAGACCAUGAGAAACAGGAUUCUCUGGUCUGAUUUAACCAAGAUUGAACUCUUUAACCUGAAUGCCAAGCGUCACGUCUGGAGGAAACCUGGCACUAUCCCUGCGGUGAAGCAUGGUGGUGGCAAUAUUAUGCUGUGGGGAGGUUUUUCAGCGGCAGGGAGACUAGUCAGGAUCGAGGGAACGAUAGCCUUUGUCGUUACCAGGGAGAAUUUUCCUUGUUUUACUAUCCUUGUGGGGAUUUUGGGGGAUUUUAGGUCCCCACAAGGAUAAAAGAACACAUACACCCUGUAUCGCUGGCAGGUGUGUGCUCGGUGAGUAAUCCAUUUUGCUCUGGCAGUGGCCUGCUCUCCCCUCUCCCAGCUUGAGGCAGUCUCAAACAGGGUGUGGGACGUGUGGAAACUGAAACUCAGCCAUUCGGCCAACACCGCUGAGUGUCCAAGAGAGACAUUGAAUUUAUGGGAAUAUCUGUGCUGUGCAAUGAAAAUUACUGCACCGUAGAAACUGUAGGUAGCAAACAUAAAAUAGCCCUCACACAUGAUGGUUUUAUUGGGCCCUAUUACCUUGAUGAACACCUAGGUCGUAGUCUGAGCAUUUGCGAUUAGGGAUUCAAAAAACAUCUUUGGCAGUGGAGUUUAUAGUAAAUUGUUCAGUUUCUCGCCCUGCGUUUGAACUUUGUGGUCUUGGGCGUUUCCCUCAUCUCUGAUUUAUAGGCAGUUUGUUUGGGCAUUUUCAGAAUGUUCUGGAACGCUUCGUUGUGUACCAAAUCAUCAGCCCCAUGAGUAAUGAUGUUAGGAGUAGUGGAGCCAAAGCUCACUGGUCCACACGUCACACUCUUACACUGUGGUUCGAUUUGUUGUGCACCAUGUAACUUCAAAAGCAGAUUACAGAGCACUAGCACCACUGUGCCCAAAAUACAUUGAAUAGGAUAGAUGCCUUCAAAUGAUGAGCGAUUGUUAUGACCCAUAGCCAUCAUCCUCAGUGCAUACAAACCACUGGACUGCUGAUAGCAAAUCAGGAAGGACUUGACAACCGUGAAUGCUCAGUGGAUACGUCACGUCAUACGCUGCAUGACAGAUUAAGAACAAAGUUUACAUUUACGUCAUUUAGCAGACGCUCUUAUCCAGAGCGAAUUACAGGAGCAAUUAGGGUUAAGUGCCUUGCUCAAGGGCACAUCGACAGAUUUUUCACCUAGUCGGCUCGGGGAUUAGAACCAGACUCAAUAGGGUACCAUAUGCUACAGUUAACAAAAUGGCUAGCUAGCUAGAUUACUAUACUGAACAAAAAUAUAAACACAACAUUGAAGAAUUUCUAAGAUUUUAUUGAGUUACACUUCAUAACAGGAAAUCAGUCAAUUGAAAUAAAUUCAUUAGGCCCUAAUCUAUGGAUUUUACAUGAUUGGGAAUACAGAUAUGGAUGUGUUGGGCACAGAUACCUUAAAAAUGAGUUAAACCAUUUAGUAUCUGGUGUGACCACCAUUUGCCUCCAUGCGUGACACAUCUCCUUCGCGUAGAGUUGAUCAGGCUGUUGAUUGUGGCCUGUGAAAUGUUGUCCCACUCCUCGUCAAUGGUUGUGCGAAGUUGCUGGAUAUUGGCGUGAACUGGAACAUGCUGUCGUACACGUUGAUCCAGACUAUCUUAAACAUGCUCAAUGGGUGACAUGUCUAGUGAGGAUGCAGGCCUGAACUGGGACAUUUUCAAUUUCCAGGAAUUGUGUACAGAUCCUUGCAACAUUGGGCCGUGCAUUAUCAUGCUGAAACGUGAGGUGAUGGUGGCGGAUGAAUGGCACAACAAUGGCACAACAAUGGGCCUCAGGAUUGCAUCACGGUAUCUCUGUGCAUUCAAAUUUCCAUCGAUAGAAUGCAAAUGUGUUCGUUGUCCGUAGCUUAUGCCUGCCCAUACCAUAACCCCACCGCCACAAUGGGGCACUCUGUUCACAACGUUGACAUCAGCAAACCGCUCGCCCACACAACGCCAUACAUUCUCUAAAACGACAUUUACAUUACAUUUUCUGGCAACAGCUCUGGUGGACAUUCCUGCAGUCAGCAUGCCAAUUCCACGCUCCCUCAAAACUUGAGACAUCUGUGGCAUUGUGUUGUGUGACAAAACUGCACAUUUUAGUGGCCUUUUAUUGUCCCCAGCACAAGGUGCACCUGUGUAAUGAUCACGCUAUUUAAUCAGCAAAUGUUAUGUUAAUUUCUCUACCUACGGUUGGUACUGCGCCGGAGAACGGCGCCGGAGAAGAUGGCUGCCAUUUUACAGCCCUCUAACCAAUUGUACUAUUAUGUGUGUUUUUCCGCGUUAUUUGUAAUUCAUUUUGUACAUAAUGUUUCUGCCAUCGUCUCUUAUAACCAAAAAGAGCUUCUGGAUAUCAGGACAGCGAUUACUCACCUCGUAUUGGACGAAUAAUUUUUCUUCAACGAGGCGGCCACAAAGGAUAUCCUACAGACACCCGACAAGGCCCAAAUCCCCGUCAUUCGCAUGAGGAAGAGACGGAGAUAUCGUGGACGUAGGUCGGGGUGCCUUGUAAGGAUCCGACGGCGAGCGAGUAAACUGCCGCUCCCAUCAAUCCUAUUAGCCAAUCUUCAAUCAUUGGAAAAUAAAUUGGAUGACCUAAGAUUACGGUUAUCCUACCAACGGGACAUUAAAAACUGUAAUAUCUUAUGUUUCACUGAGUCGUGGCUGAACGACGACAUGGAUAACAUACAGCUAGCGGGCUAUACACUACAUCGGCAGGAUAGAAUGGCUGACUCAGGUAAGACAAGGGGUGGCGGUCUGUGUAUAUUUGUAAACAACAGCUGGUGCACAAAAUCAAAUACUAAGGAAGUCUCGAAGUUUUGCUCGCCGGAGGUAGAGUAUCUUAUGAUAAGCUGUAGACCACACUAUUUACCAAGAGAGUUUUCAUCUAUAUUUUUCAUAGCUGUCUAUUUACCACCACAAACCAAUGCUGGCAUUAAGAUUGCACUGAAUGAGCUGUAUAAGGCCAUAAGUCAACAGGAAAACGCUCAUCCAGAGGCAGCGCUCCUAGUGGCCGGGGACUUUAAUGCAGGGAAACUUAAAUCCGUUCUACCUCAUUUCUACCAGCAUGUUAAAUGUGCAACCAGAGGAAAAAAACUCUAGACCACCUUUACUCCACACACAGAGACGCAUACAAAGCUCUCCCUCGCCCUCCAUUUGGCAAAUCUGACCAUAACUCUAUCCUCCUGAUUCCUGCUUAUAAGCAAAAACUAAAGCAGGAAGCACCAGUGACUCGGUUAAUAAAAAAGUGGUCAGAUGACGCAGAUGCUAAGCUACAGGACUGUUUUGCUAGCACAGACUGGGACAUGUUCCGGGAUUCUUCAGAUAGCAUUGAGGAGUACACCACAUCAGUCACUGGCUUCAUCAAUAAGUGCAUCGAUGAUGUCGUCCCCACAGUGACUGUACGUACAUACCGCAACCAGAAGCCAUGGAUUACAGGAAACAUCCGCACUGAGCUAAAGGGUAGAGCUGCCGCUUUCAUGGAGCGGGACUCUAACCCGGGCGCUUAUAAGAAAUCCCGCUAUGCCCUCCGAUGAACCAUCAAACAGGCAAAGAGUCAAUACAGGACUAAGAUUGAAUCGUACUACACCGGCUCUGACGCUCGUCGGAUGUGGCAGGGCUUGGAAACUAUUACAGACUACAAAGGGAAGCACAGCCGCGAGCUUCCCAGUGACACAAGCCUACCAGACGAGCUAAACCACUUCAAUGCUCGCUUCGAGGCAAGCAACACUGAAGCAUGCAUGAGAGCACCAGCUGUUCCGGAUGAUUAUGUGAUCACGCUCUCCGUAGCCGAUGUGAGUAAGACUUUUAAGCAGGUCAACAUUCACAAGGCCGCAGGGCCAGACGGAUUACCAGGACGUGUACUCCGAGCAUGUGCUGACCAACUGGCAAGUGUCUUCACUGACAUUUUCAACAUGUCCCUGACUGAGUCUGUAAUACCAACAUGUUUCAAGCAGACCACCAUAGUCCCCGUGCCCAAGGACACUAAGAUAACCUGCCUAAAUGACUACCGACCCGUAGCACUGACGUCUGUAGCCAUGAAGUGCUUUGAAAGGCUGGUCAUGGCUCACAUCAACACCAUUAUCCCAGAAACCCUAGACCCACUCCAAUUUGCAUACCGCCCCAACAGAUCCACAGAUGAUGCAAUCUCUAUUGCACUCCACACUGCCCUUUCCCACCUGGACAAGAGGAACACCUACGUGAGAAUGCUAUUCAUUGACUACAGCUCAGCAUUCAACACCAUAGUGCCCUCAAAGCUCAUCACUAAGCUAAGGAUCCUGGGACUAAACACCUCCCUCUGCAACUGGAUCCUGGACUUCCUGACGGGCCGCCCCCAGGUGGUAAGGGUAGGUAACAACACAUCUGCCACACUGAUCCUCAACACAGGGGCCCCUCAGGGGUGCGUGCUCAGUCCCCUCCUUUACUCCCUGUUCACCCAUGACUGCAUGGCCAGGCACGACUCCCAACACCAUCAUUAAGUUUGCCGACGACACAACAGUGGUAGGCCUGAUCACCGACAACGAUGAGACAGCCUAUAGGGAGGAGGUCAGAGACCUGGCCGUGUGGUGCCAGGAUAACAACCUCUCCCUCAUCGUGACCAAGACAAAGGAGAUGAUUGUGGACUACAGGAAAAAAAAGAGGACUGAGCACGCCCCAAUUCUCAUCGACGGGGCUGUAGUGGAACAGGUUGAGAGCUUCAAGUUCCUUGGUGUCCACAUCACCAACGAACUAUCAUGGUCCAAACACACCAAGACAGUCGUGAAGAGGGCACGACAAAGCCUAUUACCCCUCAGGAGACUGAAAAGAUUCGGCAUGGGUCCUCAGAUCCUCAAAAAAUUAUACAGCUGCACCAUCAAGAGCAUCCUGACUGGUUGCAUCACCGCCUGGUAUGGCAACUGCUUGGCCUCCGACCGCAAGGCACUACAGAGGGUAGUGCGUACGGCCCAGUACAUCACUGGGGCCAAGCUUCCUGCCAUCCAGGACCUCUAUACCAGGCGGUGUCAGAUGAAGGCCCUCAAAAUUGUCAAAGACUCCAACCACCCUAGUCAUAGACUGUUCUCUCUGCUACCGCACGGCAAGCGGUACCGGAGUGCCAAGUCUAGGUCCAAAAAAGACUUCUCAACAGCUUCUUCCCCCAAGCCAUAAGACUCCUGAACAGCUAAUCAUGGCUAGCUGGACUAUUUGCACUGGCCUCCCCACCCCAUCUUUUUACGCUGCUGCUACUCUGUUAAUUAUUUAUGCAUAGUCACUUUAACUCUACCCACAUGUACAUAUUACUUCAACUACCUCAACUAGCCGGUGCCCCCGCACAUUGACUCUGCACCGGUACCCCCCUGUAUAUAUAACCUCCCUACUGUUAUUUUAUUUUAUUUCUGCUCUUUUUUUCUCAACACUUUUUUGUUGUUUUAUUUUACUUUUUUAUUAAAAAUAAAUGCACUGUUGGUUAAGGGCUGUAAGUAAGCCUUUCACUGUAAUGUCUGCACCUGUUGUAUUCGGCGCAUGUGGCCAAUAAAAUUUGAUUUGAUUUGAUUUGAGACCACAUAUAACCACGCCAGCCCAGGACCUCCAUAUCCGGCUUCUUCACCUGUAGGAUCGUCUGAGGAGGAGGAGGGGGGUGCUGAGGAUUAUUUCUGUCUGUAAUAAAGCCCUUUUGUCGGGCAAAACUCAUUCUGUUUGGCUGGGCCUGGCUCCCCAGUGGGUGUGCCUAUGCCCUCCCAGGCCCACCCAUGGCUGCACCCCUGCCCAGUCAUGCGAAAUCCAUAGAUUAGGGCCUAAUUCAUUAUUUUCAAUUGACUGAUUUCCUUAUAUGAACUGUAACACAGCAAAAUCGUUGAAAUUGUUGCAUGUUGCGUUUAUAUUUUUGUUCAGUAUAAUAUCCAUAAUCUUUUAACUUCAUUAUAUAAUUUUAUAAUGUAAUUUCAUAAUAACUCUUUACUCAUGUAGCACUGAUCUAUUACAAUCAAUGCUGUUUGCCUAACCCAGUCCUCCUCUUGUGAUGGUAUAAGUCCCACUCCUUUGGUAUCUGUUGUGAAACCCAGGAUAGAAGUGUAGUUUCAUAAGCUCUUAGCUGUAUGCCUUUGCCUUGAAAUUGGAUGUAUAUUUAGUGAAAUCGUCAUGAACCAACAAAGAUUGACCACAAUAUUGAAGUUAUUUUGGCUAAGGCAAUAAUUAUGGAGAAGAGUACCUCACAUGGAUGCUUUGAUGACGAAUGGGCAAAUGGAUUACAUAAUGUCGGUAGCUAGCUACAUUCAUCAUCUUAUGUCAAUUUAACGACGACUUGCAGCCAGUGAGUUCAGAACAACAACAAAAAAUUAUACCACCACCCAAAAGGGCACUUUGGAGACUGGAAGGGCAAAGGGGCAUUUGCCUGUCUAGCAGGUAGUCUAGCUCAUGUGGAUUGUGUGUUUUGGUUUCAUUGUUGUGAGGUUUCUUGACAUUUUCCUCUCAUUUAUACAUUUUCUGUGACGACUUCUUCUCUGACUGUUCAAAUCAAAUCAAAUUUUAUUUGUCACAUGCGCUGAAUACAACAGGUGUAGCCCUUAACGUGAACUGCUUACUUACAAGCCCUUAACCAACAAUGCAGCUUUAAGAAAAUAGUUAAUAAAAUAUUUACUAAGCUAAAGUAAUUAAAAAUACUAAAUAAAUAACACUAUAAAAUAACAAUAAUGAGGCUAUAUACAGGGGGUACCGGUACCGAGUCAAUGUGCAGGGGUACAGGUUAGUCGAGGUAAUUUGUACAUGUAGGUAGGGGUAAAGUGACUAUGCAUAGAUAAUAAACAGUGAGUAGUGGCAGUUUGUCCUCGUUUUUAUGUAGUUUGCUGCGCAUGUGGCAAGGGGGGCUUUAAUCGAAGCUCUUAGAUGACAUACGCUGAAGAAUGUGUGAACACAUUCGAUUUGGUAAAUAUACAUUUUGCGCUCAAACUUCAUUGGGCUUUUAAGUGUCUCCUCAGAAUCAGCCGGAUCAGAUCAAUUGAUUGUCUCUCUUCGUCAAAGCAAGCAAACCCAGCCAUAGCUAUUAGCAUAACAUGAAAAUUCCUCACAUAUCUCUGGUGCUCUUAAAGAUACCUUCACAUACAAUGUACUGUUCAUCAGAUACAGUAGAGACUCCGUGGUAUGAAAAAGGUAAGGACACAAUUCCCACAGGUUCAGCUGUUGGACAGAAAAACUAACGUAACGAAAUGAAGGAUGUCUGGUGCGCAUAACACUCAGAGGUCAAGUCAACCCCAUCAGGUGGCACUUUGAUUGUGACACCACUGCAGUCCUUCUCCAGUGACAGUGGCUUCUUCCCAAAUGGCACCCAAUUUCCUGCAUAGUGCAUUCGUUUUGACCAGGGCCCAUAGGCACUAUGUAGAGAAUAUGGUGCCAUUUGGGACGCAGACAGUGUUGUCUGAUUGUCUCUGGUGCUCGGGCCUGCCAGUGUUGUCACUGGGCCGGAGCUGGAAUGUGUUCAUGACUGUGCAUGCAUAGCUUGUUCUGCUCCACUGGGGUGAAGAGUGGCUGGCGAAAAUCUGCUGGCAAAAUCAAGACGCAAGAUCGGUCUGUUCCUGCUCCCUGUCUCUCACGGAACGAGAGAAAGAGAGAGGGUAAUAUGGAGAGAAAAUGGGGCAGUAAGAAAGGGUGACAGAGAGAGGGGGAGAAAGAGAGGUGGACAGAACAGUGUGUUCUGUGAAUUCAGCCUGCCACUCUGUAUACUGUGAAUGUGCUACUCCCUGCCAUACCAGAAUUAGACAAUGAACAAGCAGUCCAGUGACUGAAUGUAAUGGGAGCAAUCAAGAGCAUGUUUAAGUGGCUUUCUCCGCUAUACAUAAUCGGUAGGUGCAUUUAAAAAGGUUAAAUCUUGUGGAACAUUUAAAAGCUUUCAAGCUUUAUGGUAAUUCUAGUGUAAGACCAAAUGAGAUGUCCCUGAUAUAGUGAGAUGUUUGUGCUUCUUGAACAUUCCGCACAGUGCGCCCUUUAGUACAAACAAAGAUCUUUAAGAAGAAGUAGGUUCAUGGUCAGCACUUUCUUUCAAUAAGCUGCAAAAGCUUUUCAAGGUUAACAUCCUCAUGGAGAAAAUGACAACUUUUUGAGUUGUUUCUUAAUUCAGUGAAGUGAAAUUGUAAAUAGUUGUUUUGCUCAAAAUUCAGGAGAAUGAGAAAUAAUGCAAGCAUGGUCAAACACUUAUGAGGGCUAUAUAGACAGGGCUGAGUUCUAUGGAAGACUAGCGAAGAGCGCCUCAUGGAACCUUGGCCUUGAUGGUUGCGUACAACAAUACCUACAAGCGUUCAAUGAGUCAUUCUGGAUCCAAGCCUUAUAGGAGCAACUCACAGCUGCAACUCUAAGCCAUACAGUACAGUUUUCAUUUGAGCAAAAAAAACAAAAUUGAAUUUAAAGGAAAAUGAUAACAUCUUGUGGAUACAGUGUUGAGAAAAUAGAAUUUUAUCGAGAACUGUUAUUAUUGGAGGACUGCAGUAUUUCUCCAACUUCAUUCCGACUUGGUUUGUUUUCUUUUGCGCUUGUCUUAAUUCUUCAUUUCCCUUCCUCCAUGGGAGGGAGGGAGAGAGAGAGAGAGGGAGGGAGAGAGAGAGAGAGAAUUUACAGGCUGAGGGGAAACUGCAGGCUUUCUGUAGGAUUUUAGAGAGAGUCCAUUUUGUUGUGACGUUUAGGACCAAUGUGUGUGCACACAGAUGUGUGAGUUUUGAAGGUACAGUACAGUGCAGCAAAAGUUUGGGUUUGAAGGGUAUCUGGCCCCAGAAAUAGCAGCAAGGCAUCUGGAGUCGUAGUGCACGUCAUUCAGAGUGAUGCUGCAGUACCCGCUGCACCCCGGCCCAUCUGGAGCUAGGGAAAGCAGGCAGCAGACCCAAGGACACUGCAGGACAACCUGCUCAGUCUCUCAGGGUGUGUCCCAAAUGGAACCCUAUUCCCUAUAUAGCGUCCAACUUUUGACCAGGGCCCAUAGGGCUAUAGCCAAAAGUAGUGCACUAUAUAGGGAAUAAGGUGCCAUUUGUGACGCAGACUCCUCUGACAGGCACUGACACAGAACACACUAUGUCACCUCACUACACUGGGAGAGGGGCAGCUGUUUCACCCUCGUUCUAACAGAUGCAAAACUCCACUGCCGCAUGCAUGGAUGCCAGACUCCAGGGACUUUUAAUACCUCCCCUUUUGUCCUCAGAACAGCCUUAAUUAAUCGGGGCAUGGACUUUACAAGGUGUCAAAGCGUUCCACAGGGAUGCAUGCCCAUGUUGACUCACAUGCUUCCCACAGUUGUGUCAAAUUGGCUGGAUGUCCUUUGGGUGGUGGACCAUUCUUUAUACACACGGGAAACUGUUGAGUGUGAAAAACCCAGCAUCGUUGCAGUUGUUGACACAAACCAGUGCGCCUGGCACCCACUACCAUACCCCGUUCAAAGGCACUUAAAUCUUGCCCAUUCACCCUGAAUGGCACACAUACACAAUCCAUGUCUCAAUUGUCUCAAGGCUUAAGAAUCCUUCUUUAACCUGUCUCCUCCCCUUCAUCUACACUGAUUUGAAGUGGAUUUAACAAGUGACAUCAAUAAGGGAUCAUAGCUUUCACCUGGAUUCACCUGGUCAGUCUGUCAUGGAAAGAGCUGGUGUUCUAAAUGUUUUGUACACUCAGUGUAGUUACUGUAUGUUAAUGUUUUCACCAAAAAUAUCAUGAAGCAGUCAUUGAGGUACUUUUGGAAUUAAAGCUAAGCAUACGGAUUGACUGGUUAAUUUCCACAGGUUAUAUGCUCCUCAUCCCCAGCACUGUGAGUAUAGACUACUGAGCAUGCUGCAUCACUUAAUGGACACAUGAGACUGUACCUGCCAGUGCACAGGUUGUGUUCUAAUGGGAUGCCCCUCUGUGUGUCAUCAGGGAUUUAUUAUCUUCUACUGAGGGUCCUCGGGCAAUCACAUGCGUCCGUCAUCUCCAGUCUGAGAGAGAGAGGGGAGAGAGGGAGGAUGGGAAGGAGGGAAUGGAAGGAGUGGGAGACAGGGUGAUGAAGAACGAGAGACGGGGGACAAAGUAAGAGACAGAGAAGGAGAGAGAGAAUAAAGAGAGAGCGAGAAACAGGGAGAUUGGGAGAAAAAAUUGACGAGGAGAGGAAAGAGAGAGAUACAUACAGAGAGAGUUGCAGAGAGAAAGAGAGCGAGAGAGCUGGGUCUGGUGUCAGAGUCAGAGCAUUCCUGUGUAGGUGUGAGCCACUUAGACACAGUGUGGGUGAACCAGUGGAUAACUGCUGUAAUCAUAGUUGGCACACUGGCAUUAACAGGCACUCUACACAGCGUUUGGGUGUUCGGCACCUUUGUUAACAGGUUACGGCGUGGCAUUUCGGCUUUCAGACAGGGCUGCCUGUUCUCUGGUGUGAAGUGUCAGAGGCGUGUACUUAUGUCAUAAUGAACCUUAUCGCUGAGUAGAUUUGCAUACUUUUGCAUUCUUGCAUUGGCUUUACAUACUGUACAGUAAGAAACCAGUCCGUUAUUGUUUUGCUGCUCCAAUGACUGUAUAUGGUCAUAGCCUCAGUCUGCCCUUUUUCCUGAAGUACCUUUUUGUAAAUGUUUUAGUAUUUUCUCCAGUGGGGGGUGGACCACUGCUUCUUUUCUCAACGUAUCCAAACAUGGGUCAUUGAAGAGAGCUCCAGGAGUGCUGGAGAGGGUUAGUUAUCACAAGGCCAAGCAGAGCAGCCCUUGAGACUAGAGAUGUGUCCCAAAUGGCACCCUAUUCCUUAUAUAGUUCCUUAUACCAGGGCCCAUAGUAGUGCACUAUAUAUGGAAUGCGGUGUCAUUUGGGACGCAGCCUAGUAGCCUGCGGUAACAACUGUAGACGAGUCAGUCAGUCACAUCCCAGAAGAGAAGAACUCCAGGAUGCAGGGGGCUUCACAUCCGGCUUCACAGCGGUACCCAACCCCCCUGGCCCCAGGUUCGUCAGUGCAUAAACAUGUGUCAGGGCCAAGGAAAAUAUUUGGAGAGGAUGGAUAAGACUCAGACAUGUGUCAGGUUCGGGAGCUCCUUUGUAGAAUGGCGCAUCUUGGUUGACCAGGGAGUUUCUCAGGUCAGAGCAGGGGCGGUGUGUUCAAUAGGGCGAUAUGGGCGACGCACUGCCAAACGGGAAAAGGAAGGGAUUUUUUUUCUAAUCAAUUAUAUCACGGCAACAGUAGUUAUCAGUGUUGUAAUCUAGACGUCUGAUCUGCCACAGUGCCACUAAAUGUCCAAUCAGGCUAAAGUCGUGCUUCAAAUGGCCCCCCCCCUUUUGGGGCGAUUUCAGUCAGGUUGAAAAUCGCCCAGAAGUCUGUCAUAGACUCCCAUGUAAAAUCUAUUUUUUUCAAAUAUCAGAGCUUUCAAUACAAUCUCUAUGGGUUUCUGAGGGCUUGCACUUACGCGCUUUCGUCAUACGUAACAUAACCAUGAACGUAACUAAGAAAAGAGCGGGUAGCCUCAUCAAUCAAUUCACUACUACUGUGAAAAUGGCUAGGCUUCAGUGCAACUCGAUUGUGUCUUUGAAAGAAGUUCCUUUUUGUCGGCGAACAAAUGAAGAUAAAUUGGCAACGAAACAAUUAGGACCUCCCAGACCAAAUUUAAUAAUUCAACAGGUUUCUACUAAAGGGGGGAAGUCCUACACCCGAGGAUUUUCCAAAAAUUGGUACGAACGAAAAACCUGGCUAGCAGGCUGCGAUGUAGCUAAUGCAGUCUUCUGCUACCCCCUGCUUACUCUUUCACCCUGAAGGCGGCACGGCAGACAGCACCGCUUGGACAGCGACUGGUGUGUAACGGACAUGCACCAUCUUUCAGGAAAGAUUAAGAAACAUGAGCUGUCAAAGACCCACAUGGAUAGCUGUUUGAGAUUGUCUGCUUUGGGGAGAGUGAACAUUCCCACUCAACUGGAUGAGGGAUACAGGCUAGCUGUCCGCCGCCACAACGAUGAGGUUAGUGUUGAUAAUCACAAGUUUACUGGAGAACUGAAACUGACAAGGCUGACAAGAUAGGACCCUUUUGUCCAUUGUUAUUGGAUAGGAACAGAACUUAUAACCAGCUCCUGACCUAAAUAGAUCUUAGCACAACAUUUUACUCAACAUAUCAUAUUCCAUAUUCACUAUAACAAAUAUAUUUACUACGACAUUAGCAAGAACCGCCACAUCCUCAGCCGGCUAAUCCAGUGUGUGAAGUUUUGCGGAGUGUUUGAGUUAGCUUUGCGAGGCAAAGAUGAAACUGAGGGCUCCACCAACCCUGGUAAGCCAACACUUUUGAGAUCAGUCAAUAAAUGCUUCUGGUAUUGACUUAUAUGCUGCCCCUGUCUUCAUGUUGUUGCUGGACAUAUAUUUUUUUAAAUGUGUGUAGGUCACCUAAAUCAUCAGAAAAAUGCCCCCCCCUGAGAAUUUUUUCAGGAGCCGCCACUGGGUCAGAGACAACCCAGUAAAUCUUUAUCAACACCUCUGAGGGCUUCACACCACUGUCCAGUAUCAGAGCUCUGUUUACGGAAGACAUAAUUGUUGUCUCGUCAAACUGGAAUAAACAAUGUAUAGUGUUCUAUGUGUCAAAUUUGUGUCUGUGUCAAAUUUGUGUCUGUGUCAAAUUCUUGAAGGUAGCGGCACACUGCAAAACUGGUAGGUUUAUAGUUGUUUAUACCAUGGCAUUGUUGAAUACUCGUUUCUGAUGAGCUUGAAGGGCAUUCUAGAGUGUGCAUUAUUUCCCUAUAACGCACAGUAUUUUUACACAGUAAAAUUCAAUGGACCUGGUUGCCUUGGUUACACUCCUCCAGCAUGUCUCCAGCCAGCCACCAUCUCAGAUCUUCAAGUGUUUUGACCAUGAAAAGAAGCAGGUUAAGCGAGAGAAAGAGAGAAAGUUGGCCCCCUUCAGCCCCCUGUGCUAGCUAGAGUUACAGUAGGCCCUAGGGUAAGUUCUCACUCUCAAUCCUCUGUAGAGAAACAACCCAGAAAGAAGUGUGAACCCAUGCAGUCGUCUGCCUCGGUUGGUGAGGGAAGGGGGGGCAGUGACCCAUGGAACCAGUAGCGUUUCCCUUCUCACCCAGCCUCAUGUGGCGAGUUCUGACAGAUGUACUGACAGAAAAACAAGGCAGCAUGUUGCAAAGUGACUGUGUAGGGACGGUAGGCGAUGGAGAGCACCUGGGACAGAGGUUCAUGCAACACAGGUUUCAGGAAACCAUUUAUCAGGGAGGCUGCAUCUCUUUCAUACCCAGCCAAACGGGGCAACGAGGCGUGGAGGUUUCUCUGGAAGACAAUAUCCUAAACCUAAUACUAUCUGGUAUGACUUUUGUGUCAGUUGGUGUCUGUCACCCUGAAACUACUAAUUUCUUCUUAAUAAAAGUACUUUUGCACUCUGUUAUUUUCUCAUUGGGGUUCACAUUUUGGAACUUUACGAAUGAGGAGCAUCAUUUUUAUCGGUUUCGAAUGAGACCUCACAAGUGAUGUGAGGUUUACAUCCGUGUAAUGGUGGUUUCUAUGUCAUUUUCCAUAAACGUUGGAAAAUCCAUAAAAGUCUCGACUGUACAGGAGACAGCACAAUGGAGCCCUUACAAAAAAAGAUGGCAGUUUUGAAACUGCAGUAAAAGUGCUGUAACUGCAGUCGACUGUGAUAUUUUAGACGCAGUAAUUGCAGACUAACUGCAGUUACAAUAAAAUUACUGCAGUAAAAAAACGGUGUUAUUUUGGAUGCAGUAUUUGCUGCAUACUGCAGUUAUACUCCACUCUAACUGCAGUUAUACUGCACUCUGACUGCAGUUGUACUGCACUCUGAUUGCAAUCUUUUUUCGUAAGGGAGAAGGGGAAGGAACAGUCCUUUGAGUUGGGACCCCUGCUCCUUCGAUGGAGAGCCAAAGCAAAGCAAAGCAGACAGGAAGCUUAGCUCGGGCAUCGCUGUCUGGGAUCUGACUGUCUUCGGGAUGUCACAGUACCAACCCCCCCCCCCCCCCCCCCCCCAACAAGCCUCCCAGACACACCGACCUGGAAUACAAAUGAAGGCUGGAGACUCAGCUCUCCUUGUAGACCAAAUGGACCUAACAUCAACACAGCCCCAAGGACAUAUACUGUAAUUAUGUUCGGCAUGCAUCCUGACAUCCCUGGAAAAAAAUAAACAUGCUGUUAGAUAACUUGUGCAAAGAAGGGUUGUAGCUUCAGGCUAUUAGACUCAUCUUACGAGAAAGUCGAUAUUGCACAGGGAUACCGUACAACUGUAGGAUUUCACAGAGUUUUAUUUCUGUUAGAUCACCCCAAUACAAAAACAAUCGGACAUGUCUGUAAUUGGCUGUAGUUGGUUAUCAAACCAUUUCAGAAGAGGUUGUUUUCGGUUUGUGUCGGGGAUUUCAUGGUCCCAGAUAUUUCCUGGAAAGCGAGGAAUCGUUUUGUCAGAUCGUAUUCUUCUGAGGGGGAACCACAUGGUGGGAUUAACCCAAGAGUUCUGGAGUUUAUAUUCAGAGAGCUGAUUACUGUCUUUAGUGGACUCCCACUGCUCUCAAAAGAUGUUUGGUACUUUUAUAGUACACCUAUCAACUACGUAAUACAUAUGCCUUGUUCAUGUAAUGGGAGAACAAAUGAGCUCUGUAUUCCAUACAUGUCUGUCCUGGGCACCCUUCCUUCCUCACACAGUUUUACUGAGGGGAAGAGAGGGUGGAAAGGAAGAGAGCAGCCUCACACGUGAAAAAUUGUAUUCUGAGAGACACUGGAUGCCUCCCAAAUGGCACCUUAUUCCCUAUAGUGAACUACUUUUGACCAGAGCUCUAUGGGCUAAAGCUCUAAAGGGAAUAGGGUGCCAUUUGGGAUGCAGUCACUGUGCUCUGGUUCCUUAACUCCUCCUAAAUGUAUUAAUGUAGUAACGACUCGCUUCCUCAUCAUUGAAGGUGAGGCAUUUAUCCCCCCUGAUUUAUGGGACUUGUAUUUUGGGGGGAACAAAUGGUACAGAUAACACCCCCAGUAUGUUGAAUAUAAAUCAUUACAUUGUUCUUCUCCCUCAAACUGAAUAAAUAUCUUGUACCAAGAAGAUAACGCACAUCCCUCUGUUUGCGGAACGCAUUAUGAUAUAAAAGGGGACUUGCUGGAAUAAAGAUGAAUCCAAGCUCCUGUUAUAGAUCUUCUAUUGUAAUGUUUGGCAUGAAGUAGCUUAAAAUGGAAGUAUUGUGUUUAAAUUUUAAAGAGGCUAGGCAUGAAUGGCUUAAGAUGGAUAUGCAUUUAAAGAGCCUGGUACCCGAUUUGCAUAGCCGUGGGAAGUAGGGGUGCUGAGGGUGCUGCAGCACCCCCUGAAAAAUAAUUUAAAAAUAAAACGAUUAAUAAAAAAUAAAAAGUAGCGGACCGAUACAGCCAUCUCCGCUUUGUCCAAAAAGAUAGUUGUGCAAUUAAGAACAGUAUCUUGUAAGAGUUUUUGCCCUGUCCGUUUCUCUGUGAUUGUCAUUCUAAUGGUAUCCAGAAAGCACAAAACCCUGUCCUCAAACAUUUACAUCAAAAGGUGCAACGUUAUGGGCAAAGACACAAAACAUCCACAUCAAAUUAAAUGUUUUUCUUGAUCAAAUAACAUGGAAAACAAACAUGUUUUGUGCAGUAUUAAUUUACCAUCCCUUACAAAUCAGUUAAUGUAAAUAUACAUGGCUGGUCAUCUAGGUUUGUGCCUGUAGAAUUUCCAUCACCAUGAUUUUUAAAUUUUUAUAAUACAGUAAUUGAGUACAUUGAGACAUACAAUGCCUUUGAAAAGUUUUCAGACCCCUUGACUUUUUCAAAAUUUUGUUACGUUACAGCCUUAUUCUAAAAGUGAUAAAAUGAAAAAAAUCCUCAGCAAUCUACACACAAUACCCCAUAAUGACAAAGCAAAAACAGGUUUUUAGAAUUUUUUGCAAAUGUAUUAAAAAUUAAAAACAGAAAUACCUUAUUUACAUAAGUAUUCAGACCCUAUGCUAUGAGACUUGAAAUUGAGCUCAGGUGCAUCCUGUUUCCAUUGAUCAUCCUUGAGAUGUUUCUACAACUUUGAUUGGAGUCCACCUGUGGUAAAUUAAAUUGAUUGGACAGGAUUUGGAAAUGCACACACCUGUUUAUAUAAGGUCCCACAGUUGACAGUGCAUGUCAGAGCAAAAACCAAGCCAUGAGGUCAAAGGAAUCGUCCGUAGAGUUCCGAGACAGGAUUGUGUCGAGGCACAGAUCUGGGGAAUGGUACCAAAAAAAUCUGCAGCAUUGAAGGUCCCCAAGAACACAGUGGCCUCCAUCAUUCUUAAAUGGAAGAAGUUUAAAACCAACAAGACUUCCUAGAGCUGGACGCCUGGCCAAACUGAGCAAUCGGGGGAGAAGGGCCUUGGUCAGAACCCGAUGGUCACUUUGACAGCUCCAGAGUUCUUCUGUGGAGAUGAAAGAACCUUCCAGAAGGACAACCAUCUCUGCAGCACUCCACCAAUCAGGCCUUUAUGGUAUAGUGGCCAGACAGAAGCCACUCCUCAGUAAAAGGCACAUGACAGCCCGCUUGGAGUUUGCCAAAAGGCACCUAAAGACUCUUAGACCAUGAGAAACAAGAUUCUCUGGUCUGAUGAAACCAAGAUUGAACUCUUUGGCCUGAAUGCCAAGCGUCACGUCUGGAGGAAAGCUGGCACCAUCCCUACGGUGAAGCAUGGUGGUGGCAGAAUUAUGCUGUGGGGAUGUUUUUCAGCGGCAGGGACUGGGAGACUAGUCAGGAUCGAGGCAAAUAUGAACAGAGGCAAAGUACAGAGAGAUCCUUGAUGAAAACCUAUUCCAGAGCUCUCAGGACCUCAAACUGGGGUGAAGGUUAUCCUUCCAACAGGACAACGACCCUAAGCACACAGUUAAGACAAUGCAGGAGUGGCUUCGGGACAAGUCUCUGCAUGUCCUUGAGUGGCCAAGCCAGAGCCCAGACUUAAACCUGAUCGAACAUCUCUGGAGAGACCUGAAAAUAGCUGUGCAGCAACGCUCCCCAUCCAACCUGACAGAGCUUGAGAGGAUCUGCAGAGAAGAAUGGGAGAAACUCCCCAAAUACAGGUGUGCCAAGCUUGUAGCGUCAUACCCAAGAAGACUCGAGGCUGUAAUCGCUGCCAAAGGUGCUUUUAACAAAGUACUGAGUAAAGGGUCUGAAUACUUAUGUAAAUGUAAUAUAUUUUUUAUUUUUUUAAUUUUUUUUAUUACCAAAAAUAUCUAAAAACCUAUUUUUGCUUUGUCAUUAUGGGGUAUUGUGUGUAGAUUAAUGAGGGGAAAAAACAAUUUAAUCAGUUUUAGAAUAAGGCUGUAACCUAACAAAAUGUGGAAAAAGUCAAGGGGUCUGAAUACUUUCCGAAGGCACUGUAAAUUGUUUGUGAUGAUGUGAUGUGGCUCAGUUGGUAGAGCAUGGCACUUGCAAUGCUAGGGUUGUGGGUUCGAUUCCCAUGGGGGACCAGUACGAAAAAGUAUGAAAAUGUAUGCACUCACUACUGUAAGUUGCUCUGGAUAAGAGUGUGUACUAAAAUGAAAAAGGAAUGAAUAGACCAUUUCAGUUUUCACAUAGAAAUAAGUUGCAUUUGCAAAGUAUUUCAAGAAACAGGAAAACAUAUAUCUAGCAAGCAUUUUUAUAUUCCACAGAUUAACUGUUUUGUACAGAUAAUUAUAAGAUUCAAGUUACACAUGCUGGUAAACACUCAAAUACAUUUAGUUAAAUUUCUUUCACAAAAGUAGUGCACAGGGCCUUUACUAGUCCUGUAUUAGCAGACCGAUAUAGACGACUUCAGCGCGGCCAGUUUUUUUAUCUGCGUCCCCCCCCCCCGGUCUGAAAAAAAUUGCAGUACCCCCGCACCCAAACUAUGCCGAUUUGUAUCAAUCUAUAAGUUGGACAUUUACACAUCUGAGUGCAUGCACAUCUGUUCAUCCGCAAGUAAAACAUGCCCCUCAGAACAGGAAAAGACUUGUGUAACCAGAGCCGAUUGGUCCUCAUAUAAAAUGUAUAAAUAUGUGCAGUGUGUAAGGCUCUGACGAGCUGCUGAAAGCUUGUGUCACGAAGCCAGACUCUGGGGAACAAUCACACAUUCCAGUCUAGGUGUGUCAAGACCCUCUGAUCUCCCCUUCAUGUUUUAAGAAACAGCCCCCUUCCCUGUAUGAUGUGGCUGAAUAUUUCUGUGCCCAUAGGAGCUUUAGCUGCAUGUCAAUGACUCUGUAGUCUUGUAUAACUCUAUGUGUAGGAAACAUAUAUAAAACAUAUCUCUCCCCAGAGAGUUAUUGGCCUGGACAAAUACCUCUGAAUGGGAAAACUAUAUGCCUUUUUCUGAAGGUCUGCCUCAAUAGUCCUCAUUUAUAAGCCCAAUGAACAUGUUUGCUUAGCUGUAGGCGGCACUUAAACUCUACGAACUGGUGAAUACUGCCCUUAAAUUAUCGGACAUUGCUAAUAAUGUACAGUGCCUUCGGAAAGUAUUCAGACCCCUUGACUUUUUCCACAUUUUGUUAUGUUACAGCCUUAUUCUAAAAUUGAUUAAAUAAAUAAAAAUCCUAUGCAAUCUGCACACAAUACCCCAUAAUGAGUAAGCGGAAACAGAUUUUUAGAUAUUUUUGCAAAUGUAUUAUAAAUAAAAAGCAGAAAUACCUUAUUUACAUAAGUAUUCAGACCCUUUACUAUGAGACUCGAAAUUGAGCUCAGGUGCAUCCUGUUUCCAUUGAUCAUCCUUGAGAUGUUUCUACAACUUGAUUGGAGUCCACCUUUGGUCAAUUAAAUUGAUUGGACAUUAUUUGGAAAGGCACACACCUGUGUAUAUAAGGUCCCACAGUUGACAGUGCAUCUCAGAGCAAAACCAAGCCAUGAGGUCGAAGGAAUUGUCCGUAGAGUUCCGAGACAGGAUUGUGUCGAGGCACAGAUCUGGGGAAGGGUACCAAAAAAUAUCUGCGGCAUUGAAGGUCCCCAAGAACACAGUGGCCUCCAUCAUUCUUAAAUGGAAGAAGUUUAAAACCAACAAGACUCUUCCUAGAGCUGGCCGCCCAGCCAAACUGAGCAAUCGGGGGAGAAGGGCCUUGGUCAGGGAGGUGACCAAGAACCCUAAGCUCACUCUGACAGAGCUCUAGAGUUCCUAUGUGGAGACGGGAUAACCUUCCAGAAGGACAACCAUCUCUGCAGCACUCCACCAAACAGGCCUUUAUGGUAGAGUGGCCAGACGGAAGCCACUCCUCAGUAAAAGGCACAUGACAGCCCACUUGGAGUUUACCAUAAAGCACCUAAAGAUUCUCAGACCAUGAGAAACAAGAUUCUCUGGUCUGAUGAAACCAAGAUUGAAGACAACGCAGGAGUGGGGGGGGGGGGGGGGGGGUCCUAUUUAUUUAGGUGAACUUUUCCCCACCGGUCUCCUCUGCGAUCCAGCGCAUUAGACUGGAGGGGUUUGGGAGCACAGCUGUGUGGCCAGAUUGCAUCCAUCGCUCUCUCUAGAGUCUCCCCCCAGUGAGGCGACCCCUGACCCCUGUGCAAAUCUAACAUACGCAUAAACAAGACUGUUAAUGUUUGGCCGUGAUGUAUAGCUGCAGUUCUUCUGACGUGGCUUUACUUCGCAUGCCUCACAGUUACACAAAACUAAAAUAUGGCUCUUCAUAUUUGGUCCUCAUAUUUCACAAAUAACAAUUCCCUCUGUCAUGAAACAUAAUAUGUAGACAUGACAGCAGAGUGGAAUUUGGAUCAAAAUGCCUGUAAUAAAUUGAUUGAAUAGUUUUGGGACGUCAUCAUAAUUCACAGAUAUUGUUCUCUGUCAGUCUUUUAUUUUCUUUAUCACUCUUUCCAUCUCUCUUUUCGUCAUUCCAUCUCUCUCAGUGUGUAAGUCAAAGACCAGCCUCAGUAGUUCCAAAGUUCUCCUUGCUCCAGUAGUCAUAGCAUGCUACAGGCAUCCCUCUUAGAGCAGUGUAAGCUUAGCCUGUCAGCAAGAUUUACCACAGUAGUUCCUGUGCCCUGCUAAUACCCACACAUCAUGCCAAACGGGCUGCACGCUGCCAGACUCUAAUCCAAGAAUCUUAUCAAACCCAUCGGCACAUUUCUAGCAAGAACACAUCUAGACCGUGACUGGUGGGUUUGGAGGGGUGGGUUUCUCAACAGCUGCUCAGGAACGAAUGGGAGUGAGAGAAAAUAAAGUGAGAACAUUCCAGAAUGGAGAUCUUUCAUCAAGAGCCUCCUCCUCCUCCUGCGAUGGUUUCAGGUAAAUGUGUGGGCACCCGGUUGUGAGGGUUUGCAUGGAGAGCGAGAUGGCAACUUGUAGCUCAGUUGGUAGAUCAUGACCCUUGCAACGGCGGGAUCUUGAGUUUAAUUCCCGUUGGUGCCACCCAUACGAAAAUGUACGCACGCACAACUGUAACUCCCUUUGGAUUAAAGUGUCUGCUAAAUUACAUACAGUGCCUUGCAAAAGUAUUCAUCCCCCUUGGCAUUUUUCCUAUUUUGUUGCAUUACAACCUGUAAUUUAAAUUGAUUUUUAUUUGGAUUUCAUGUAAUGGACAUACACAAAAUAGUCCAAAUUGGUGAAGUGAAAUGAAAAAAAUUACUUGUUUCAAAAUAUUCUAAAAAAUAAAUAACGGAAAAGUGGUAGGUGCAUAUGUAUUCACCCCCUUUGCUAUGAAGCCCCUAGAUAAGAUCUGGUGCAACCAAUUAUCUUCAGAGGUCACAUAAUUAGUUAAAUAAAGUCCACCUGUGUGCAAUCUAAGUGUCACAUGAUCUCAGUAUAUAUACACCUGUUCUGAAAGGCCCCAGAGUCUGCAACACCACUAAGCAAGGGGCACCACCAAGCAAGCGGCACCAUAAAGACCAAGGAGAUCUCCAAACAGGUCAGGGACAAAGUUGUGGAGAAGUACAGAUCAGGGUUGGUUAUAAAACAUAUCCGAAACUUUGAACAUCCCACGGAGCACCAUUAAAUCCAUUAUGAAAAAUUUUAAAGAUUAUGGCACCACAACAAACCUGCCAAGAGAGGGCCGCCCACCAAGACUCAUGGACCAGGCAAGGAGGGCAUUAAUCAGAGAGGCAACAAAGAGACCAAAGAUAACCCUGAAGGAGCUGCAAAGCUCCACAAUGGAGAUUGGAGUAUCUGUCCAUAGGACCACUUUAAGCCGUACACUCCACAGAGCUGGGCUUUACGGAAGAGUGGCCAGAAAAAAGCAAUUUCUUAAAGAAAAAAUAAGCAAACACGUUUGGUGUUCGCCAAAAGGCAUGUGGGACACUCCCCAAACAUAUGGAAGAAGGUACUCUGGUCAGAUGAAACUAAAAUUGAGCUUUUUGGCCAUCAAGGAAAACGCUAUGUCUGGCGCAAACCCAACACCUCUCAUCACCCCGAGAGCACCAUCCCCACAGUGAAGCAUGGUGGUGGCAGCAUCAUGCUGUGGGGAUGUUUUUCAUCGGCAGGGACUGGGAAACUGGUCAGAAUUGAAGGAAUGAUGGAUGGCGCUAAAUACAGGGAAAUCCUUGAGGGAAACGGUUUCAGUCUUCCAGAGAUUUGAGACUGGGACGGAGGUUCAUCUUCCAGCAGGACAAUGACCCUAAGCAUACUGCUAAAGCAACACUUGAGUGGUUUAAGGGGAAACAUUGAGAAUCUGUGGUAUGACUUAAAGAUUGCUGUACACCAGCGGAACCCAACCAAAUUGAAGGAGCUGGAGCAGUUUUGCCUUGAAGAAUGGGCAAAAUCCCAGUGGCUAGAUGUGCCAAGCUUAUAGAGACAUACUCCAAGAGACUUUCAGCUGUAAUUGCUGCAAAAGGUGGCUCUACAAAGUAUUGACUUUGGGGGUGUGAAUAGUUAUGCACGCUCAAGUUUUCUGUUUUUCUGUCUUAUUUCUUGUUUGUUUCAGAAUAAAAAAUAUUUUGCAUCUUCAACGUGGUAGGCAUGUUGUGUAAAUCAAAUGAUACAAACCCCCAAAAAGUAUAUUUUAAUUCCAGGUUGUAAGGCAACAAAAUAGGAUAAAUGCCAAGGGGGGGUGAAUACUUUCGCAAGCCACUAUAUAUUAUAUUAUUUUUGAGCAGUAACAUUUGUCCCCACUCCUCCCUCAGCCCAGUGCAGCGGUGAGAGGAUACCACAGCAGUAAGACGGCCAUGAGCCCAGCAGGCUUCAGCUCCCAGUGGACCAGCGGUGUUCAGGAGGCCUGGAGUGCCCACUCCGUCUCCUACCCCCGUGCCAGCCUGCACUACCCGGCCCACCACCACCUCCAUCACCACCCCACGCACACCAGCUACGCCUACUGCCUGAGACAGCCAGCAGUGAGUACUCUCAAACACGUACUGUAUAGCUGUGCUCACUGCACUCUCCAUUGCACUCCCUUUGCUCUCUCAUGUCUCCCCUUCUCUCUCUCCACCUCUCCACACUCUCUUCCACCUUCCCUGUCUCUCUCAAUCUCCUGGGGCCCUGAUUUAUAUCCGUAAAUGUUACACUAAAUAUUUAUGAAAAGACUGCGCACGCACAAAACCAACUCAACUCUUCCUGAGUCUUUUUGAGUAAGUAUUUGGGUAAGUCUCAUAAGACCUUGAAGGGACUGAAGCCAGGAACAAUGGCAGACUGAAGACAGCAGUGCAGAAUGCCUCAAGAUAGAAACGUAAUAUUCAAUAUCUGUAUAUCUGGCUAAAUAUUAGCACUUCACUCCACAUACUUGUGGGCAAUAACCUUCCAUCUGGAUAACAACACAAAACAAAUUAUAAGGCUAGAAAAAUGUAUCGACCAAUAUUACCAACACAGUCAACACCAAAACAUGUCGGAGAGUAAGCAUUGAGAACCAAUCCUCAAAAGAAAACGAGACUCCUCGACUGACACAGACGAUUUAUGCUUUUCACCACCUGGAACGGUAAGUGUAGAAACCGACUUGCUAAAGUCGAUAAAAGAUAAAUUGGGCGUACUAGAACUAGUCUAUUAAGAUAUAAAGGAGUUGAAGGCGAGCCUCGAGAUGAGUGAGGAAAAAGCGGUGACAGUGGAGAAAGAAAGAAACAAGCUAAAAGGUACAGUCAAUACUAUUGAAACAGACGUUAAAGAACUUCAAAAAGAGAACAUGUUUCUGAGAAAAGCCUUACCUGAAAUACAGACUAGCUCUAUGCGAGAAAAUGUGGUACUUACCGGUAUUAUGAGGGUGAAGAUCCAGAGUGUGGUGAAAGAAUUCCAGGUUAAAGUGCUACAGAGCCCAGGCGAUACUGUCGACAAAAUUAAACUCGUACGUGUACAUCGUUUUGGACAGAGAGGACAGCGAUACGAGCGCCCAAACGUUGCCAUAUUUGCAUUCUUUAAAGAUACAAUUAUGGUUAAACGCCUGGCAAAAAACUUGCUGGCACGAAAAUAGGUAUGAAUGAUCAGUUCCUGAAGGAAAUUGCAGAAUGGUGCAAAGCUCUGUACCCACUCUUCAAAGUGAAUAGACUAAAAGGGAAACAUGUAGCUCUCGUAGUCGAUAAACUGUACAUUGAUAACCAACUGUAGGUAGGAAUCAACAUGGUAGAGAUAAGAACAGAGCAAACAGAGGACAUAGAAGGCACAGUAUGUGGGUAUGUACGGUUGUAUGUGGGGGGAAGUGUGGCGGUGGUGGAAAUUGUGGUUAGUUAAGUUAGUGAAAAAGGAAAAUGGUUGCAAAUGCCAGAGCCCAUGUGUGUCUGCGAGCAGGAGUUGUGACAGAGAGAGUUUUCAGUUUUGUGCAGAUAUGGGAUAUACAUUUUUAAAUAAAUUACAAAUAUCGUUUAUUUAUUUAUUGCCAUAUCAUGAUGGAACGGCCCCCAAACCUAUACCCUAGACAUCCACCUGAGUGACCCACACACUAAGGACAGGUAGCCUAUACGCAGCCAAGACAGAAAGAUACACUGCUCCCAAGAGUCUGUGCCUGCCUGGCAGGGAAGGUCAAACAAAGCCAAAGCCCCUGGGUGGGUGAGCAUUAUAUACAAGGAAUUUCUCAAAGCUGCUAAUGAUAACCUUAAAGACCUUGUACCUAGCUGGUGGGAAUUCCAGUGGAGUACCCCCACCCAGGUAGUGGCAGUGCUGGCAACACUAACUGCAGUAACCCAUGGGGAGGGGGCAAAUUAUUGUGCCUCUGGCGGCACAAAAUUAUCGAAAGGUCUGACUGCUCAAAGAUGCUUGGGAAAUGGGGGACCAGCGUGUGUGUUUCAGGGGAAAGGGGUGUCUCUGACAUUGACAUUGGUUAAUCAAAUCUCCCCAUUCUUGCUCAAUUUUGCAUGCCUUCUCAAAAAGCUACAACUGUAUAUGCAUUCGCACAUCAAAUAUUUUCUUGAGUUGGUAUGAGCUUGUUGUUGUUUGUGGGGGAAGGGUGGGGAGAGUGUGUGUAUGUAUCCCACAUCUGUUGCUAUGGGGUAAUGAUGUUAGGGACAGUAUAGGAUGAAUCACAAUAAUAGUUUCCCAAAAUAAUAAUUGACAUCAAAACGAUGAAAUAACACAUAUGGAAUCAUGUAGUAAACCAAAAAGUGUUAAACAAAUCAAAGUAUAUUUUAUAUUUGGGAAUCUUCAAACAGCCACCCUUUGCCUUGAUGACAACUUUGCACACUCUUGGCAUUCUCUCUACCAGCUUCACCUGGAAUGCUUUUCCAACAGUCUUGAAGGAGUUCCCACUUAUGCUGAGCACUUGUUGGCUGCUUUUCCUUCACUCGGCGGUCCGACUCAUCCCAAACCAUCUCAAUUGGGUUGAGGUCGGGGGAUUGUGGAGGCCAGGUCAUCUGAUGCAGCACUCCAUCACUCUCCUUCUUGGUCAAAUAGCCCUUACACAGCCUGGGUCAUUGUCCUGUUGAAAAACAAAUGAUAAUCCCACUAAGCCCAAACCAGAUGGGAUGGCGUAUCGCUGUAGACUGCUGUGGUAGCCAUGCUGGUUAAGUGUGCCUUGAAUUCUAAAUAAAUCACAGACAGUGUCACCAGCAAAGCACCCCCACACCAUAACACCUCCUCCAUCCGUUCACUCACACCGCGUCUCACAAAGACACGGCGGUUGGAACCCAAAAUCUCAAAUUUGGACUGGUCUAAUGUCCAUUGCUCAUGUUUCUUGGCCCAAGCAGGUCUCUUCUUCUUGUUGGUGUUCUUUAGUAGUGGUUUCUUUGCAGCAAUUCGACCAUGAAGGCCUGAUUCACACAGUCUCCUCUGAACAGUUGAUGUUGAGAUGUGUCUGUUACUUGAACUCUGUGAAGCAUUUAUUUGGGCUGCAAUUUCUGAGACUGGUAACUCUAAUGAACUUAUCCUCUGCAGCAGAGGUAACUCUGGGUCUUCCAUUCCUGUGGCGGUCCUCAUGAGAGCCAGUUCCAUCAUAGCGCUUGAUGGUUUUUGCGACUGCACUUGAAGAAACUUUCAAAGUUCUUGAAAUGUUCAGUAUUGACUGACCUUCAUGUCUUAAAGUAAUGAUAGACUGUAAUUUCUCUUUGCUUAUUUGAGCUGUUCUUGCCAUAAUAUGGACUUGGUCUUUUACCAAAUAGGGCUUACCCCCGCUACCUUGUCACAACACAACUGACUGGCUCAAACGCAUUAAGAAGGAAAGAAAUUCCACAAAUUAACUUUUAAGAAGGCACACCUGUUAAUUGAAAUGCAUUCCAGGUGACUACCUCAUGAAGCUGGUUGAGAGAAUGCCAAGAGUGUGAAUUCAAUCAUUUUUAGCAUUUACUUUUUCCGGACCUAUGCUGCACUGCCCGCAAAUUCUGAUUUAAAAAAAAUAUAGUAGGCCUACUUACAGUGGUAGCCUACACAUUUCAAUGCAAAAGAUCAACUGUCUGUUCACAUGUUCAAUUCUACUCUGAUAUAUACCGUGCUCCCUUUCGGAUGCAUUGAGCAAAAACUUGAAAUUAUAAUAGCCUAUCUAAUAGGCCAAUUAAAUGAGAGAUGUGCGUGGUAAUUUGUUCUAUUGCUACUGUGGGAAUAUGAACUCAUCAUGGCCAGAAAAGGUGAGGAAUUUGAUGAUAUGUAUUAUGUUUAUUUAUGAAAUAUUCUCUACUCGAGAAAUGGUACAUUAAAGUAUUCAGACUUGGCCUACAAACAUCAAUGGAAAAGGUAAACUGCGUUUCAGAUCAGAUCGCAUAGAGCAAAAUACUUGAAGUAGCUUAUCUAUUUAUUACUGUGAUGUGGGUCAUAUUAAAUGAGAGAUGGGAAAUGAAUGUUUAUCUGUUAUCACACUGACAUACAGUGUGUAGUGGGCAACACAUCUGGCUAAUCCCACCAAAGCAAUCAAACAUCCUGAAACCCCCCUCACCUUCCGUGCAUCUCUGAGAUCCCCUGUAUCCACCAACAUGGAGAGACCCCCCUGAAGUUCUUGCGUGUGAAUAGUGAAGGACUGAUUGAACAUACUGUAGCGUAGUAGGUGAUAACCAUCAGUCUCCAUUUUGUUUCAUGUUGCAUACUAUUCUUUGUUACCCUGUGUUGAUAAGAUGCUGGUUCAAUAAACCUUAGAUUCAGUAUGUUAACAGUAACAUCACAUGCUGCUGCACACUAUGACGGUAGCUAUAGGCACCUCUACCAAUGGCACUGCACUCCCCCUGACCCAUACCACUGUAGUGUACAUUCUAUAACGACUACUUCUUCUGCUGUUAUUGUUACAAUUGCUUUCACAAGUACCAUCACCAGUACCACAACAACUUCAGUGACUUCAAUUGCGUGUAAAGAACCAAAUGUUUUUGACUUUACUCACACUCAGUUGUAUAUAGACGGGUUGGUUGUGCCCAACUAUGGGGCAAAACAGACGGGGUAGGCUUCGAUUGUUGACAACAUGUAAACUAUAUUUAGUAUCCAAAUGUUUAUUGAAAACAUAAAUACAUUUGCACAAUGAGCACGUCUCUCAAAUACAUUGUUACAGUUGUUGGUUAGCUAGCUAAUGAAUUUGAGCCAUAUUAGCAUUAACAUGAAAUAAGUCAAAACAAGACAUGGUAUCAAGAACAAGAUACAACUAGCUGAAACAAACCACCUGCGAUUCCCCACAUGGCAGCUUCUUGUAACUGUUGCUAGCUGUCUGACCGUUCAGAAUCAUAACAAAGCACGGCUUCCGGCCACAUCGAUGCGUGUGCAUCAUUUUUGUGACGUUGUCAGCCAACUCGUCUAUAAACAAUGAACAUUCCUUUAGUGAAUAAAAGAAACAAGCAAUGGUUUUGGUUACGGUUGUGGUCAUGUCGGUUGUGGUCAUGUGCUGAGUGUCAUAGCUAUGGUACACCAUGUUCCCCAGCCAUAUCCCUGAGGAAUGUCUCCUAUUGACUAGAGCAGGGGUAAUUUAGCCUGGUCCCAGAUCUGUUUGUGCUGUCUUGCCGACAAUAACUGGAACGAACUGCAAGAAUCUCUGGAGACUCUUAUCUCCCUCACUAACUUUAAGCAUCAGUUGUCAGAGCACCUUACCGAUCACUGCACCUGUACACAGCCCAUCUGAAAUUAGCCCACCCAACUACCUCAUCCCCGUAUUGUUAUUUAUUUUGCUCAUUUGCACCCCAGUAUCUCUAUUUGCACAUCAUCUCUUGCACAUCUAUCAUUCCAGUGUUAAUACUAAUUGUAAUUAUUUUGCACUAUGGCCUAUUUAUUGCCUUACCUCCAUAACUUGCUACAUUUGCACACACUGUAUAUAUAUUUUCUGUUGUAUUUUUGACUUUAUGUUUGGUUUUACCCCAUAUGUAACUCUGUGUUGUUGUUUUUAUCGCACUGCUUUGCUUUAUCUUGGCCAGGUUACAGUUGUAAAUGAGAACUUGUUCUCAACUGGCUUACCUGGUUAAAUAAAGGUUAAAUAAAAAUAAAUAAAUAACCAUAGAAGUUGGCAAGACAGCACAAACAGUUCUGGGACCUGGCUAGGGCUGGUGACUGUCUGUGUCUGAAUCUGGUAUAUACUACUCUUGAUUCACAAACACACUGACACACCCUAGACUCUGGUUGUCAUGUGGACCUCAGUGUUUGUGUAGGAUGCUUGGUCACACCCUGUUGGUGGAUCUCAGUCUCCCGCUAACCUGUGUCGGUUCCAUCUGAUCCCUGGAUUCAUCAAACGCUGCUUUGCCCUCGACCCGAUUCCCACACCACGCAGACACACACUUUCACUGGGCUGUUUAUUUCUAUCCCCAAGGCAUAAUACUGCUGAACAGUUAAUCAAAUGGCUACCCAGACUAUUUGCAUUGACCCCCUUAUUUUAUUCGUAUUUUUUGCACUGACUGUCUUGCACAGGCUCGAUGUACACUCACUGGACUCUAACCACACACUCACACAUACUACACUUACACUCCAACACCCACACAUGGAAACACACACACAAAACACACACACAUGCAUAUUGAAGCCACACACACACAAACAUACAGUACAUUCACAUUCCUUCACACUCUUUACAUAUGCUGCUGCUACUCUCUGUUUAUUAUCUAUGCAUUGUCACUUUACCCCUACCUACAUGUACAUAAUACCUCAACUACCUCGACUAACCCGUACCCCUGCACACUGACUCGGUACCGGUACCCAUUUUAUACAGCCUCGUUAUUGUUAUUUUAUUGUGUUACUAUUUUUCCUUUAGUUUAUUUGGCAAAUUUUUCUAACUUUUUUUAAACUCUGCGUUGUUGGUUAAGGGCUCGUAAAUAAGCAUUUCACAGUAAGGUCUACACCCGUUGUAUUCGGCGCAUGUGACAAAUACAAUUUUGAUUUGAUUUGAUUUUACGGGAAACCAGGCCGAAUGUUUUCUUAGCGUUUAUUUGUUUUUUUUUGUCCCUGAAGAAAGCAAUUUCUCCCCCGCCAUGCAACAGCUACAAGAAAAGUUACGGCUUUAGACCCAUUGGCGGUUUCGCAACGCCUAGAGCUGUUUAUGCCAGACAAAUCCUAGCAAUCAAAGCAUGCCACCAUCCCUCUAUCCUUUAAGGUUUGUGUAUUUUCUCAUGGCCUCUCAUUUAAAACAUGCAUGAGGAAGAAAACAAAGUCUCCAAAACUUUUAAGCAAAUGACAUGCAAAGACUCCCCCAAAAAAAGUUUAAGAAAAACAUAACUGAGAGCUCUGCCUCUCUCUGUCCCCUCGGAUAAGCGAGGCAAGUAAAUAAAGGAAAACAGAGGAGGUCAGAUCCAGCUGAGAUCAAGCGCCUGUGCCUCCAGUGGUUUCCUAAUUACAAUGGAAGCGGAUACAUUUCCACUUUUAAUAUGGGAUGGAGGUCCCCUGAGGAGAUGUGGGAUUAUGACAAAGCAGAACCAGAGGAAGUCGGAAGAGAGAGCGGAGGAGAUGUGAUCUACCCGAGCGAGGACUGAGGAGACGCAUGAGUUGUGUUGAAUGAAGGAUGCCAUUGCCAAGCGCCACAGGCCUUCCAUCUGUAUCUCAUAUGUCACACACAAUCCUCCGGUGUACCAUUAAACAAACACUUAACCAGUACAGGUAAUGGUCACAGCAAAUUGAACGGCCUUCAGGUGCUUGAGUGUAAUAAAACUUGACAACCUAAUGAUUGCUAAAAAAGGGCAAAUUGUGUUAUUGGGUUCUUCAGAGGCUGGCUGGGAAGGUUGCUCUAGCAGCUAGCAUGCGUCCCAAUUGGCACCCUAUACCCUAUAUACACUCUUAGAAAAAAAGGUGCUAUCUAGAACCUUAAAGGGUUAUUCGGCUGUCCCCAUAGGAUAACCCUUUGAAGAACCCUUUUAGGUAGCAGGCAGAACCCUUUUGGUUCCAGGUAGAACCCUUUUGGGUUGUAUGUAGAACCCUUUCUACAAAGGGUUCUACAUGGAACCCAAAAGGGUUCUCCAAUGGGGACAGCUGAAGAACCGUUUUGGAAUCCUUUUUUCUAAGAGUGUAGUGUACUACUUUUGACCAAAGCGCAAUGGGCCUUGGUCAAAACUAGUGCACUAUAUAGGGAAUAGGGUGGCAUUUGGGAUGCAACCCUAGAGUCUAGCUAGAAUCCUUGAGUGUAGCUGGGUUUUGCUCAAUGGAUUUUCUGGUCUGUAGAGAAUUGAUUAGAAAUACAAAGAUAAAGUAAAGGAAGCAUUCCAUGUUCCUUGUUCUGUCUGGUGUUCAAAUGGACAAAUGAUCCUCCUUGUCCCCUUGGUAAUGAGUUUAUAAAACAUUUAUAGAUGGUAAUAACACAACGUUUACACACACAGGACGAGGUCACAAAUGUUUUUAUUUCCCUUGUAACAUUAAUGGUGGCCUUUUAGUGACAUUUCAAAUAAACAUAGCCGAUUAAGUCCUCCUCCUCCCCAUUCCUUUCUCCCUUUUUAUUUUAUCUACAUUAUAAUACUUUCACUCUGUUUAUUGUGUCACUCUCUUUCUCCUCCUUUCAUUCCGUUAUUCUAUACGUGUUAAUGUGCCAAUUCCUCAAUGGUUCAUUGCAUUUGUGGAAUUAUUUAUCUUCCCCUUAUCGCUGUGGUUCGGAAUAGUGCAUAUGUAAUAGCUGGCCCUCCUACAAGGGUAAAAACUCAAAUUACUUUUGAACAGAUUAUGAUGGAGACGUAAGGUUUGGACCAUUGGUUUUCUUAGAGAAAAUAUCUACAUAAUUAACAUAUUAUUUUACCUAUUGGUAAAAAUCUGUGUUUUUGAUUGGACACCCUAUUGCAGGGAUCAUCAACUAGAGUCAGUCGCGGGCUGAUUUUUUUUCUUGAACGGAUGGUCGGGGGACCGGAACAUAGUUACAAAUAAUUUGUAGACUGCAAAUUGACCGCAAGAAGCACAAAAAUAUAUAAUGUUUGACAAAAACAUAAUAAUUUCAAACCUUGCUUACAUUUGUAUAAUAUCACGUGUCUCUCUAUUAUGUGUGGGAAUAUUUGGGAACAGAUUUCUUAAAUUACAAUCACUUGGUGCUGAUUUCCUGGUGUUUUUACAGUCUUUUAUGUCCUACAAAUAAAACUACCCGUGGCCUAAAUUCGGUGAGAACACUGUAUUUCGUUUAUUGUGGGCUUCUGUUUAAUGUCAGAGUUGCGUAACCGCCCCCUCAUGUUUCCAGUUUCACCAUUGCCAGAUGUUUGUAAUGUUCGUAAUGUGUGUUUCUCCUAACUGCAGGACUAUGAAACUGUUUGAGACAACCAAGCCCUCCCAGAGCUGGCCAAGCUGGACUGGAGAAUCAUAUUCAUGCAUCUAUUUGUCCCUCUUGAACGCCUUGACUGGUUAACUGUUGUCACGCCCUGGCUCUAGGGACUCUUUUAUGUUGAGCCAGGGUGUGUAGUGUCUAUGUUUUGUGUUAUAUGUUUCAGUUUCUAGUUCAUGUGUUUCUAUGUUGGUCGGGGUGGUUCUCAAUCAGAGGCAACGUGAAUCAGCUGUUGCUUGUUGUCUCUGAUUGGGCACCAUACUUAGGCAGCCGUUUGGGCAGUUGUGUUUGUGGGAUGUUGUUCCGUGUUGGUUUGUGUAUUUGACCGUGGACUUCACGUAUCGUUUUGUUGUUUUUGUUCGUGUGGUGAAUAUAAAUAAAGUAUGUUCGCAUUCCACGCUGCGCCUUGGUCCGCUCCUUUUGACGAUCGUGACAACUGUGCACAACUGGCCUCAUUGCAUUAGCACAGUCUUCUCAUUUGAUUACAUUUGUGCACUCAAGCUUUUGCAAAUUGUACCACCAUUCAUGGAGUGUACUAUCAAAUCAAUCAAAUCAAAUUGUAUUUGUAACAUGCUUCGUAAACAACAGGUGUAGACUAACAGUGAAAUGCUUACUUAUGGGCUCUUCCCAACAAUGCAGGUGCUGGAACCGAAAUAAUUUUCCAAUCCUUUCGUUCUGAACAGAACCAUUAUUUUUUUUCGUUCAGUUCCACUGUUCCGACUAGCAAAAUAAAGUUCAGAACUUUUUACAUUUAGCUCGACAUGAAAUGACUUCAUUAAUGGACAGAGAAGCUUGCUAUGGAGUGGGCAAGCUAUGUCAAAUCAAAUAUUAUUUGACACAUUUUAUUUAGCAGAUGAUAUUGCGGGUGUAGCGAAAUGCUUGUGUUCCUAGCUUCAACAGUGCAGUAGUAUCUAACAAUUCACAACAAUACCACAGAAUUAUACCUACAGAGGAGCGGCUUCUAUGAAGGAACUUUGAAUGUCUUUGAACUUCUGAGAGUUGGCUUAACUAACAUUGGACCAGAGCUAGCCCUUGAUCAUGACUCUCUACAUUACACAUAAUGCCACCUAGAGUUUUCAAGAGCUAGACCAGAGCUAGCUAGCUAGCUAACAAGCUUAUGUGUUCAGAGCGGCACCAGAAUUAAAAUAAAAAAAGUCUUACCUUUUUGUAGUUAAUAAAUCCAAUGUGAAACGUGUUAACUAUAGUAUCCUUAACUAGCAUUGAAAAAGUUAAUCCAUUCUUCUUCAAUAAAACAUCUCUCUCCCUAAUUUCUGAAUCAUGCUUGUAACGUCAGUAGCUACAGUAGACUAUGCUUCAGAGUGAGGGGGAGAUGGAGGUAGCCUACACACACACACACACUGGCAGACUCUGGAAUAAGGCUUUGCAUAGGCACUUUGUUGCGUUCUUUUGUGGGACUGAAAGAAAAAAUGCCCAGAACGUAAAAUAACGUUAUUAACCGGUUCCCAUGCGUUUAACAUAACGGUUCUGUUCCCGGAACAGUAUAGAUCACUUUCGUUCUCAGUUUUGGUUCUGUUCCUCGAAAAAUGUAUUUAUAUUACGGUUUUCUGUUCUGUUCCCUGAACCGGUUCCAACCCCUGGAAAACAAUAAUAACACAAUGAGUAACGAUAACUUGGCUAUAUACACGAGGUACUAGUACCGAGUCCAUGUGCAGUGGUACGAGGUAAUUGAGGUAGUUUUGUACAGUGCAUUCGGAAAGUAUUCAUACCCCUUGACUUUUUCCACAUUUUGAUACGUUACAGCCUUAUUCUUAAAUUGAUUAAAUUAAUGUUUUUCCUCAUCAAUCAACACACAAUAACCCAGAAUGACAAAGUGAAAACAGGUUUUUAGAAUUUUUUGCAAAUGUAUUUAAAAUAAAACAGAAAUACCUUAUUUACAUAAGUAUUCAGACCCUUUGCUAUGAGACUCGAAAUUGAGCUCAAGUGAAUAAUGUUUCCAUUGAUCAUCCUUGAAAUGUUUCUACAACUUGAUUGGAGUCCACCUGUGGUAAAUUCAAUUGAUUGGACAUGAUUUGGAAAGGCACACACCUGUCUAUAUAAGGUCCCACAGUUGACAGUGCAUGUCAGAGCAAAAACCAAGCCAUGAGGUCGAAGGAAUUGUCAGUAGAGCUCCGAGGAUUGUGUCGAGUCACAGUUCUGGGGAAGGGUACCAAAAAAUGUCUGCAGCAUUGAAGGUCCCCAAGAACACAGUAGCCUCCAUCAUUCUUAAAUGGAAAAAGUUUGGAACCACGUGGCCUCCAUCAUUCUUAAAUGGAAGAAGUUUGGAACCACCAAGACUACAAAUUGAGCAAUCGGGGGAGAAGGGCCUUGGUCAGGGAGGUGACCAAUAACCCAGUGGUCACUCUGACAGAGCUCCAGAGUUCCUCUGUGGAGAUGGGAAAACCUUCCAGAAGGACACCCAUCUCUGCAGCACUCCACCAAUCAUGCCUUUAUGGUAGAGUGGCCAGGUGGAAGCCACUCCUCAGUAAAAGGCCUAUGACAGCACCUUAAAGGUCUCUCAGACCAUGAGAAACAAGAUUCUCUGGUCUGAUGAAACCAAGAUUGAACUCUUUGGCCUGAAUGCCAAGCGUCACGUCUGGAGGAAACCUAGCACCAACCGUUACGGUGAAGCAUGGUGGUGCCAGCAUUAUGCUGUGGGGAUGUUUUUCAGCGGCAGGGACUGGGAGACUAGUCAGGAUCGAGGGAAAGAUGAACGGAGCAAAGUACAGAGAGAUCCUUGAUGAAAACCUGCUCCAGAGCGCUCAGGACCUCAGACUGGGGCAAAGGUUCAACAGGACAACGACCCUAAGCACACAGCGAAGACAAUGCAGGAGUGGCUUCGGGACAAGUCUUUGAAUGUCCUUGAGUGGCCCUGCCAAAGCCCGGACUUGAACCUUAUCGAACAUCUCUGGAGAGACCUGAAAAUAGCUGUGCAGCGACGCUCCCGAUCCAACCUGACAGAGCUUGAGAGGAUCUGCAGAGAAGAAUGGGAGAUGUUUUGCAAACAUUUCUAAAAGCCUGUUUUUGCUUUGUCAUUAUGGGUUAUUGUGUGUAGAUUGAUUAGGGUGGAAAACAAUUUAUUCAAUUUUAGAAUAAGGCUGUAACAUAACAAAAUGUGGAAAAAGUGAAGGGGUCUGAUUACUUUGUGUAUGCUGUGCCUUCAGAAAGUAUUCACACCCCUUGACUUUUUCCAGAUUUUGUUGUGUUACAGCCUAAAUUAAAAAUGUAUUCAAUUUAGAUUUUGUGUCACUGGAAUGAUGUUUUGAGAAAUGUCUUCAGUCAAUAAGUAUUCAACCCCUUUAUGGCAAGUCUGAAUAAGUUCAGGAGUACAAUUUUGCUUAUCAAGUCACAUAAUUAGUUGAACAGACUCAAUAAUAGAGUUAAACAAUACUACCUCAUCUCUGUACCCCACACAUACAAUUAUCUGUAAGGUCACUCAGUCGAGCAGUGAAUUUCAAACAUAGAUUCAAACAUAGACCAGGGAGGUUUUCCAAUGCCUUGCAAAGAAGGGCACCUAUUGGUAGAUGGGUAAAAAUAAAAAGCAGACAUUGAAUAUCCCUUUGAGCAUGGUGAAGUUAUUAAUUACACUUUGGAAGGUGUAUCAAUACACCCAGUCACUACAAAAACACAGGCGUCCUUCCAAACUCAGUUGCUGGAGAGAAAGGAAACCGCUCAAUGAUUUCACCAUGAGGUCAGUGGUGACCUUAAAACAGAUACAGAGUUGAAUGGCUGUGAUUGGAUAAAAUUGAGGAUGCAUCAACAACAUUGUAGUUACUCCACAAUGCUAACCUGAAUGACAGAGUGAAAGAAAGGAAGCCUGUACAGAAUAAAACUAUUCCAAAACAUGCAUCCUGUUUGCAAAUAAGGCACUAAAGUAAAACUGCCAAAAAUGUGGCAAAGAGAUUAUCUUUAUCCUGUCAUUGCUAGUCCAUAUAUGUAUAUAUUCUUAAUUCCAUUACUUAGAUUUGUGUGUAUUGGGUAUAUGUUGUGAAAUUGUUAGAUAUUACUUGUUAGAUAUUACUGCACUGUCGGAGCUAGAAGCACAAGCAUUUCGCUACACCCGCAAUAACAUCUGCUAAACACUUGUAUGUGACAAAUAAAAUGUGAUUUGAUUUGAAUACAAAGCUUUAUAUUUGGGGCAAACACAUCACGGAGUACCACGCUUCAUAUUUUCAAGCAUUGUGGUGGCUGCAUCAUGUUAUGGGUAUGCUUGUCACCUGCACAGACUAGGCAAAAUCCUAGAGGAAAACCUGGUUCAGUGUCCUUUCCAACAGACACUGGGAGACAAAUUCACCUUUCAGCAGGACAAUAUCCUUAAACACGAGGCCAAAUAUACACUGGAGUUGCUUACCAAGACGACAUUGAAUGUUCCUGAGUGGCUUAGUUACAAUUUUUAUUUAAAUCGGCUUGAAAAUAUAUGGCAAGACUUGAAAAUGGCUGUCUAGCAAUGAUCAACAACCAAUAUUGUACAGUCCAGGUGUGCAAAGUUCUUAGAGACAUACCCAGAAAGACUCACAGCCUUAAUUGCUACCAAUGGUGAUUCUAACAUAUAUUGACACAGAGAUGUGAAACCUUAUGUAAAUUAGAUACAGUAUUUCUGUAUUUAAUUUUCAAUAAAUUUACAAAAAUGUCAAAACACGUUUUCACUUAAAAAAAAUAUAUAUUUUUUUAAUCCAUUUUUUAUUCAGGCUGUAACAACAAAAUGUGUAAUAAGUCAAGGGGUAUGAAUACUUUCUGAAGGCACUGUAGGUAUGGGUAAAGUGACAAGGCAACAGGAUAGAUGAUAAACAGCAGCAGCGUAUGUGAUGAGUCAAAAGAGUUAUUGCAAAAAGGGUCAACGCAGAUAGUCCGGGUAACUAUUUAGCAGUCUUAUGGCUUGGGGGUAGAAGCUGCAUCGGUACCGCUUGCCAUGCGGUAGCAGAGAGAACAUUCUAUGACUUGGGUGGCUGGAGUCUUUGACAAUUUUAGGGCCUUCUUCUGACACCGUCUGGUAUUGAGGUCCUGGAAGGCAGGGAGCUCGGCCCCAGUGAUGUAGUGGGCCGUACGCACUACCCUCUCUAGUGCCUUGCGGUCGGAUGCCAAGCAGUUGCCAUCCCAAGCCAGUCAAGAUGCUUUCAAUGGUGCAGCUGUAUAACCUUUUGAGAAUGUGAGGGCCCAUGCCAAAUCUUUUCAGCCUCCUGAUGGGGCAGAGGCAUUGUCGUGCCUUCUUCACGACUGUGUUGGUGUGUGUGUGGGCCAUGUUAAUUCCUUAGUGAUGUGGACACGAGGAACUUGUUGAUCUCGACCCGCUCCACUACAGCCCUGUCCAUGUGGAUGCUCGGCCCUCCUUUUCCUGUAGUAUACGAUCAGCUUCUUUGUCUUGCUGACGUUGAGGGAUAGGUUGUUGUCCUGGCACUACACUUCCAGGUCACUGACCUCCUCCCUAUAGGCUGUCUCAUCGUCGUCGGUGGUCAGGCCUACCACUGUCGUGUCGUCAGCAAACUUAAUGAUGGUGUUGGAUUCUUGCGUGGCCAAGCAGUCGUGGGUGAACAGGGAGUACAGGAGGGACUAAGCACGCACCCCUGAGGGGCCCCCGUGUUGAGGGUCAGCGUGGUGGAUGUGUUGUUGCCUACCCUCACCACCUGAGUGCAGCCCGUCAGAAAGUCCAGAAUCCAUUUGCAGAAGGAGGUGUUCAGUCCCAGGGUCCUGAGCUUAGUGAUGAACUUUGAGGGCACUAUGGUGUUGAACUCUGAGCUGUAGACAAUGAACAUCAUUCUCACAUAGGUGUUCCUUUUGUCCAGGUGGGAGAGGGCAGUGUGGAGUGCAAUAGAGGUUACGUCAUCUGUGGAUGUGUUGGGACGAUAUGUGAAUUUAAGUGGGUCCAGGUUGUCUGGGAUGAUGGUGUUGAUGUGAGCCAUGACCAGUCUUUCAAAGCAUUUCAUGGCUACAGAUGUGAGUGCUAUGGGGCAAUAGUCAUCGGAAGUCGUAGCGGGAUUUCUUAUAAGCGUACGGAUUAGUGUCCCGCUCCUUGAAAACGGUGGGGACGACGUAGUCGAUGCACUUAUUAAUGAAGCUUUGACUGAUUCUGUAAACCCCUCAAUGUUAUCGGAUGCUUCCUUGUAAGCAGGAAUCAGGAGGAUAGAGUUAUGGUAAGAUUUGCCAAAGGGAGGGCGAGGGAGAGCCUUUUAUGCGUUUCUGUGUGUGGAGUAAAGGCGAUCUAGAAUUUUGUCCCCUCUAGUUGCACAGGUGACAUGCUGGUAAAAAUAAGGUAAUAACGAUUUUCCCUGCAUUAAAGUCCCCGGUCACGAGAAGAGACGCCUCUGGGUGUGCAUGUAGUUGUUUGCUUAUGGCCCUGUACAAGUCGUUGAGUGUGGCUUUAGUGCCAACAUCAGUUUGUGGUGGUAAAUAGACAGCUACGAAAAAUAUAGAUAAACUCUCUUGGUAAAUAAUAUGGUCUAUUUACCAAGCUUAUCAUGAGGUAUUCUAACUCAGGCAAGCAAAAACUUGAGACUUCCUUAACAUUAGAGAUCGGGCACCAGCUGUUGUUAACAAAGAUACACACCCCUCCCCGACCAGUCUUGACGUUGCUUUGAAAGCCAGCGAGAUGUAUAUUAUCCAUGUCCUUGUUCAGCCACGACUCCCUGAAACAUGGAAUAUUACAUUUCUUCAGGUCCCGUUGAUAAGAUAGUCUCGAACUGAGCUCGUCCAGUUUGUUCUCUAGUGACUGUACGUUCGCCAACAGAACGGAGGGUAGAGGCAGUUUAUUUGCACGCCAACGUAGACUAAUCAGGAUCGCUGCCUCUUUUGCGCCGUUGCUUCCUCUUUCGAGUCCCGGGGAUUAGGGCCUGGUCCGGAGUAAGCAGAAGGUCCAGAGCUGCCGACUCGUUGAAGUAGUUAUUGUCAUUCAAAUCGAGGUUAGUGAUCACUGUUCUGAUCUCCAGAAGCUGUUUUCGGUCAUAGGAAAUUAUAGCGGAGACAUUAUGUACAAAAAAAGGUCAGCGUAAAAAAACACAGAAUAUUGUUCAAACUGCUAUCCACUGCAGUGCCAUCUUAGAUUAAAGAUGUUUGUGUGUGUGUGUGUGUGUGUGUAAGUGUGACUGGGUGUGAGUACUCUGUGUGUGAGUACUGUGUGUGUGUGUUUGUGACUAAAAGCCCUCUUCACUGAUUACUGGACCAGAGGCCAAUAGUCUGUUGUGACAGGAUAUGUGUAUGGGAGACUUCGUUGAAUGUUGGCUUUCAGGCCUAUCCACAUUGUGUCAACACAUAGGCACAUUCACUCACACACACAUGCUCUAACGCUUCUCUCAGAGAACAAAAGGCCAGUGCCUGGGGAAUUGUGUGCUAAGUUUUUUUAAACCUUGAAUUCUCAGCAACAAAAGUGAUCAAAUUAAGAUCCUAAAUCUGUAUGUCAUGCUAGUGGAAUUUCAAUCAUACAAGGCAUAGAUUACAACAGACUUUCUUUCAUCUGAGGACAUACACAUCCCUCUGAACCUUUCGAUUAAAUCUCGAGGUCCAUGGGAGCACACACUCGAGUUGUUAUUUCAUUACACUUGCCAAGCACACCGGCCAAUCAUGCUGUCGAUACAAACCCGCUUGUCUGAAUUCUAGGCACAUCCACAAUUCAGGAUGUCAGAGAGACGAGAGAGGGGGAGAGAGAGAGAGAAAAAGAGAACGAGAAAGCACCAUUAUAUGGUAUGCUGUAAGUAUCUAAUUCCCCUACUUGUCCUGCAAUGCCCCCUUCUCACACAGGAUAUCAACCUCUUGGUGGUCAGAAAAUAGCUCAGCCCAAACCAGAUGUAGAUAAUGGCAGAGUGGCCGAAGGUCACAUAAGUCACGAUGAUCAGCCUUAGGUGUGGCAUGGCACUCGGCCGCAUCCCAACGUGCUUCAUCAGUCACUUCUGUGAGGCCUCUUGGUCUUUGGCACAUCCCUCAAUGUUGUGAUUAUCUAAAUUGCCCAUAACUCACAAACACUUGUUUAUAAAGGCUGACAGAUUUAGCUGAAUGAAUGACCUGCCUGCCUCUGGUGUGAGCAGAGUGUCCGUGGGCCGGGCCGCCUGCCUGCCCUGCGCCAGCCGAGCCCAGACCAUCUGUGAAUCACCCAGCAGGAGAGACCAGAGUGGACCCCUGAGGGGCAGAGGGAAUGAGAUGAGGAGAGAGAGAGAGAGAGAGAGAGAGAGAGAGAGAGAGAGAGAGAGAGAGAGAAGAGAGAGAGAGAGACGAUAGAUAGAGAGCUCUCUACUAUCGCUAUCUUCUCUCUGAUCUCUCUGCUCUCUCUCUCUCCUCUCUCUCUCUCCUCGCUCUCUCUCUCUCUCUUCUCUCUCUCUCGCUCUCUCUCUCUCUUCCUCUCCUCUCUCUCUCUCUCUCUCGCUUCUCUCUCUCUCUCUCUCUCUCAUUCUCUCUCUCUCUCUAUCUAAUCUCUAUAUGUCAUACUUUGUAUGCAGAGAGAGAGAGAGACUGUGGGAUGCAGAGAGAGAUAAAAUGUACAGGCUGAGGGGAAACUUCAGGCCUUCUGUAGGAUUUUGGAGGGAGUCAAUUUUAUUAUGACGUUUAGGACCAAUGUGUGGGCACACAUAUGUGUGAGUUUUGAAGGUACAGUACAGUGCAGCAAAGUUUUGGGUUGAAGGGUAUCUGGCCCCAGAAAUAGCAGCAAGGCAUCUGGAGUGCACGUCAUUCAGAGAGGGAGAGAGAGACCAGGUCUGUUGUGGUCAGAGUUUGAGGCAGGGUUAGUCAUUUAAUUUUCAAGACAGUAGCUUACAUUUCAUGUGACUGUGUUUUAUCAGUUAUUCUGAAUGGAGCCUGUUGUUCCCCCAACAUGUUGCUAUGAUUCAUUGUCGCCAAGAGCCAAGAAUGGACUUUGUCACAGUAAUUAAUGUAGCUCUCAGGACGGCAGUUGAAAUUAGUCUUGUCUUCAAGGCCUAAUUAAAAGGAAAUUGUCAAACAUAUUCUGGGUCAAGUUUCCGAACCUGUAGACAUUCAGGAAAGCGUUUCAGGCAUGACUGUGUCAUUAGAGAACUCUUUCAGACUGACGCAAUUUAAGGUACAAAGCCAACAUUAUUUUUUUUUUCCUUAUUCAUUUGAUAGCUUGUUUAGUAGUCUUCUUAGUCAACUACUUGACCCAUAUUUGCCUGACGCACAUUCUAGUCACUGCAGUGGCCCAUGAAUCCAAUGUAUUAUUCCCACUAGCAGUCCUGAAUGUCCCUCAUCUCCCUGCUUGUUGACCACUGUAGCAGCAGCAGCAGCUUUGUCCUCAUAAAGUGAGGCAAUGGCCUUUGUCAUGGGCGCAGGACGGCUCUAAUGGGCCCCUUCUGAGACAGACAGCAACACUCACAGAAGCAGGUUCUGAACAAUUAACCGUGAGCUGUGGGCUUAGUGCCCGACUCCAUUGUAAGCGAUCUAAACCCGUUAGACUGUGACAGACCAUUAACUGCUGCCAAGGCUUCUUUAAAUUGCCUCAACAGUUUACAUUAAGCUAGAGUGACUGUGUGUGUAUGUGUGUGUGUGUGUGAGGGGGGAGGGGGGGAGGGGGGAUUUGUGUUUUGGUUAGUGAGUGUGUGUGUGUGUGCACUCAAGCGUGUGUGUUGUUCACACAGGUGUGUGUGUGUGUGUUAUCUAAUCUCUUCGCCCACCCCAUCCUCACGUUAACACAGAGUUUUCAGCACUGUUGAGUUGCUGAAUUAUUACUGCCUACAUUGUUAUUGAGUAAUUACCAGAUAAUAGCCAAUUUCAGUGUUUUUAGGGAAAUCUAUCUUACCAUUAAAAUAACCGAGGUGCUCUCUCACAUAUCGCUCCGUAAAUACUGUCGAUUGUUAGUGGAAAUGGAUACAGAAGUAUUAUAAUGCAAAGGUGUGUGAAAUGGAUGUGUUUUCAAUAUACUACUAGGAAUUUGUCUUUGAAUAAUUUGGAUUGUUUGCAUUUGUACUUAAUAAUUUCCAUGAUGUUACCGUUAUCUUGAUUGUAUCUAUGCUUUAUCAACUGGUUUAUUCAAAUGAUAACUAGUAUUAAUCCAUGUUUGAUAAGCACGUUUUAUAAAACCGCAAUAGAGGAAAUUACCUACAACCUGAAUGAACAGUCAAUAUAGCCCCAUCAACCGCUGUAUAGACUUUGCUAUUUAAAAUGCUGCUACAACACAUGGCACACUGUUUAUGUGUGCAUUAUAACUCAAUUGAUUAAAUGAAGCUUGUUUCACAAUAUGAGUGGGCCCAGCUCUCUAUAUGACAACCAACUUGUAGUGCAGUACUGGCUAUAGUUGACACAUCUAAAUUGAUGUUUGGUGGAUGAUGCACCUUAAAACAUCUGUUUAGGGGACCUGCGUGGUUCCGAUACCGGUUCUGACCGACAUUUAUGCUUAUAAAUUGAUCUGUGGACACCGUAGAUCGAAAUGGCUUGCAUUGAGCGUUCGCCCACUCUUCUGCCUGUAUGAAGCAGGCUGUGAAAUCUGACACCUCUUGAAUCUGGGAUGUCCCUCCUACCAUUUCAUUAGCUCUUUCGACUGUCCAUCAACUCCUGGCUGAACCUUAACGUCACAGCCACUAACAACGCAUAUGCCUGGAAUCCUUACAUCAUAACGCAGCAGGAGAGAGAGGUUUUGUCAAUGUAGCACAUUCAGAGAUUGAUUUAUAGCCAGUAAUCUAAAAUAAUUCAUAGAUUCUAAACAAAAAACACUUUCUGUUUGUUAUAGACGGACAAGAUUAAAAGGAGAUGAAAGGCGAGUUCCUAACGAGUUCAGGAAGCCACGCUAGAGCUCUGUGUGACGUUGACAGCGAUGUUUUGAUCAAGAGGGACCUUUUAGAAAAUAUGCAAAUUUUCUCUGACACUAAAUAUACAAAUAUGUAUUUUACAGUUAUAAGGAAGGUGAAAUCUUAUAGUAAGUCAUUUUAUACAUUUAUACAAAAAUAUGUAAUUUCAAGCCUUAUUCAUGCAGUUUUGUUGAAUAGGAAAUACAUUUUUUAUCAUAUUUGUAUUGUAUACUUGAGCUUUUGUCCUCAAAAGUGACUACACCUCAGCAAUUAAUAACAAUUUUUACCAGAAAGGUGAGAUUUGAACCUUACUUGGAGUAUGCAGCAUUACUAGUUAUUGUUUAUGGCCCUCUCAUGAUAAAUAAUAACUUUUAGGGAUUACGUUCAUUACAUUUCCGAUUACAUUUAAGAGGAUUUAGACAUUUCCUGCCGUGACUAGAUGUUGGCGUUUGCUACCAUUAAACAUUAAAAGCCAACCACAGGGUUGCGAGCACGAGACCACAGGAAUACGCAGAAUCUGCCAACCAUCGAAACCCCAUAUGUUUAAUUUCCUAUUGCAUAAGACCUGACUAUGCAAAUCCCUCACUGCAGUGUUUCACCAAUCUUCAUUUAGCCAUGGUUGAUAUUAAGUGUUUAACACAAUGGUGGAUGUUUGGUGAACAAGCAACAGGGUGAUAGUGGAAUCUUUGGGCAAAUAAAUUAGCAUCUUGUGUUGUUACUAUUAUGUGAGGCCUCAGCUUUACAUGCUAGUAAUGUCACUUAGGCUGUUUACACAGGCAGUCCAAAUCUGAUCUUUUGCCAAUAAUUGGUCUUUUGACCAAUCAGAUCAGAUCUUUUGCCAAUAAUUGGGCAAAAGACCAGAAUUGGACUGCCUGUGUAAACGCAGCCAUAUUGUGAUAUUUAAUAGAGGAUUCGAAGACACCUUGUCUGUGAAAUCAUUGUUCAGUGGAUCUUGUUGCACCUGUUUUUGACCCUCUCUGUGAUUAGUCUGUGACUAGGCUGAGCAGGGAACAUAACUCAUCUGGUAGCAAGGGUUGUAAAUGUUACUCCUUAAUUCAUGACUGUUCAGUCUGAUCAUGUCUGGUUCUAGACACACACUCUAGACACACACACAUGGGAGCGGGAACACACAUACACACACACAGAUGGGUUUUCAUAUGAGAAUUGAAGCUGCCUGGGGCUUUAGUAUCAACUUUAAAACACCCAAAACAUCUGUAAAACAUUACCCCUGAUUAUUUUCUCCUCCAGCACAACCUACAAUAUGAGCAUAAGUGAUGUUUGUAUAUGAACAUUAUGGAAAUGAAAGAGCUGAUGAGGUCUCCUCUCUAAUGAAGGUGUGAGGCUCCCGACGCACACACAUGCACGGCAUGGGAUCAAGAACACAUACCACGCACACGCACACGUACACACAUAUACACACACACACACACACACACACACACACACACACACACACACACAGCUCGCAGGCACAGUUGUAUGUUCAAAUCUGUAGUAACCAGCUGCUCUACUGUGUUCAGGGCUUCCAGGUGCAUUGUUCUGGGCCUGGUCUGUUCUGGUCUGGUCGGUGGUAGUUUCUCCCUCUCCAUGGAUUGACUGUCUGCUACAGACAGCAUAGAGUGAGGGAAGCAGAGCAGACUUUAAGCAACACACCUUGUUACUGUAGGUAAUGACCAGGUCUUCAGCCAUCUCUCCCCAGAGCUGUGUCUGACUUCCUUUUACUGGGGAAGCAGUGGAGAAUGUAAUGAAAUGUACUUUAGCUGGAAUUUCGCUGUUGCUGGAUCGUUUUGUACUCUAGAAAUUAGCUGAAUUGUUGCAGAAUUUUUUUGAAUGAUUCUCCACUUUGUUAUUUUUUGACAUUCCACAAUGUGGUGAUCUGUCACCAGGAAAACACUAAUUGAACUAGUCUUGUUACAGGAAAAGAGCUUCAUGGUUCACUUCCAUGUUGGCCCACCACCAUCACUGCACCCCUGACACGUUAUUGAACCUUUGGUUACCUCUGUGAAAUAUCAAACUGUUCAAUUGAACCAGUGCCAAAAUGUGUGCAACCAAACCAAGUCCUAGGCUUACUACCAAGGCACACUAUAUUGACAUAUGGAAUUAUGGAAAUGUCUCAACCACUCUGCAGUCUCCAGCAGAUCCAGUUUGAUGCAGACCUGGGUUCAAAUACUAUUUGAAGUCUUUCAAAAUACUUUGAGUGUUUGCUCUAGCCUGCCUGUGGUGCCAGAUGGCCAGGGUUUGCAGUUUUGGGACUAUUAUAUUGGUCCAUUACGCCAGGUAUUGUCAGCUCAUCAAGCACUGAAAUUAUUUCAAAUAGUAUUUGAACCCAGGUCUGGGAUGUGUUGUUGUAAUGUUGCCACAUCGCUCGUUUCAACUCAGCGAUCGUUAGUUUGUUGUGUGAAAGGAAAUGUAGAGCUUUGGUUUGUAGGAGACGUUCUGCUCCAUUUACUGGCUCUCUUUGAUGACUUCAGCAGCACUAAUUAUACAGGCGCCCGCCCGCCGCCGUCACCAUGGAUGCAAUCUCUAAGUGCAUCACCCCCCAACCUUUUACUCUGACUAAUAUCUCAAUGCAUCGCUACGGAGUCGCUUACCAGCCUCCAUAAUGUCUCACUAGAAUACUGCUGUACCUAGCCUAUCCUUUAUGAUGGAGUUCAAUGGAAAUGGCUCGUUGGAAUACAUUUACAUUUUAGUCAUUUAGCAGAUGCUCUUAUCCAGAGCGACUUACAGUUAGUGCAUACAUUAUUAUAUAUUUUUUUUCAUACCCCCCGUGGGAAUCGAACCCACAACCCUGUCAUUACAAACGCCAUGCUCUAUGAACUGAGCUACAUCCCCUGCCGGCCAUUCCCUCUCCUACCCUAGACGACGCUGGGCCAAUUGUGCGCCGCCCCAUGGGUCUCCUGGGCGCGGCCGGCUACGAUAGAGCCUGGAUUCGAACCGGGAUCUCUAGUGGCACAGCCUUAGACCACUGCACCACUCGGGAGACUACAUGAAUGUGUAUAGAGUGAAGUUCACAGCCUUUGAAAGUAAUAUAUAACAUAUAUUUGGGUCUCUGUAGAUUGCUUUGUUGGCUGAUGUGAUAGCUCAGAAUGGCAAAUAAACCUUUCAAGCAUGAAGCCAAUGUUUUGCUGUAAAGGAAUGCAUAGUACUUGCCUGUAGAUUCUAUUGGAACCUCAAUGCGUGGUAAACAAGCAACAUUACCAUCGGAAAAUAUAAUUGUUGAACUUUUACACUAGUGCACAUUGGACUGGCUAAUAUUAUAAGAUGAACAGUAAUACAUUUCAUAUUUAUACAUGUUACAUUUUUGUCAUUUAGCGGAUGCUCUUAUCCAGAGCAACUUACAGUUAGUGCAUUCAUCUUAAGGUAGCUAGGUGAUACAACCACAUCACAGUCAUUGUAAAUAAACUUUUCCUCAAUAAAGCAGCUAUUAGCAAAGUCAGUGCUAGUUAGAAAAGACGUGCAACUGUAAGUGCAACAAAGGCAAGGGUGUGCGUUUUUUAUUAAAUUUUUUGCCAUAGUUCUACACAGCCACAGACCGUCUCUCCUGGGCGUCUCUAUUUUGCAUUCAGACGAUGAGACACAAGGGGAGUUUUAGUUAGUCGAUUGCUGGAAUAGGGUUCUGCUCCAUUUACCUUUUUGAAACACUCCCCUCAGAAUGGGUCUCUCUCUCUCGCUCUCUUUUUCUCUCUCUCUCUCUCUCUCUCUCUCUCUCUCUCUCUCUCUCUCUCUCUCUCUCUCUCUCUCUCUCUCUCUCUCUCUCUCUCUCUCUCUCUCUCUCUCUCUCUCUCUCUCUCUCUUCUCUCUUCUCUCUCUCUCUCUCUCUCUCUCUCUCUCUCUCUCUCUCUCUCUCUCUCUCUCUCUCUCGCUCUCUCGCUCUCUGUCUCUGUCUCUGUUCUCUGUUCUCUGUUCUCAUUCCACUGUGACGUUUUGUCAUUCCACUUCAUUCCAGAAUGGCUCGACUGAGCUUUACUACACCACUGCUGUCCGCCCACCCCGUCCUGGUCCUUUCACAGCAACAUUUCGCAACUUGAUUUGCUGUUGUCUUCAGCAAUGUUUCAAGGAACUUUUCUACUCCCACCAUGUGUUCAUAGAAGACCUCAACCGACCCCUGUGAUUACCCUGCCUCUCUAAACCCCUGGCCCACGUUCAGCUGCCAAACGUUGUCGAACAUUGCAGAUAGAAAUGCCAUGAAUAGAGCUUACAUGAUUUCUUGGUUUACAUCUACUCAUGUUUGUUCUACUUUACAUAUUUCAUGUGUGUCCAUCUGAACGAGCACCUGCUCUCUGGCUCUCUUCCCACCUCAGCCUUGCCACCCCCAGCCAUGUCCCUAGCAACCCCACACGCCCCUAAGACUCCAAGAUUAUCGAGUGCCCCUCAGGUUGGUUCAUGGCUAUUAGGCUAUAGGCUUCUGCCUCCAGCCUAUGUACUGUAUGUGUUAAGUAUUAAGGUUAGGAUUAGGGCAGGGAAAUCUGGUCCUGGAACUCUGCUGAAUUGCACUUCACCCCUCGGAAAAUGGUGGUAUUAGAAUAACCUUACCCUCAUAUACUACAGUCUCUCUGACUGCAGUGCUACAGUACCUCACACCCACCCACAGCUGCAGGCCACCUGACGUGACUCACAUAAACUCACAUACUCUCAAUCACAUAAUCUCACACACUCUCGAUCACACAUUCUCAAGCACACGCACAAACACACUGUCAUGCAUGCACGCACACACACACACACACACACACUACCGCUCACACUCCGACUGACUGGUGUCUGUUACCAAGCAUCUUCAUCAGCCUAGAACCGGACCUCCUUUCUCAGUACAAGAUCAUUUAUAACAGCUCAGGUUUUUCUGUGAACAACCUAAUCAGAGAACCAUAGAGAGAGUAAUAAUACGUUCUGUUGUAUUUAAUCUAACUGCAGUAGCAACUCUACCUCUCAUAGGUCUCAUGUUUCUAACUCAUUGAUGCUUCUCAAUCUCCGCCUUCUUCUUCUUGGCCUCCUUGGAUGGUAGUAAAUGAGUCACAGGAAUUGGAGUGAUACAGAACAACGUUGGGCAUCUGCGGCGGUCAGGUUCUCUAGCUCCAAGUAGAGCCGCUGUCAAUGGCUGCAGUGUUUUUCCACGAAUUCCGAAGCCCUGUGCUGCUCCCCUCAUUCUCACCCCCUCUCCCACCACUCUUCCUUGGCUCGGUGCCGGCACUCCCUCGAAUUCCAAGCAUCUGGUCAGUUCUAGGAAACGCCUACGACUGUCCAGUGGAAGAAAAUGGGAGGUUCUUGAUCGCACCGAGCCCCUUGAAUAAUGUGCCACUCAUAGAGAAGUUGUUGCCGAGUAGCGGGGGAGUCUCGGUCUUGGUUGUUAAUUAGAUCUUCCAGGGGUUCUGGGAGAGCGUAGUCGUUUCUGUUCUGCUUUGACUCUUAGCUUUCUCUCUCUUUGUAGCUUUCUCUCUCAUUCCUGCCUCUUCUCAGUGAGGAUUCAGGGAUAUUAGUAGGAUAUUUCUCCACAGUCAGAUAAAAAGGUCAAUAAACAGAAAAGGGCAGGUAUUCAAGUAUUUACACUCAAAAAUAUCUUGCAAUCAAAGAAAAUACAUGUAAUUCUACUUUCCCAUAUACAUUUGCCUGCGAGUGUAGAUAUGAUUUAGUCCUUUUUCUAAUACCAAUAAAACAUGUUGGCAAGGGCAUUAAAGUCAGAUCUUCUCUCGAGAAGUAAUGUCUCCUCUCACAAUGAAGUCGAUGACUAAGGAGAGCUUUGCUUUUCGUAGUUCUCAUCUGGGUUGUUUAGAGGAGACUGUGAUCACUUUGCACCAUGGGAGAACCAUCUAUCCUAUCUGUUCACUUCAUAUCCCACAGAUGACUCACUGCACACUGCAUGGCAACUUUACGAGUGUCUGUCUGUGUGAUCCACUUCCAGUCUCUUCCAGCCUCACAGUAUGGCUGUUUUUCAAAGGCCCCCGGUCAGACCCACACCCAGACUGCUUUGUGUUACGGCCGUGUCUCUCGCUGCUCUCACCUCACACAGACUGUGACGUUUCCAUAUAGCCGUCCUUCCCUUCGCCCUCUCGCUCCAGCUCUGUCUUCCUGGAAGCUGCAGAGAUGAAUCAGGGCUUGUGUGCGCAUUUUUGUGUGUGCAUUUCAAGUGUGUGUGUGUGUGUGUGUGUGUGCGUGCAUGUGUGCAUUCGUGUGUGAAUCAGGGUGGGGAACCUUUGCAUCACUAUCAAUCACAUGGAGAAAAAACACCAUCCUUCCAUCCCUCUUUCUGUUGGCGGCCAUGAUUAAACAGCUGGCUUCAUAUCGCCCCUGUCCUCAGACUAACGUCAGUCCACUGAUUCACUUCAGCGCCCCUAUCAGUGCCGAGACAGAACUGGCACAUCCACAUUCACCCACCCUCUUUCCUUUUGCUAUGAUGGAAUACAGAGCAGAAUAUUUGGAUGAAAGUUGGAUACCCACCCACGUAAGCUUUACGAGUCUUGAGCCAUUGAAUGCUGCCUUAUAAAACUUCAACAUUAGCCAAGGGUAUCUGCCUAGUUCCAAGUAAGUCUUGAGUUAUGGCAAUAACAAUGUGUUAACUGUUAACGUGUCAAUCUUGAGUAGUAAUUUGUGAAAGUAUGCAUCAAGGCAGUAGACGUGACCACACAAAAUGUCAGAAUGCUCUCUCUCUCUCUCUCUCUCUCUCUCUCUCUCGCUCUACUGGUCUCUCUUUCUUCUUCUUCCCUUUCUCCCCCACCCCCCCCACUCUCUCUCUCUCUCUCUCUCUCUCUCUCACUCUUUCUUUCUCUCCCUCUCCAUCCCUCCAUUCUGUGAGUAACCCUGCCCUGCCAGUCCUUCUGUCCUGGAGCUGUUAAUCUGCUAAUCCACAAUCGAUAGCUGCCUAAUCUCUUUUCCACAGAUAAAUGCAGCCUAUCUGAUAAUUAUGUUUGCUUCCACAUGCCAUAGCCCUUCUCUCUCUCGCUGCUUUGUUUCUGUCUGUGGGAUGCUAGUAUUGAUUCAGUCUGCCCACUAGCCUGCACGCAUGCUGCCUACAUACAUCACUGUGUACUCUACUGUAGACAAAAAUACAUGUUUGAAUGAGGAAAGAAAUCGCUAUUAUAAAUCCAUGUGCAAAAUGUGGCAUAAUUGAGCUGGGACCUAUUUUUUAAGUAAUGCACUGAAAAUCUGCAAUUUGGUCUGAAAACAUCAAUUAUUUUUUAAUAAGGGGAAAUCACCCUUGUGAGUUCGGUCUGUCUGUGUGAAUUCUCACUCAGUAUUGCUUGACAUACAGUACCGGUCAAAAGUUUGGACACUACUCAUUCAAGGGUUUUUCUUAAUUUUUACUAUUUUCUACAUUGUAGAAUAAUAGUGAAGACAUCAAAACUAUGAAAUAACACAUAUGGAAUCAUGUAGUAACCAAAAAAUUGUUAAACAAAUUCUUCAAAGUAGCCACCCUUUGCCUUGACAGCUUUGCUGUCACGAUUUCCUCCGAAGCUGCCUCCCCUCCUUGUUCGGGCAGGCUUCGGCGUUCGUCGUCACCGGCCUACUAGCCACUGCCGCUCCAUAUUUUUAAUAUUUUUAUUUUAUUUAACCUUUAUUUAACCAGGUAAGCCAGUUGAGAACAAGUUCUCAUUUACAACUGCGACCUGGCCAAGAUAAAGCAAAGCAGUGCGAUAAAAACAACAACACAGAGUUACAUAUGGGGUAAACAAAACAUAAAGUCAAAAAUACAACAGAAAAUAUAUAUACAGUGUGUGCAAAUGUAGUAAGUUAUGGCGGUAAGGCAAUAAAUAGGCCAUAGUGCAAAAUAAUUACAAUUUAGUAUUAACACUGGAGUGAUAGAUGUGCAGAAGAAGGUGUGCAAAUAGAGAUACUGGCGUGCAAAUGAGCAAAAUAAAUAACAAUAUGGGGAUGAGGUAGUUGGGUGGGCUAAUUACAGAUGGGCUGUGUACAGGUGCAGUGAUCGGUAAGCUGCUCUGACAACUGAUGCUUAAAGUUAGUGAGGGAGAUAAGAGUCUCCAGCUUCAGAGAUUUUUGCAGUUCGUUCCAGUCAUUAGCAGCAGAGAACUGGAAGGAAUGGCGGCCAAAGGAGGUGUUGGCUUUGGGGAUGACCAGUGAGAUAUACCUGCUGGAGCGCAGACUACGGGUGGGUGUUGCUAUGGUGACCAAUGAGCUAAGAUAAGGCGGGGAUUUGCCUAUUAGUGAUUUAUAUAUGACCUAGAGCCAGUGGGUUUGGCUGCGAAUAUGUAGUGAGGGCCAGCCAACGAGAGCGUACAGGUCACAAUGGUGGGUAGUAUAUGGGGCUUUGGAGACAAAACGGAUGGCACUGUGAUAUACUACAUCCAAUUUGCUGAGUAGAGUGUUGGAGGCUAUUUUGUAAAUGACAUUGCCGAAGUCAAGGAUCGGUAGGAUAGUCAGUUUUACGAGGGCAUGUUUGGCAGCAUGAGUGAAGGAGGCUUUGUUGCGAAAUAGGAAGCCGAUUCUAGAUUUAACUUUGGAUUGGAGAUGCUUAAUGUAAGUCUGGAAGGAGAGUUUACAGUCUAACCAGACACCUAGGUAUUUGUAGUUGUCCACAUAUUCUAAGUUAGACCCGCCGAGAGUAGUGAUUCUAGUCGGGCAGGCGGGUUCAAGCAGUGUUCGAUUGAAGAGCAUGCAUUUAAUUUUACUAGCGUUUAGGAGAAGUUGGAGGCUAUGGAAGGAGUGUUGUAUGGCAUUGAAACUCGUUUGGAGGUUUGUUAGCACAGUGUCCAAUGAAGGGCCAGAUGUAUACAAAAUGGUGUCGUCUGCGUAGAGGUGGAUCUGAGAGUCACCAGCAGCAAGAGCAACAUCAUUGAUAUACACAGAGAAUAGAGUCGGCCUGAGAAUUUAACCCUGUGGCACCCCCAUAGAGACUGCCAGAGGUCCAGACAAUAAGCCCUCUGAUUUGACACAUUCUGAGAAGUAGAUGGUGAAGCAGGCGAGGCAGUCAUUUGAGAAACAAAGGCUAUUUAGUCUGCAAAUAGGAAUGCGGUGAUUGGCAGAGUCGAAAGCCUUGGCCAGGUCGAUGAAGAUGGCUGCACAGUACUGUCAUUUAUCGAUCGCGGUUAUCAUAUAGUUUAGGACCUUUAGCGUGGCUGAGGUGCACCCAUGACUAGUUCGGGAACCAGAUUGCAUAGCGGAGAAGGUACGGUGGGAUUCAAAAUGGAAGGUGAUCUGUUUGUUAACUUGGCUUUCAAAUACUUUCGAAUGGCAGGGCAAGAUGGAUAUAGAGUGUCACCCCCUUUGAAGAGGGGGAUUACCACGGCAGCUUUCCAAUCUCUGGGGAUCUCAGAUGAUACGAAAGAGAGGUUGAACAGGCUAGUAAUAGAAGUUGCUACAAUUUUGGCGGCUAAAUUUAGAAAGAAAGGGUCCAGAUUGUCUAGCCGAGCUGAUUUGUAGGGGUCCAGAUUUUUCAGCUCUUUCAGAACAUCAGCUAUCUGAAUUUGGGUGAAGGAGAAGCGGGGGGGGGGGGGGGGGGUUGGCAGAGCUGGUGGCCGGGGGGUAGGGGUAGCCAGGUGGAAAGCAUGGCCAGCCGUAGCAAAAUGCUUAUUGAAAUUCUCGAUUAUCUUAGAUUUAUCGGUGGUGACAGUGUUUCCUAGCCUCAGUGCAGUGGGCAGCUGGGAGGAGGUGCUCUUAUUCUCCAUGGACUUUACAGUGUCCCAAAACCUUUUGGAGUUAGUGCUACAGGAUGCACAUUUCUGUUUGAAAAAUCUAGCCUUUGCUAUCCUAACUGAUUGUGUAUAUUGGUUCCUGACUUCCCUGAAAAGUUGCAUAUCGCGGGGGCUGUUCGAUGCUAAUGCAGUACACCACAGGAUGUUUUUGUGCUGGUCAAGGGGUGAACCAGGGGCUAUAUCUGUUCUUAGUUCUGAAUUUUUUGAAUGGGGCAUGCUUAUUUAAGAUGGAGAGGAAAGCACUUUUAAAGAACAACCAGACAUCCUCUACUGACGGAAUGAGGUCAAUAUCCAUCCAGGAUACCCGGGCCAGGUCAAUUAGAAAGGCCUGCUCGCUGAAGUGUUUUAGGGCGCGUUUGACAGUGAUGAGGGUCGGUUGUUUGACCGCGGACCCAUUACGGACGCAGGCAAUGAGGCAGUGAUCGCUGAGAUCCUGGUUGAAGACAGCGGAGGUGUAUUUAGAGGUUGAAAUAGUCAGGAUGAUAUCUAUGAGGGUGCCCAUGUUUACAGAUUUAGGGUUGAACCUGGUAGUUUCCUUGAUAAUUUGUGUGCGAUUGAGGGCAUCUAGUUUAGAUUGUAGGACGGCCGGGGUGUUAAGCAUAUCCCAGUUUAGGUCACCAAGCAGUACGAACUUUGAGGAUAAAUGGGGGGCAAUCAAUUCACAUAUGGUGUCCAGGGCACAGCUGGGGGCUGAGGGGGGUCUGUAGCAAGCGGCAACAGUAAUAGACUUAUUUCUGUAGAGGUGGAUUUUUAGAAGUAGAAGCUCAAACUGUUUGGGCACAGACCUGGAUAGUAUGAUAGAGCUCUGCGGGCUAUCUCUACAGUAGAUUGCAACUCCGCCCCCUUUGGCAGUUCUAUCUAGCUUUUACGGUUACAGAAGUCAGCAAAUGAUAGCGCCUGGGGAGUAGGAGUGAUACUGGGGGACACAGGGCCUGGGUUAACCUCUACAUCCCCAGAGGAACAGAGUAGGAGUAGAAUAAGGAUACAGCUAAAGGCUUUAAGAACUGGUCUUCUAGUGCGUUGGGUACAGAGAAUGGGACAGAUUUCCGGGCGUUGUAGAAUAGAUUCAGGGCAUUAUGUACAGACAAGGAUAUGGAAGGAUAUGAGUACAGUGGAGGUAAACCUAAGCGUUGGGUAACAAUGAAAGACAUAGCAUCACUGGAGGCACCGAUUGAGCCGGUCUCCAUGUGUAUGGGGGGUGGGACAAAGGAGCUCUCUGAGGCUGGUUGAGCUAGACUAGGGGCUCUACAGUGAAAUUGUAUAAUAAGAACUAACCGGAACAGUAAUAGGCAAGGCAUAUUGACAAGGGAGAGAGGCAUAAAGCAAUCAUAGGUGUUAUUCGAGAGAGCUAAGAAAACAACUGGUAAUGGCGACGAAAGUUUGGGCUGAGGCUAAACAGAUAAACAGGACAGAUAGACAGGAUGGGGGUACCGUGUAAAGGAACAGUCCAGCAGGCAUCAGCUGUGCAGCUGAGUGAUCAUAAGGUCCAGUGAACAGCAAUAGGUGAGACCGGGAGCAGUUCGAAUGGCUGCUACAGCACAGGCGAGCAGGAAGCACGGCUGUUGAUUGCAUGUGCUAGCGGGCCGGGCCUAGCAGAUGGAUCUUCGUGGUCGUCGCAACGGGAAGCCUGUUGAAACCACAUCAGACGAUUACGUUGGCAGACCAGUCGUGAUGGAUCGGCGGGACUCCGUUUCGACACUAGGAGGUCCCGUCCGGUUGACAGAGAGGUAGAUAGCCGGAAGAUGUGCCUGGCUCAAGGCUAGUUCAAGGCUAACUGGUGCUUGCUUCGAGGUCGGUGGUGAAAAUCCAACAACAUCCAUUCGGUUGCAGCUAGCUAGUUGCAAUGAUCCGGUGUUAAGGUCCAGUGAUUCAGUGAUUCCGGCAGAAAUCCGAUAUGUUCUUGGUCGAUAGCGCGCUGUGCAGACUGGCCGAUAAUAGUCCAGGCUAGAGAUGGCUGGUAGGUAGUGCAGGCCAUGGACAAUGGUGAAAACCGCUAACGGUGGCUAAUAGCAAGUAGCUAGUUCGCUAGUUAGCUGGCUAGCUGGCUAGAUUCAACUGGAGGUUCUGGAUAAAAAGGUCAAAUAAAUAAUAUAAUCCGUUCCACAUUGGGUGAGGCGGGUUGCAGGAAAGUAUAUUUAGUUGAAGGAGGAAAAGUGUGAUAGAGAAAUAUGUACGAAAGAGACAAAAAAACAAAAAACUGGCUAUUUACACGGACACACUACAGAGUACACGACCACACUGCUACAACAUCUUGGAUAUCUCAUCAUUCCAUUAGUCUUGUCUUGUCAAUUACACACACCUGGUUCAUAUCAACUCAUUAGUACAUGUAUAAAUGUUCCCUCUGCCCCCCUUGUCCUUGUGGGUGAUUGUUAUUUGUUAGUUGAGUGUAGCUCGGUUGAGCUACCCGUACCUUGUAUUUCCGGGGAUAUUGUUCCCCGUGUGCCUGUACUUUGUUGACGCUAUCCAGCGUAACUGUGUCCUACGGAAUAAACUCUGUAUUCUGUGAUUUACCCUCCUGCGCCUGACUCCUUCAAAUCACAUUCUCACAGAAUCACCCACCCGCACUAUGGAGUCAGCGGGAGAGGAGCACAAGCCUGGAGUCGUGGCACGGGUCCAGGAGCAUUCCACGAUGCUGGCCAGCUUGGGGGAAGCGAUGGAUCGGGUUCUUCAGGUCGUCCAAUGCCUGGAGAGGAGAGGACCCGAUCUGUCGAGACCAGCUGUCCAACCGGAUCCAGCCACCCACACCCCAGCACCCGGCGGGAUCCAGAUAUCCCGACCACGGGAGUUUGACGGGACGGCGGCUCUCUGCCAAGGAUUCCUCCUCCAACUAGAGCUCUAUUUCUCCAGCAUCAGGCCGGCCCCAUCGGAGCGAGAGAAGGUGUCCGCCCUUGUCUCCUGCCUCUCGGGGAAAGCCCUGGAGUGGGCCAACACGGUGUGGAACGAAGGAGGAGCCGCGUUGGAGAACUACGGGGACUCAUUGUGAACAGAUCACUUUUUUUAUUAUUGAGUCCCCUGCUUUCCCUGUGGUAUUAGGUAUCCCUUGGUUAGCACUCCACAACCCCACCUUCUCAUGGCCGCAGAGGGUUCUCACAGGGUGGUCGCGAGAGUGUCAGGGUAGGUGUCUAGGUGUUUCCGUUGGUGCAACCACGGUGGAAAGUCCAGACAGUACCUCCACCGUGCGCAUUCCCCCAGAAUACCUCGAUUUGGCACACACGUUUUCAAAGACGCAGGCUACCAAGUUACCACCUUAUUGGGCGGGGGAUUGCAUGAUAAACCUCCGGGUAGACGCUGUACCUCCCAGGAGUCAUGUGUACCCCCUGUCGCAGGCUGAAACGGCAGCUAUGGAAACAUACUUCACGAGUCCCUGCGCCAGGGGUAUAUACGUCCCUCCACUUCACCCGCCUCCUCGAGUUUCUUCUUUGCGAAGAAGAAAGAUGGCAGUCUGCGCCCUUGCAUUGAUUAUCAACCACUGAACAAGGAGACGAUCAGGUUUAGUUAUCCUCUCCCCCUCAUUCCGUCAGUGAUCGAGUCAAUGCAUGGGGCGCGCUUCUUCCCCAAAUUAGAUCUCAGGAGUGCAUACAACCUGGUGCGUGUUCAGGAGGGGGAUGAGUGGAAGACAGCAUUCGGCACAACCACGGGGCAUUAUGAAUACCCGGUGAUGCCCUACGGUUUGAUGAAUGCUCCAUCCGUCUUCCAAUCCUUUGUGAACGAGGUGUUUCGGGACAUGCUUGGUCGCGGUGUAGUGGUCUACAUUGAUGACAUUCUGGUGUAUUCCGCUACGCGCGCUGAGCAUGUGUCCCUGGUUCACAAAGUGCUGGCCCGACUGUUGGAAAAUGACCUUUAUGCCAAGGCAGAGAAGUGUAUGUUUUUCCAGCAGUCCGUCUCCUUCCUCGGAUACCGCAUAACCACCUCAGGGGUGGAGAUGGAGGGGGAUCGCAUUUCAGCCGUGCGUAAUUGGCCGACACCCACCACAGUUAAGGAGGUGCAGCGCUUUCUGGGCUUUGCCAACUACUAUCUGAGGUUUAUCCGGGGCUUUGGCAAGGUCUCAGCUCCCAUUACAUCUCUGUUGAAGGGUGGGCCGUCCCGGCUCCGCUGGUCUGCUGAGGCUGACCUGGCCUUCAGGAAACUGAGGGGUCUGUUCACCUCAGCCCCGGUACUGGUCCACCCCGAUCCAUCACUACCGUUCGUAGUGGAGGUGGAUGCGUCCGAGGUAGGGAUAGGCGCUGUCCUAUCUCAACACUCGGGCACACCACCCAAGCUCCGCCCCUGUGCCUUCUUCUCUAAGAAGCUCAGCCCGGCGGAGCAGAACUACGACGUUGGUGAUCGGGAGCUGUUGGCUGUUGUCCGAGCUUUGACCGUGUGGAGGCAUUUGCUCGAGGGGGCGAAACACCCUUUCCUCAUCUGGACGGGCCACCGUAACCUGGAGUACAUCUGGGCAGCGAGGAGGCUGAAUCCUCGCCAGGCCAAGUGGGCCCUAUUCUUCACCCGGUUCGAUUUUACACUGUCAUACAUCCCGGGUACGAAGAACGUGAAGGCAGACGCAUUGUCAUGGCUGUAUGACACAGAGGAGAGCCCCAGAGACAACACCCCCAUACUCCCGGCUUCCUGCAUUGUGGCGCCGGUAGUAUGGGCGAUGGACGCGGAUAUAGAGCAGGCAUUACGCACAGAUCCAUCUCCACCUCAGUGUCCAGCUGGGCUGCGGUACGUGCCUGCUCUUAUCUGUGAUCGUCUGAUCUACUGGGCACACACGUCCCCCUCCUCCUUUCACACAGGUAUCGGUCGUACAGUGCGCUGCCUGACUGGAAAGUACUGGUGGCCUACCUUGGCUAAGGAUGUGAGGGUGUACGUCUCCUCCUGCUCGGUGUGCGCCCAGAGUAAGGCACCUAGGCACCUCCCAGCGGGUAAGUUACAACCUUUACCAAUUCCACAACGACCAUGGUCUCAUCUAAGUGUUGAUUUCCUGACUGAUCUUCCCCUCUCCCAAGGUAAUACCACCAUCCUGGUCGUUGUGGACCGCUUUUCCAAGGCCUGCCGCCUCCUUCCUCUGCCUGCUCUCCCCACGGCCCUGCAAAAUGCGGAGGCCCUGUUUACACACGUCUUCCGGCACUACGGGGUACCAGAGGAUAUAGUGUCUGACCGAGGUCCCCAGUUCACAUCCAAGGUCUGGAAGGCAUUCAUGGAACGUCUGGGGGUCUCGGUCAGCCUGACCUCUGGGUUCCACCCCGAGUCUAAUGGGCAGGUGGAACGGGUAAACCAGGAUGUGGGUAGGUUCCUGCGGUCCUACUGCCUAGGGCCGGCCGGGGGAGUGGUCAGUGUUCUUGCCAUGGGCCGAAUAUGCCCAGAACUCUCUCCGGCACUCCUCCACUAACCUAACGCCAUUUCAGUGUGUGUUGGGUCACCAACCGGUUCUGGCACCGUGGCCCCAGGGCCAGACCGAGGCUCCUGCGCUGGUUGACUGGUUUCGGCGCGCGGACGAGACGUGGGAUGCAGGCCAACGCUGACCGCCACCGCAGUGAGGCCCCAGUCUUCGUACCGGGUGAUCGGGUCUGGCUCUCGACCCGGAAUCUGCCCCUCCGCCUGCCCUGCCGGAAGCUGAGCCCGCGGUUUGUGGGGCCGUUCAUAGUCCUGAGGAGAAUCAACGAGGUCACCUAUAGGUUAUUACUUCCCCCCGAUUACCGUAUUAACCCCUUGUUUCAUGUGUCUCUCCUCAGGCCGGUGGUGGCUGGUCUGCUCCAGGAGUCUGAGGUGCGGGAGGUCCCUCUGCCUCCUCUGGACAUCGAGGGGGCCCCGGCGUACUCCAUCCGUUCCAUCCUGGAUUCGAGGCGUCGGGUGGGGGGCCUUCAGUACCUCGUGGAGUGGGAGUGGUACAGUCCGGAGGAACGGUGCUGGGUCCCGGUGAGGGAUAUCCUCGAUCCCUCCCUGUUGCGGGAUUUCCACCGUCGCCAUCCGGCUCGCCCUGCUCCGCGUCCUCCUGGCCGUCCCCGAGGCCAGGGUCGGAGCGCUGCAGGAGCUGCGCGUCAUGGGGGGGGUACUGUCACCACUUCCUCCGAAGCUGCCUCCCCUCCUUGUUCGGGCAGGCUUCGGCGUUCGUCGUCACCGGCCUACUAGCCACUGCCACUCCAUAUCUCAUCAUUCCAUUUGUCUUGUCUUGUCAAUUACACACACCUGGUUCAUAUCCCCUCAUUAGUACAUGUAUAAGUGUUCCCUCUGCCCCCCUUGUCCUUGUGGGUGAUUGUUAUUUGUGAAUUGAGUGUAGCUAGGUUGAGUAACCCGUACCUUGUAUUUACUUUGUUGACGCUAUCUAGCGUAACUGUGUCCUACGGAAUAAACUCUGUAUUCAGUGAUUUACCCUCCUGCGCCUGACUCCUUCAAAUCACAUUCUCACAUUUGCACACUCUUGGCAUUCUCUCAACCAGCUUCAUGAGGUAGUCAACUGUAAUGCAUUUUAAUUAACAGGUGUACCUUGUUUUAAAGUUAAUUUGUGGAAUUUAUUUCCUUCUUAAUGCGUUUGAGCCAAUCAGUUGUGUUGUGACAAGGUAGGGGUGGUAUACAUCUAUAGCAAAUGUUUGUUGUUUUAAAUGCUUUGCAUACCACAUUUUAUUUAUUAGUUUUUCUUGUAGUUCUUUGCUCACUUUGAAGUCAAUGAUAAUUUUGCUAAUUGAGUUGACUGAAAACUGAAGCCCAUGAACUUGUGGACUUGCACUCACUGACCUCCACAGAUUAAGCCACAGUCUGUGUGUGCAGCGAAGGUUUCUCGCAGGCCAAAGAGAAGGUAGAGACUGCCUUACCAUCCUCCUACUGUCCAUUGGACUCCACUGUCAUGCUAUAGUCCUCUGCAGUGGGUAGAGCCUGACCUUUGUAACACCAGGAUAAUGGGUUUGAUUCCCUGGACCACCCCUUGUAAAUGCCUGUAAAUCGCUUUGGAUAAAAUAGUCUACUAAAUGGCAUGUAUUAGAUAUUAUAGCAUCAAACAGUGUCAGUUUGUAGCUGGUAGUAUAUAUAGAGAGUGAUUUUCCCUCAAGCACUCUUUACCCAACGCUUGGUGUUCACUAUGAUCUCUGAACGGCCACAUACUCCCCACAUCUGAUGUGGGUGGAAAGUGUUCUCAAUGUUGUCAUUCCAUAGCAAGAGGAGCUUCAUUGGUCAGGUAGAAUGUUUUAUGUUGGGAAACAUUUACAUUUUUGACACUUUAGUCAUUUAGCAGACACUUAUCCAGAGCAACUUACAGGAGCAAUUAGGGUUAAGUGCCUUGCUCAAGGGCACAUUGACAGAUUUGUUCACCUAGUCAGCUCGGGGUAUCGAAUCAGCGGCCAUUCAGUUACUAGCCCAACGCUCUUACCGCUAGGCUACCUGCCGCCCCCAACAUUGCUUCCUAUGUGGAAGCAUAGCACCCUGAGUGAUCAUUUAGAAAGGAUUGUAAAUUACGUUUGCAUUUGAAUAUGUUUUUAAGUGCUGGUCUGUCAUGGUUACACAGAAAAACAAGCACAAUACAUUUGCACAAAUAUGAUUUGUUUGAUGUAUCAUCACAACAAUAUGGAGGGUAUAAAUUAGACAUGAUAUUGAUAUAAUGUCGCUACUGACAGUGUCAUUUACUUCCAAGAGAAAGGUGAAUGCUUGAAACAUACCUUUUCAGACUUUACCAAUGAACACAUAAGCAAAACCUAUCGUUGUUUUAUAGUUUUAUAAAAGUAUGGAGUAAUAUUCAAGGUUACCGAUUUGUUCAGAAGUAAAAUCAUCCCUCAUUUAUGAAGGAGAGGUUAAACCAGGCGUUAGGUCCUUUGGCAGCCAGUAGGGGGAAUAGACUCCUCACGAUACUGCCUGCCGUCCCCCUCUCCCCGCUCCUUUCUCUGGCUGUGGAAAUACUGCAGCGCCCUGAUCUACGUCUGGAUCGCUCCCUCACACGGAGCCAACUCAAGUCCCUCCUACCGGCUGUGGAAGGAGGAGGCAGCCUGCUCACAGUGCAGGACGAGCCCCCUGAGAGAGAGAGAGAGAGAGAGAGAGAGAGAGAGAGAGAGAGAGAAAGAGAGAGAGAGAGAGACAGAGAGAGAGAGAGAGAGAGAGAGAGAGAAUAUUUUACAAGAGCAGGAAAAGGCAGGAUCGCAGACGGGAGAUUCUCUGGCUUGUCUGUCUGUUGGGCACCUGGGACACGGUCAUUGUGCUUCUCAUUAUAGUAUUUUUUUUCUCUCCUUCUCUGAACCAGCGGACCGGUCAAGAUUCCUUUUUUUCUCUGUGCCGUAUCAAUUAGGAACUGGGAUUGUUUCUGUGUAAUCUGCUCUGCUCUGGCUGAACCAUUAUACACUGCGAUUGCUUCUUUGGUUUGUUCCUGCCUGUCUCUCGCGUUCCGAUUCGGACUCUUCCCAAAGUCCAUCUGUUAGUGCGCUGCUGAGGAUAUAUCCUGUGUCUGACAGUACAACAUAGAGCAGCUGGGAUAUCAGACUAUAGAGGAGAGAAAGAAAGAGAGAGAGAGCAGCCGAGUGAGCGACAGAGAGGCAGAUACAGAGAGAGAGAUUGAAGCCGAGGAGCGAGGUAAGCUAUAGAAAGACAGCUUAAAUAGAAAAGUGAUCUAUCUAUCCUCCCCCCUUUUCCUUGUCUUUCCUUUUCUCCUCUACUACACUCUCCUGUGCCAGCAAUUUGUUCGCAGGACUGCCUAAAGCCACUGCCACCUGCUCAUCUUCCUCCUCCUCUUCCUCCUCUACCGCUCUUCUCACGCGUUACUAUCCGACACCAGCCAGUGAGGGACAGACAGGACACGCAGACAGGACACGCAGCAGCGUCCGUUUUUAAGACUUGUGGGGAAUAUUUUUGAGAGACUGAAUGAGCAUCUGCCGAGCUCUUCUCCAGGAGAUUUAACUAAAAGGCGUUGUCGGGCAGGAACUAUCCUCACAGAGGCAACCCCUCUCCCAGCCACUCUCCAUCAGACGAAUCCUGCCUGCUCUCCGGAGGACCAGCAGUAAUACAACACACCAGUGUGGACGGGAAAAAUAAGGGACCUACAGUCAGAGAGCCAAGCCCCAGUACUAUUAACGCUCGUCCGCCGUCUCCAUUCCUUGCCACGGCGCUAAGGAUUCCAGCUACAUGGGCAAGCGAUUGGAACAGCAACCAAUGUACCCUCAGUACACAUACUACUACCCCCACUAUCUCCAGACCAAGGUAGGACACCCAUGGCUCAUCACUUCAGUACCUUUAACCUCACCCCCACCGUCCCACACCCCUACCCCAACCCCCUCCUCCAUCCUCCUCCUCUCCUCCUACCCCUCCUUUGCUCCUCCUGUCAAGCCGCUGAGUGGGGAUGGGGUGUGAAGGAUGGCUGGCCUUAGCCGUGAUGGUUUCAGAUGGCAAGUGGCUUUCUGGGGUUUUCAUGUCUGUCACUUGGUGAGGCAUCAACGCUUGUUUGUCCAGUCUCGGUACGGCCAGUGGAGCUGUCCGGAAGAUUGAUUAAUUAAGGCUAACUGGAUUGUAGUGUGAUGGGUUACUCCUAUGUUGCGAUUGUUAGGUUGGCAAACUGUUAAUCGCACUGGCUUUGUCAUGUUUCUUAGUCUGCUAUAUUAAGAAACGGAGAAUGAAUAUUGGGUGAAAUAUCAAAUGAGGGUGGCGUGGCAUGAGUCAGAAACACAAUGAGAACCACAAUGGAAAUAAGCCUCCAGGCUUUAUUGUGUUUCUAUCCUCAAUAAUUGUUUAUGUAUGUAAUGUUGUCUACGCCUGGAGCAGCCUAAUACUUUUAAUUGUCUAAUACAUUCAAUAAAUCAACCAAUGAGAUGACUACCCACCCAUCUCUGCUACCAUUAGUAACACAGUAAAAGCCGUAUCUCCUAUCCUGGCUCAGCCAUGCCUUCAUCCUUAUAACCGACAUGGUGACCAGCCACAGGCUGAAAGUAAACAGGCAUCCGCCAGGGCUGCCUAUAUUUGCUCUAGCCGUUGUACGCAUCACUACCUCUGGCGUGAAAACCUGGCCUCUGGUUGGUGGCAGAUGGCAAGACAGUCGGGCAGACUUAAAGUCCUCCGUCAUCAAAAGGAUAAACUAAUGCAGAUAAAGCCAUGGAACGUCUUUUGUCAUCUUCCCUUCCUAUUGUAAAGAGCUGCUGAGGUAGCUAGCUGGAGAAUCCUAGAGAAGAAUAUCGGCGGCCCCACCUGGUAGCCCAUUGGUCUCUCUUCUGAUUUAUAGUUCAAUACAUUUGUGCUGCUGCCAUAUGGCUUCCCUCUCCCUCUCACUCUGCCCCCUCCCCUCUCUAUCCCUCUUUCCUCUGCCUCUCCCUCCCUAUUUUUCUCUGUCAUAUCUCAGAGGAGCUCAUCUCAGGUCUCUCAAUCAGGGGUGCCCCUCAUCCCUCCUUUCCUUCCGCCCUCCCUCCCCACUCCACUGCAACAGGCAUAUCCCCCCCCCCCCCCCCCCCCCCCUCUCUUUAUCGUCGACUCCCACUCAAGGUCAGCGCAGAUCGGAUCUAGCCUCCAUCAGCGAUUGAUGUAUCCUUGAGUGCGAUAUCCAUGUCAUGCAAACUCGUCUGACCAACGACGGUGAACAUGCCCAACAGCAAUGCAUUUCACCCUUUUAAAGUCGUUGAGAAAUGGUUUUAUUUUCCCGGCUAGUUACUCUAGUUUGUGCCAAUAACUGGUAUGUAUGGCAUAUGUAUGUAUGGGCCUCUGACCAGGGCCAGUGAUGUGAGAGCAGAGUGUUCUCUCUGUGACUGAGAGUGCAGAGAGAACCCUCCGACGCUACAAUUAAUGAUCAUUGAUCAGUAGAUUAUAGGAGAGGGCCUUGGCAGGGUCCCAGAGAGGGCCUUGGCAACCUACCAUUAAAAUUAUAGACUGAUCAUUUCUUUGUCAGUGGGCAAGCGUACAAAAUCAGCAGGGGAUCAAAUACUUUUUUCCCUCACUGUAUGUAUAAUCUACAGAACAUCUGGGUUCUAUUAGGAUGAAAAAGUAUAUUAUGAGUUUUCUUGGUAUGAAAGUCUUCUUGGUAUGAAAGAAUUUCAUUGUCAAAGGCGUUUUCAAUUUCAAAUGUCUCAUAUAGCCACAUAUAAUUCGCUGGACCCGCCGCCGUUCGACGAGCACAUGCCAGUCGACGGCGAGGAUUGGCAUGUAAAACUCAGAAAUGAGAUGAAACAAUAGCAUUUGGCCCUCUAUUGAUUACUGCAGUGGAGCGUAGCAUGUGCUUCUCUUGAACAGAAUUAUUGAUUCCUGAAAGAGCAUUUUUAUGGCUUGUUUUAUAAGGUACGAAGGUGAAGGGAGCCUGCAGGUCAGUGCUUUGAUAAAUAAUAAUUUAAAGACCUGUUUCUAUACCCAUGCUGCUCCGUGAACGAACGAACGUAACCAACGCUGAAUCUCUCAGAUAUGAUACUUUAUUGAACAUGGUGACUAGGAUUUCACUAGUAUUCUAUAUUUGAUUUGAGUAUUUGUUUGAUUUUAAUCAUAAGUGAAUUAUAUAUGUUUUACAAAUGAGGAAAUAACAGUAAACAAUUACGCCUCACAUAUCAAUUAUGUAAUUUAAUUAUAGUUAUUAUGGGGAAUGUGUGCAUUUCAUCCAAACACUAUGUCUGUUGGCAACAUUAUGUAUGCCUUGGCAUGUCAUGAUUAUCCUUAUAAACUUGAAUUGACAGCUAUUUUGGUUUACGACUACAGAAUUUCCAAAGUACAAGUUGCGGAAGAUCAAGUUUAUGUCACAAUAGAUUUCUUUGCAUGUAUAUUUUUUUGCCCCUUUUGAAUGCAUCCCCUUUUCAAUGAAUUGCCUCGCUUAUGCAGAGGAACUCAUCUUCUACAGUACAGCCUACAGUAGUCACCGGAGUCCACUGUACUACAAUGUCACCACUCAUAGUCCUAGUCAUUAUACCCUUCCUAUCAAGAAAUCAGGCAGACACACACACACCGUCUGUGUCACAGUCACACUAGUAGAGCAUACAGAGAGAAGCUGAGGGGCAGACACAGAGAUAGAUUUAACAAAGGCUAAUAUCCUGGGUCUUAAGUAAACACCAGUCAAUGGAGCCCAUUGAGUGGCUUUAUGCCUGUUUCUGCCUGGAACCUUGGGAUCCAUUUAUACUUUCUCUAAUUCCUUAAAGCGGGAGAGUGGGGGUAGGAGAUGGGGGCUGGUGGGAGGGAGGGGUGGGUGAAAAGCAAGGAAAAGGGUUUGGUUACAUUACACGGGGUGAGCCAUUGUGCUGCAGAAAUAACAACGGACCCAUCUAAAUCCUGCUGCUUUCAAGCCUGGCUAACAGCCGCUGGCUGGCCACCGCUAUAUCCCCAUUCUGGUUGUAACCUUUCAGUGUAGCCUAAUCAAAGGCAGAGCAAAGCACAAGUUAUAUAUUUUUUUGUUAUAUUGGGUUUUAAUGGUGGACAUGCAGUUAAACUAGGCUAGAAACAUAGCUAGUCAUCUGCUGAUGCAAAUCUCUAUGAGGGCAGCACAAAGCGCUCCAGCUAGAAGAGGAUUCUUUCAGAUGGCUGCCGUUUUAUGGGAUCCUAACCAAUUGUGCUAUUAUGUGUGUUUUUUCGCGUUAUUUGUAACUUAUUUUGUACACAAUGUUUCUGCCACCGUCUCUUACGAUAUCAGGACAGCGAUUACUCACCUCAUACUGGACGAAGAUUUUUCUUCAACAAGUCGGACGCAAAGGACUUACUUCAGACACCCGACAAGGCCCAAAUCCCUGUCAUUCGCAGGAGAAAGAGACGGAGAUAUCGGGUGCCUUGUAAGGAUCCGACGGCAAGUGGGUAAUCUGCCUCUUCCAUCAGUCCUAUUAGCCAACGUACAAUCAUUGGAUAACAAAAUUGACAAGCUACGAUCACGAAUAUCCUACCAACAGGAUAUUAAAAACUGCAAUAUCUUAUGUUUCACCGAGUCGUGGCUGAACGACAACAAGGAUAACAUACAGCUGGCGGGGUUUACGCUGCAUCGGCAAGAUAGAACAGCGGCCUCCGGUAAGACAAGGGGUGGCAGUCUGUGUAUAUUUGUAAACAACAGCUGGUGCACGAAAUCUAAUAUUAAGGAAGUCUUAAGGUUUUGCUCGCCUGAGGUAGAGUAUCUCAUGAUAAGCUGUAGACCACACUAUUUACCAAGAGAGUUUUCAUCUAUAUUUUUCGUAGCUGUCUAUUUACCACCACAACCCGAUGCUGGCACUAAGAACACACUCAAUGAGCUGUAUAAGGCCAUAAGCAAACAGGAAAACACUCAUCCAGAGGCAGCGCUCCUAGUGGCCGGGGAGUUUAAUGCAGGGAAACUUACAUCCAUUUUACCUCAUUUCUACCAGCAUGUUAAAUGUGCAACCAGAGGAGAAAAAAAAACUCUAGACCACCUUUACUCCACACACAGAGACGCAUACAAAGCUCUCCCUCGCCCUCCAUUUGGCAAAUCUGACCAUAACUCUAUCCUCCUGAUUCCUGCUUACAAGCAAAAACUAAAGCAGGAAGCACCAGUGACUCGGUCAAUAAAGAAGUGGUCAGAUGAAGCAGAUGCUAAGCUACAGGACUGUUUUACUAGCACAGACUGGAAUAUGUUCCGGGAUUCUUCUGAUGGCAUUGAGGAGUACACCACAUCAGUCACUGGCUUCAUCAAUAAGUGCAUCGAUGAUGUCGUCCCCACAGUGAACGUACGUACAUACCCCAACCAGAAGCCAUGGAUUACAGGCAACAUCCGCACUGAGCUAAAGGGUAGAGCUGUCGCUUUUAAGGAGCGGGACUCUAACCCGGACGCUUAUAAGAAAUCCCUCCAACGAACCAUCAAAUACGCAAAGCAUCAAUACAGGACUAAGAUUGAAUCGUGCUACACCGGCUCUGACGCUCGUCGGAUGUGGCAGGGCAUGCAAACUAUUACAGACUACAAAGGGAAGCACAGCUGCGAGCUGCCCAGUGACACGAGCCUACCAGACAAAACUAAAUCUAUGCUCGCUUCGAGGCAAGCAACACUGAAGCAUGUAUGAGAGCAUCAGCUGUUCCGGAUGACUGUGUGAUCACGCUCUCCGUAGCCGAUGUGAGUAAGACCUUUAAACAGGUCAACAUUCAGACGGAUUAUCAGGAUGUGUACUCCGAGCAUGCGCUGACCAACUGGCAAGUGUCUUCACUGACAUUUUCAACCUGUCCCUGACUGAGUCUGUAAUACCAACAUGUUUCAAGCAGACAACCAUAGUCCCUGUGCCCAAGAACACUAAGGUAACCUGCCUAAAUGACUACAGACCCGUAGCACUCACGUCUGUAGCCAUGAAGUGCUUUGAAAGGCAUGGCUCACAUCAACACCAUUAUCCCAGAAACCCUAGACCCACUCCAAUUUGCAUACCGCCCCAACAGAUCCACAGAUGAUGCAAUCUCUAUUGCACUCCACACUGCCCUUUCCCACCUGAACAAAAGGAACACGUACGUGAGAAUGCUAUUCAUUGAAUACAGCUCAGCGUUCAACACCAUAGUGCCCUCAAAGCUCAUCAUCACAUCUGCCACGCUGAUCCACAACACGGGGGCCCCUCAGGGGUGCUUGCUCAGUCCCCUCCUGUACUCCCUGUUCACCCAUGACUGCAUGGCCAGGCACGACUCCAACACCAUCAUUACGUUUGCCGACAACACAACAGUGGUAGGCCUGAUCACCAACAACGAUGAGACAGCCUAUAGGGAGGAGGUCAGAGACCUGACCGUAUGGUGCCAGGAUAACAACCUGUCCCUCAACGUGAUCAAGACAAAGGAGAUGAUUGUGGACUACAGGAAAAGAAGGACAGAGCAUGCACCCAUUCUCAUCGACAGGGCUGUAGUGGAGCAGGUUGAGAGCUUCAAGUUCCUUGGUGUCCACAUCAACAACAAACUAUCAUGGUCCAAACACACCAAGACAGUCGUGAAGAGGGCAAGACAAAGCCUAUUCCCCCUCAGGAGACUUGGCAUGUAUCAGAUCCUCCAAAAGUUUUACAGCUGCACCAUCAAGAGCAUCCUGAUUGGUUGCAUCACUGCCUGGUAUGGCAACUGCUCAGCCUCCGACCGCAAGGCACUACAGAGGGUAGUGCGUACAGCCCAGUACAUCACUGGAGCUUCCUGCCAUCCAGGACCUCUAUACCAGGCGGUGUCAGAGGAAGGACCUAAAAAUUGUCAAAGACUCCAGCCACCCUAGUCAUAGACUGUUCUCUCUGCUACUGUAUGGCAAGCGGUACCGGAGCGCCAAGUCUAGGUCCAAAAGGCUUCUUAACAGCUUCUACCCCCAAGCCAUAAGACUCCUGAACAGCUAAUUAAAUGGCUACCCGGACUGUUUGCAUUGUCUCCCCACCCCCCACCCCCUCUUUUACGCUGCUGCUACUCUCUGUUUAUUAUCUAUGCAUAGUCACUAUACCUACAUGUACAUACUACCUCAAUUACCUCGACUAACCGGUUCCCCCGCACAUUGACUCUGUACUGGUACUCCCUGUAUAUAGGCUCGCUACUGUUCUUUGUACUGUUAUUUUACUGCUUUUAUUUUUUACUUAUCUAUUGUUUACUUGACACUUAUUUUUCUUAAAAUGGCAUUGUUGGUUAAGGGCUUGUAAGCAUUUCACUGUAAGGUCUACACCUGUUGUAUUCGGCACAUGCGACAAAUAAAGUUUGAUUUGAUCAGUGGUGGAAAAAGUACCCAAUUGUCAUACUUGAGUAAAAGUAAAGAUACCUUAAUAUAACAUGACUCGUGAAAGACACCCAGUAAAAUACUACUUGAGUAAAAGUAAAAAAAGUAUUUGGUUUUAAAUAUACUUAAGGACCAAAAGUAAAUGUAAUUGCUAAAAUAUACUUAAGUAUCAAAAGUAAAAGUAUAAAUAAUUUCAAAUCCCUUAUAUUAAACAAACCAGACGGCACCAUUUUAAAAUGUACGGAUAGCCAAGGGCACACUCCAACACUCAGACAUCAUUUACAAACAAAGCAUUUGUGCUUAGUGAGUCCGCCAGAUCAGAAGCAGUAGGGAUGACCAGGGAUGUUCUCUUGAUAAGUGCGUGCAUUGGACCAUUUUCCAGUCCUGCUAAGCAUUCAAAUUGUAACAAGUACUUUGGGUGUCAGGGAAAAUGUAUGGAGUAAAAAGUACAUUAUUUUCUUUAGGAAUGUAGUGAAGUAAAAGUAAAAGUAGUCAAAAACAUAAAUAGUAAAGUAAAGUACAGAUACCCCAAAAAACUACUUAAGUACUUUACACCACUGGAUUUUAUUUGAUAUUAUAUUUACUGUUCUCGAGCUAAAGGCGUAUUAUUCAUGUGACUCAACGUAUUCAUAUAACACAGACAGCAUCAUAGAACACAAUGAGUCAUUUCUAGACACAAUUGCUAAUACAUGCUUCAAGAGUGAUUGAACGAAACCACAUGCAGAGGCAGUGCUGUUGAAAUCCUUGCAUUAAGCUCAUUUAGUCAGUAUACUGUAAAGGUUGGCAGCAGCUUCUCAGCUAGCUCCCUUUCUACCUUGUUUUCCCUCCCCCGGAUCACCACCACAAUCCAGUGGCUUUUUGAUCAUUAAUCAACCCACGCCCACACCUCGGGUUUUUAUCUACCUACGCCUGUUAUCUCGCCAUACAAUCCCUCUACGUGUAGCUGUCACUCAGUGGAGUGGAUGGCUUCAUUUGUCUACCUGUGUGCUGUACAUAACACAGCGCUGGGGCACUCUGGCCUCCUUCUCAUUUAUCAACUGACAACUCGGCCCCUAUCUACACACAUACAUUACUUUACGCUGUACCCGGUGCCGCCGCCACUGCCUCCUCAUAAGCACUGAGUGAGCUACAGAGGCCUGGGGCCUCAUUUAUAAACGUUGCGUAUGCACAAAAUAUGACCCAAAACAUGUAUGCGCCAGUUUUCAUGCAAAAGUUGGCAUUUAUCAAACUUAACUUGACAUGAGAAUGUGUUUAUCCACCCGCAAACCUUACACCAUACGUACGCACAGUUUCUAGUGGUUGAAGUAUUGCAUUUCAAGAUGGCAAAAGUAGCUUAGUAGCCAUGUGCAAAUGGGGAAUGUAUGAUGAUACUCUUAUUCACAACAAAACACUGGUAGCCUACCUAAAUAUAAUAACAAGAUGCAAUCAUUUGCCAUUAGUGAGAAGAGCGAAAAUCUAUUUAUUUUAUCUUUGCAUUCUAAAAUAAUUAGAAAUAGGAAUAUUUCCUAUUAUUUAGGCUAUUUCAUUUACAUGAUCAUUGCAGAAAAUAAAUUCCUCACCUUGUCUGACUGUGAUAGCCCGAAAUAGACUAUAGGCCUACAACAAUUAAGUUAGGAUAGGCUACCAUUGGUCCCAUCUCUCAUUUAAUUGGACCCACUUCACAGAUAAGCUAUUUCAAGUAUUUUGCUCUAUGAGAUCCGAUCCGACGCUCAUAGUUUAACGGUAGAACAGAGACGGUUCACCUUUUCCAUUGACGUUUUGUAGGCUAUGUCUGAAUACUGUAAUGUCACAUUUCUCGAAUAGACAAUAUUUAAUUCAUAAAUAUAAUACAUAUAUCAUAAUCGUUGCAGAAUAAAUUCUUUACCUUUUCUGGCCAUACAACAACCAUGCACAACUCUCGUUUAAUUGGGCCUAUUAGAUACGCUAUUAUAAUUUCAAGGUUUUGCUCUAUGCGCUAUGCACAGUUUAUAACAUACAGUAGAAUUGAACAGAUAAACAGACAGUUCAUCUUUUGCAUUGUAAGUAGGCCUACUUUACUUUACAUUUUACUCAGAGUAGACAAUGUUACAGAAUUCGUGGGCAGUGCAGCAUAUUUAGGUUCAGGAAAAAGUACAUGCAAAACAUUAUUGAAUUCAAACGAUCUGUUUACAGGUCAACAGCAAUUUGCAAUUGUUUUUGUCUUUCAGAAACGGUCAGAUACAGCAAGCCACAAGAAAACAUUCUGCCAACACCUCCAAAGACAUUUGAUCAAGUUCGCAGUUGCUAUUUCCUUUAGAUAGCCUACUGUCUUGGCCUAAUUCCAAUACUUCCAAAGUAUACAGCAAAUAAGGGUGUUAUUGUCACCAUAAAAGGUGAAUGAUGGGCGUUAUUCAGGCGGAGUUAUAAUGCUUGUUCACUCGCCACAGUUUUACUUCAGGUCUGAUUUAUUAUGAGAAACAUGCGUAUGGCGUGUCCCAAGUUUAUAAAUCUCUAUAUUUUGUUUGAAAUGUACUCAACAUUUAUAAAUUAGGCCCCUGCCCCUUACACACUCAGGUCCACAUCUCAUUACGGCUGCUUUGUGAGAGUGUGUUCUGCCUUUCAACGUUCAAUAUUAAUUCUAUCGACGAGAAUUAAAGAAACAGGGAAAAUUUGAUGGAAUCUUCCAUUUCCGCUGUUCCGGUCUUCUCUAGUUCAACCCGCAGAGCUAUAACGAUCAGAUGGGAUUUAGGGACUGGGAUUUACUAUCAAAUGUAACUGUAGCACAAUGAAUGUAGGCAUAGUGUAACCUGCAUACCCUGAAUGGCUUAUGACCACAGAUGCUCCCUGGUUAUGAGUCUGUGAGUGAAUGGCUAUGAGUGAGUGCUGCUGGCGGUGGUGUCAGUGUGACCUCAGGGAGCCCUCGUCACUGUGUUCUCUGUCCCCAGCCAUCUGGAUUCACAGGCAGCUCUGCUCUGCACUACAGAAGGAAGCUAGGCUGCUGCUGCUUCUGCAUGGGGGCCAGGGGCUGGAGUAUAGCAGAGUCCUGCAGCACUACAGUGGAGUGGAGUGGGCUCAGGGAUGCCCAGUGGAGCCCUACUGCGGAUUCCUUUGUUUCCCGGUCUUGCUUUUCUGCAAGUGCACGCUCAAUUUUUUGUAUUUGAUGCUGUGGCUCAUACACAUGGCUUUUGUUGCUGUACCUCCCUCUCUUUUUUUGCCUUUCAAGUUCACUCCCAUUUCUUUCUCCAUCUCUCCACCCUCUUUUUCUGUCUAACUCCCUCUGUCCUGGAGCCCCCGCUGACUACAGUGCAGGAUGGCAGGUGUGGCGGUAGAGGCACCUCCUGUAAAUGCCCAUUUUUACAUUCACUUACGGAUAUUAAUAUCAGAGAAGUAGGACAUGAAUAGGACUAGCUGCAGGGCAGGCAAACCAAGAGCCUUGUAUUCUGAACUGCGUAACUGCAAUUCCGAGGGUACAAGAUACCAUCUCACUUCGCCCCAUUCUGGAAAGACAGGACAGAGCAGGCAGAAUGUUUAUUGAGAAAGCCUGCUGUGAGUGGCGCUCUCUGUUAGCAUGCACUUGCCUCUCUGAGCGAGGUUAGGCAGCAGCUAUGGGGUUGAGGGUCUUAGUUACUUCUGGAAAAGACUGACAGGAUGUUAGUGAAAGGGUGUGUUGUUCUACUGUAACUGUAGACCCGGCUUUCUGUCUGCUGUGUCUGGUCUGCCUCUGCACUGGCAGCCGGCUUCAGGACGGAAAGUGCGGUAUGGUUCCCAGAGUGUUGGCGUGGCGCGGUGUUCACUCACUCAGAGCUAGCCAGGGUAAUUGCUCCUGCAUUUCUAACGAAGGGGCUUCGUUUGAAGAAGCUGAUGGAUCCCCUGCAUUUUGCGUACUAGAGAAAGGCUGUUCGUUCGCAUGUGGCUGUCCGGGAGUCUGUGAGAGUGAGUGGCUUGUCUCUAUGUUCAUACGCAAUGAGAGAUAAUCAUCUGCCUAGACUAGCCAUCCUCUCAGGGACAUGGCAUGGCUGUCCCAGCACUCCGCGUGGUUUCAGCUUAUUAUAGGGUUAUAUUCUAGGCUGUGGUUUGAGCCAUACCAGCCGUCUAUGUUAUGAUAAACACAGAAAGCCUAAUGACAUCGAAACAGAGAGCAGAGCUCCCCACUCAAAAUGAGACUCUGUUUUAGGACAAAACAGCCUGCAGAAAAUAACGGGAACAGAGUUUCUGGAAAUUGUUAAAAAUGGGAGAUGGGACUAAUAACAACUAACAACAACUAAUAACAAGAUAACUAAUGUAAAGCAUACUGUGUCCAUAAUAAGUAUAUAGGUUGAGAGCUUUUGUGAAAGAGCACAGUUAAAAAGAUAUGGCAUAUAGGAGCAAAACGGAUGGACAUCAUGAAAAUGAUCGGAGAGGUUGAGGGUAGAGGAAGUAAAAACAAACUAAAUAGAAUUAUUGUAAAAUUGACUCUGUCCAUAAAAUAUAAAAGCUGGAAGUAGAGGCCUAAGCGUUGUUGAUCACUAGUUUACUCCAAUUAGGGAAGGGGUGGUGGGGUUGGAAAGUAAUAAAGGGAUUUUUUUUUUUAAAGGAUAUAUAUAUAUAUAUAUAUAUUUAUAUGUAUAUAUGUAUUUAUAUGUAUAUAUGUAUGUGUGUGUAUAUAUAUAUAUAUAUAUAUAUAUAUAUAUAUAUAUAUAUAUAAAUAAUAAUAAUAAUAAUAAUAUGCCAUUUAGCAGACUUACAGUCAUGUGCGCAUACAUGUUUACGUAUGGGUGGUCCCAGGGAUGGAACCCACUACCCUGGCGUUACAAGCGCCAUGCUCUACCAAUUGAGCUACAGAGGACCACCCUCUGGAGGGAUAUAUAUAUAUAUAUAUAUAUCUAUAUACACAGUGAGGGAAAAAAGUAUUUGAUCCCCUGCUGAUUUUGUACGUUUGCCCACUGACAAAGACAUCAGUCUAUAAUUUUAAUGGUAGGUUUAUUUGAACAGUGAGAGACAGAAUAACAACAGAAAAAUCCAGAAAAACGCAUGUCAAAAAUGUUAUGAAUUGAUUUCCAUUUUAAUGAGGGAAAUAAGUAUUUGACCCCUCUGCAAAACAUGACUUAGUACUUGGUGGCAAAACCCUUGUUGGCAAUGACAGAGGUCAGACGUUUCUUGUAGUUAGCCACCAGGUUUGCACACAUCUCAGGAGGGAUUUUGUCCCACUCCUCUUUGCAGAUCUUCUCCAAGUCAUUAAGGUUUAGAGGCUGACGUUUGGCAACUCGAACCUUCAGCUCCCUCCACAGAUUUUCUAUGGGAUUAAGGUCUGGAGACUGGCUAGGCCACUCCAGGACCUUAAUGUGCUUCUUCUUGAGCCUCUCCUUUGUUGCCUUGGCCGUGUGUUCUGGGUUAUUGUCAUGCUGGAAUACCCAUCCACAACCCAUUUUCAAUGCCCUGGUUGAGGGAAGGAGGUUCUCACCCAAGAUUUGACGGUACAUGGCCCUGUCCAUCGUCCCUUUGAUGCGGUGAAGUUGUCCUGUCCCCUUAGCAGAAAAACACCCCCAAAGCAUAAUGUUUCCACCUCCAUGUUUGACGGUGGGGAUGGUGUUCUUGAUGUCAUAGGCAGCAUUCCUCCUCCUCCAAACACGGAGAGUUGAGUUGAUGGCAAAGAGCUCGAUUUUGGUCUCAUCUGACCACAACACUUUCACCCAAUUCUCCUCUGAAUCAUUCAGAUGUUCAUUGGCAAACUUCAGACGGGCCUGUAUAUGUGCUUUCUUGAGCAGGGGGACCUUGCGGGCGCUGCAGGAUUUCAGUCCUUCACGGCGUAGUGUGUUACCAAUUGUUUUCUUGGUGACUAUGGUCCCAGCUGCCUUGAGACCAUUGACAAGAUCCUCCCGUGUAGUUCUGGGCUGAUUCCUCACCGUUCUUAUGAUCAUUACAACUCCACGAGGUCAGAUCUUGCAUGGAGCCCCAGGCCGAGGGAGAUUGACAGUUCUUUUGUGUUUCUUCCAUUAGCGAAUAAUCGCACCAACUGUUGUCACCUUGUCACCAAGUUGCUUGGCGAUGGUCUUGUAGCCCAUUCCAGCCUUGUGUAGGUCUACAAUCUUUGGUCUUGGCCAUGGUGGAGAGUUUGGAAUCUGAUUGAUUGAUUGCUUCUGUGGACAGAUGUCUUUUAUACAGGUAACAAACUGAGAUUAGGAGCACUCCCUUUAAGAGUGUGCUCCUAAUCUCAGCUCGUUAUCUGUAUAAAAGACACCUGGGAGCCAGAAAUCUUUCUGAUUGAGAGGGGGUCAAAUACUUAUUUCCCUCAUUAAAAUUAAAUCAAUUUAUAACAUUUUUGACAUGCGUUUUUCUGGAUUUUUUUGUUGUUAUUCUGUCUCUCACUGUUCAAAUAAACCUAUCAUUAAAAUUAUAGACUGAUCAUGUCUUUGUCAGUGGGCAAACGUACAAAAUCAGCAGGGGAUCAAAUACUUUUUUCCCUCACUAUAUAUAUAUAUAUAUAUAUAUGUGUGAGAAGAAAAAAAAACAUAUGAGGGAUUAGAAGUGAUGCAGACAAUUACAUUGAUGGAAGUUAAAAUCUAUCUGCAAUAUUAAAGCUGAUCUACCCCCCCUCCCCCCCAAAAAAUGGGAGUCUCACUUCAAGUUACAAUAUUGUUCAAGUGGAAAACCUUUUUGGAUUUACACGCUGGGAAACGUACCAGGAUUUGCAUGUUGGAGUAAGACUCUGGGAAAAUUACCAGCCGAGAGUUUCUACUAACGGUCUCAUUUUUCAUGAUGUGAUUUCCUCCCCCUAAUAAUGACAUCAUAGUUUGACAGUACAAAUCCUUUGGCGGUGCACAUCUCACUCUGUGGAAUUUGCAUUUUAUUUCCAUUCCAGCCACACAAACCAAUGACCUAGCGUCUCUAAUCAGAUCUGCAGACAUGGAAAUGGCGUGAGGUUCGUGUCACAGACAUGCAAAUGGUGGUGAAGCCUUACCAGGGAGGCCCAGCCUGGCCUCUCAAACAUGUAUAGCCCCUAACAUUUACCCUACAGAGCUGCACUAGCAAUGGCAGACUCAAUGAAAAUACCAUGUCACACCUAGCUUGACAAAUGGCUCAGGUAAAAGCUAAUUCUGCUGUGAAUGAGGAUAAGCAAAUAGGCAUGAGGGCUUGAAUAGCUGCAAGUAGUGUCGGAUCCCUCUAACUAAACCACAAUGAGUUCCUAUACAAACGGAGAUACAUGCACCAAUUUGGUGUUGCAGAUGAACCUUUUCGAGCUUGGGGAUAACCAAAUGCAAACAGCCCUUUCUCUGGGCUCUAUUCGUGUUAAAUGACUCAAGCCGCCUUUGUGGGUUUUGUCUGAGGGAUUAUUUUGGCAGACCUUCAGAACGCCCUAACCCCUCCCCAAUGCUAUGGCUUGGGAGUAUUAGUCAGCGUGUGGAAAAACACAGAGUGGGACAGGUAGGCGGCAUGAAUUAGACUGCAAUGACACCGGUGUAGGGAGAGGGAGAGCCAAGUAGUCACGCAGCAGGAGGAUGAAUGGAGAGUAAGAGUACGCCGUCGGCAUUAUAGAGUCGAAUAGGAGGAAAGAUUAUUAUUCUUCGCCAGUAAUUAGUAGCACAUAAACAGCCAUUGGCAACAGAAUUAAAAAGUGGCAUUAUGAUGUGUGUUCUCCAUACAAGAUGUCUCUUCUCGCACUUUUUAAUAGUUAAUCACUCUGCUUCGCAGGCAGCCACAUAUUCUCAGGGUAAAGGUUCAGUUUUGUAACAGACAACUGCAUGAGACUGACUUGCAUGGUUCAGGUGUCACGAUCGUCUGAAGGAUUGGACCAAUGCGCAGCGUUGCGAGUGAACAUGAUGACUUUAUUAAUUAAAGCAACCACGAAGAAAACAACAAAUGACGAUACGUGAAGUUCAAAAUACUGAAACACACUAACAGCAACACAGAACCAAUAACCCACAAAACACAAAGGAAAACCGACAGUUAAAUAUGGCUCCCAAUCAGAGAUAACGAGCCGACAGCUGACACUCGUUACCUCCGAUUGGGAGUCACUCAGGUACACAUAGAAAAAGCACAACUAGACUACCCAACAUAGAAAACGAAAACACACCGAAACAAACACACCCUGGCACAACAACACGAGUCCAUAGCCAGAGUGUGACAGUACCCCCCCCUAAAGGCGCGGACUGCGACCGCGCCUAACUACGAGCAAACAAGGGGGGGUUGGGUGGGCAUUCCUCCUCGGCGGCGGCUCCGGCUCCGGGCUUGAUCCCCAUUUCCUCUCCAACCCCCCAAAGUACCCCUGGUCCUGUCUAGCCCCGCUGGCCGGAGCCGGACUGACGACACGCGCCCCUGGCUUGGUGCGUGGAGGACGAACGGGCCUUACCAGGCUGACGACGCGCACCACUGCCUUGGCGCGGGGAGCAGGAACGGGCCGGACCGGGCUGACGAAGCGCACCCUUGACUUGGUGCGGAGAGCGGGACCGGGCCGGACAGGGCUGACGAAACGCACCACAGACUUGGUGCGAGUAGCAGGGACGAGCUGAACCAGGCUGACGAUUCGCACCCUUGGCUUGGUGCGAGUAGCAGGAACGGGCUGGACCAGGCUGACGGCUCGCACCCUAGGCUUGGUGCGAGUAGCAGGGACGAGCUGAACCAGGCUGACGACUCGCACCCUUGGCUUGGUGCGAGUAGCAGGAACGGGCUGGACCAGGCCGACGACUCGUACCCCUGGCUUGGUGCGAGUAGCAGGAACGGGCUGGACCAGGCUGACGACUCGCACCCUUGGCUUGGUGCGAGUGGCCGGAACAGGCCGGACCGGGCUGGCGACGCGCACCGUAGGUUUGGUGCGAGUGGCCGGAACAGGCCGGGUCGGGCUGGCGACGCGCACCGUACACUUGGUGCGGGUGGCAGGAACAGGCCGGACCGGGCUGGCGACGCACACCGUAGGCUUCGUACGUGGAGCAGGAACAGGCCGGGCUGGGCUGGCGACGCACACCGUAGGCUUCGUACGUGGAGCAGGAACAGGCCGGGCUGGGCUGGCGACGCACACCGUAGGUUUGGUGCGAGUGGCAGGAACAGGUCGGGCUGGGCUGGCGACGCACACCACUGCCUUGGUGGGAAUGGCAGGAACAGGCCGAACCGUACUGGGGACACACACCACUGGCUCCACGCAGGGAUCAGGAACGGGCCGGACCGGACUGGUAACACAUCCCAGUACCUCUCGCCGUGCCUCCACACUUUCCCUCUCCUCUGUGCCCAGUGGCCCCCCUAACCUGGCGGCCCUCUCUGCCAACGCUUUGCACCACUCUAACCCGUACACCUGCUGCCCCGACGUCGUGAGCCCCCCCCUAAAGAUUUCCUGGGGGUCUCUCCUCCCCGUGGCCCAGGCCUCUCUCCCUCUUGCCAGACUCGCAAUCAUCUCCUGCCACGUCCAUCCUCUCUCCUCGUCCCGCUGCUUGAUCCAGUCGAGGUUUCCACGGCGAUCUGCCAGCGAUGGCUCCUGAACACGCUGCUUGGUCUGGUUAAGGUGGGUUAUUCUGUCACGAUCGUCUGAAGGAUUGGACCAAUGCGCAGCGUUGCGAGUGAACAUGAUGACUUUAUUAAUUAAAGCAACCACGAAGAAAACAACAAAUGACGAUACGUGAAGUUCAAAAUACUGAAACACACUAACAGCAACACAGAACCAAUAACCCACAAAACACAAAGGAAAACCGACAGUUAAAUAUGGCUCCCAAUCAGAGAUAACGAGCCAACAGCUGACACUCGUUACCUCCGAUUGGGAGUCACUCAGGUACACAUAGAAAAAGCACAACUAGACUACCCAACAUAGAAAACGAAAACACACCGAAACAAACACACCCUGGCACAACAACACGAGUCCAUAGCCAGAGUGUGACAUCAGGCUUUGAUGUAGAACACCAGUUUCUCCUGCACAAUCUGCACUGGUGCGUACAGUAUUUCCCAUUUCUACUCCUUUCAUAAAUUAUUAAGGUCACCCACAUGUUCUGGAGAGAAAAGGAUAGAGAAGUCGCAUACCGUGAAUCAACGGCUUAAUGCCUCGUGUCUGUGAGAGAGAAACAAACCUUAUUCGGCAUGAAAUGUCAUCACGACUGUAAGGUUCUGUAUUUAUUUUCUUAGCCAACCUUGUGUUCUUGAACGCGGCCCUGUUUCUUUGUGUUUUUGAACGUAGCCCUGUCUUUCAUUUUUGUUCAUUGAUUUCACCUGUGUUUGUUACUCACCUGGUCUCAUUAGCUCCUUAUUUAAUUCAGUUCUUUCUGUUUGUGCCUUGUGAGGUAUUGUUUGUUUUGACUCUACUAAGACUUUUCCUAGCUCGUUUGUGACAACCAGUUAUAGCUUUCAGUCCUAGUUUUUGAUUCUCCUGCCUGUUUGCCUACCUGUGUAUGACCAUUGGCCUGUGACCACGAUUCCUGCCUUUUGCGAAGGCGAAAUAAACACCUGCUGCGCUCUGCGCGUGAAUCUACACCUUUUUCUCCUUGAGUAUUCAUUACAGAAUACCUCACCAAAACGGAAUGGAUUCAGCGGAGCUACAGCGGUGCCUAACCCAGCAAGACAAGUGUAUGGAAGAAAUCUGCCAUCUUCUCCGCCAGCCUAUCCCUACUCCUCCGAUGCCAGGUAUCGUAACCCAUAGCCCUCCUUCAUUCAUAUCCAUGCCUGGAAAGUAUGACGGUUCACCUGGGAAAUGUCGGGGAUUUCUGAUGCAAUGCAGCAAAUACAUUGAGCACAACCCCACUAACUUCGCCACCGACAAGAGCAGGGUGGAUUUUGUUGUGCCACCGCCAUAUGGACUGCCAACAGCACAGAACUCGGAUCCGAGAACCAUUUCCACACCGUCUUCAAAGAGGUAUUCGAUCACUCUCCUUCCGGUCAUCCUAUAGGAGACCUCCUCAUAGAACUUCAACAAGGAUGCAAUUCAGCUGCCGAGUAUGCCCUCGAGUUCCGCACCAUGGCUGCAGGGAGUGGAUGGAGUGAGGCUGCUUUACUUACCAUCUACCGAAGAGGGCUCAACAGGGAACUUCAGGCGGAGCUGGCCUGUAGAGGUGACCUUCAGGAUUUAAAUCAAUACAUUCGUAUGUCCAUCUCCAUCGACCACCUCAUCGCCGACCGUCGAAGAAUUCUGCCACCCAGGAACCCAAAACCUUUUCUUUCCAUGAUUCUGUCAUCCCGUCCGAGUCUUCCAGAGCCUGUGCAGUUGGGCCACGCUCCUCUCCCGUGUAUCGAACGUCAAAGGCGUAUCCAAGAAGGGCUCUGCCUAUACUGUGGAGGGAAAGAUAAUCUACUCAGCCAUUGCCCUGUUCGCCCCCCACGGAGAGAUGAGAAGGGUCCCUCCGCUGCCAUGCAGGUAGGCGUGUCCUUAUUUCUAAAUAUCUCCCAGAAGCAAUUCUCCAUCCCAGUGUUGAUAACCGCGACGGGGGUUACGAAGUACAUAGAGGGUUUGAUAGAUUCAAGAGCAGCAGGUAAUUUUAUCGAUCACCAGCUAGUACAAGAGCUUGACAUUGAUCUAACACCUGUCACCCCUCCCUUAAGAAUUAACGCCCUGGAAGGGCAGCCAUUGGGCACAGGCUUCAUUACGCACCUGACACAGAGCGUCACCCUCCAGAUUGGAGUCUUCCAUACCGAAACCAUUCAACUCAUGGAACUCUCAUCCCCCAAACAACCACUCAUCCUUGGACAACCCUGGCUUUGUCGUCAUGACCCUGCCAUCUCAUGGCGACAAGGUGAACUACUGUCCUGGUCUUCUACCUGCUUCACCAGUUGUUUCCGCCUACCCUGCAGAGCCAUCACUAUUGAGGACUCUGCCUCUGCAGUGCCACCCACUAUACCAUCUGAAUACGCCCAGUACAGCAAUGUCUUCAGCAAAAUCAAGGCCUCCACUCUGCCACCACAUCACACAGUGGACUGUGCUAUUGACUUACUCCCUGGAGUGUCCCCACCAAAGGGCCGUGUUUACCCCAUAUCUAUCCCGGAAAAUGUGGCAAUGAAGAACUACAUUGAUGAAACACUCAAACGGUUUCAUUCGUCCUUCUUCUUCCCCGGCUGCAUCCAGCUUCUUCUUCGUUGGAAAAAAGGACAGUGGUCUCCGUCCAUGUAUUGAUUACCGUUCCCUGAAUGAUGUCAUGGUCAAUAACCGUUUCCCUCUUCCUCUGAUCCCAGCGACCCUUGAACAAGUGGGCCGCGCCAACAUCUAUACAAAACUUGACCUGCGAAGUGCAUAUAACCUUGUCCGUAUACAUGAAGGCGACGAAUGGAAGACGGCCUUUAUCACCGCACGAGGGCACUACGAAUACCUGGUCAUGCCCUACGGCCUUACUAACACCCCCGCCGGCUUCCAAUCCUUUAUGAACUAGGUUUUCCAGGAUAUGAUCAACUGCUUUCUCAUCGUCUACAUUGAUGACAUCCUGAUUUUACUCCCACUCCCUGAAGGAACACAUACAGCAUGGACAAAAGGUUAUUCAACGGCUUCUUGACCAUAACCUUUAUGUGAAGACUGAAAAGAGCACUUUCCAUGUAACCUCGGUAAACUUCCUUGGUUUCGUACUGACACCUGGAGGGGUCAGCAUGGAUGAGAACAAAGUCACCGCCGUCAGUAACUGGCCCAAACCCACCACCGUUAAGGAACUCCAACGUUUCAUUGGGUUCUCCAACUUCUAUCGCCGGUUCAUUCUGAACUUCAGUUCUACUGCCGCUUCCCUCACUGCCCUUACCAGCCAAAAGACCCGGACCCUUCAAUGGACUGAUACCGCCCUGACUGCUUUCAACAACUUGAAACACCUCUUCACCUCAGCUCCUGUCCUUCGCCAACCUGAUCCGACCCUUCCUUUCACCCUGGAGGUGGAUGUCUCCGAAGUAGGAGUAGGAGCCUUACUCUCUCAGCGGGUGUGAACACCUCCCUAAUCACAUCCUUGUGCCUUCUUCUCCAGGAAGUUAUCAGCCGCUGAGAGAAAUUACGAUGUGGGGAACAGAGAACUCCUCGUCAUCAAGCUGGCCCUCGAGGAGUGGCGCCACUGGUUGGAGGGUGCACAACAUCCCUUUCUCGUCCUAACAGAUCAUCGUAAUCUGGAAUAUAUCAAAGGGGCCAAGAGGUUAAACUCCAGACAAGCCCGCAGGGCUCUCUUCUUCACACGCUUCUAUUUUCUGCUAUACAAGAAGCCCUAACCUCAGACCCGGCUCCUCCUGAGACACCAGCUGGGAAGAGUUACGUACCAGCAGCUGUUAGACCCCAACUGAUGCAAUGGUUUCACACGUCCUUGGGGUCAAGACAUCUGGGCAUUAGACAAACCACCAAAGUUCUGGUGGUCCUCAAUGGCAUUACGUACUCUCCUGUCCAGUCUGUGCCCAAACCAAAAGCCCUCGUCAUCUCCCUUCCGGUAAGCUUCAACCUUUGCCAAUCCCUCACAGACCCUGGUCCCACAUAGCUGUUGACUUCAUCACAGACCUUCCUGAAUCCUCUGGUAACACCACCAUCCUUGUCAUAGUAGACCGUUUAAAAAAAAUGUGUUGUCUGGUUCCUCUUCCUCAUUUACCUAACGCCAUGGAAUUGGCUGAGUGUAUGUUCCAACAGGUGUUCCGUCUGUAUGGGAUUCCGGAGGACAUCGUCUCUGACUGCGGGCCCCAGUUUGUCUCCCGGGUGUGGCGAGCCUUCUGUGACUGACUGGGGCUCGCCCUCAGCCUCUCCUCUGGGUACCAUCCCCAGACCAACGGGCAGACGGAACGCCUGAACCAAUAAAUAGGGAAGUACCUCCGCCAACAAUGUUCUGCCUCUCCACAUGACUGGAGUCGGUAUAUGGCCUGGGCCGAAUACGUCAGGAGCCUCCCUUGGGAGGGGGGUACUGUAAGGUUCUGUAUUUAUUUUCUUAGUCAACCUUGUGUUCUUGAACGUAGCUCUGUUUCUUUGUGUUUUUGAACGUAGCCCUGUCUUUCAUUUUUGUUCAUUGAUUUCACCUGUGUUUGUUACUCACCUGGUCUCAUUAUCUCCUUAUUUAGUUCAGUUCAUUCUGUUUGUGCCUUGUGAGGUAUUGACUUUUCCUAGCUCGUUUGUGAGAAUCAGUUUUAGCCUUCAGUCCUAGUUUUGUUACUCCUGCCUGUUUGCCUACCUGUGUAUGACCAUUGCCUGCCUGUGACCACGAUUCCUGCCUUUUGCGAAGGCGAAAUAAACACCUGCCGCGCUCUGCGUGUGAAUCUACACCUUUUUCUCCCUGAGUAUUCAUUACAACGACAGCAUCAGUUAGAGAUGUGAAUAAAAUCUAGCCUACUAAAUGCAAAUGUUAGUUUUUGAAUACUUGCUGUGGAAGUGUGAAUAGAAUCUAAUUGUUUUUCCUAUAUUUUGAGUCCUUGGGUAAGAAAACACUUGAUUAUUAAUUCCUUCUCUCUCAUUAGCUUUUUUGAGGACCCUGUGGAAGACUGGUAUCCAUUAUUUAUCGCCUAGCCCCAAAACAGCAGCUGUAUGCUUGUGUAAUUGCCAUAUGUUCUGCUUUUGCAAGCAGAUUGGGAAGAAUUAUUCUGUAUAGAGAAUUAUAUCAGGCUUACAAGGACACACUGCCACAGACAUUUCCAGAACUGACUGAUCAAAAAAGUUCCCAACUCAGAUAACUUGAACUUUGGUCUGCACUGGCCAAUUACCCACAAUGGCAUCUUGCCUAGUAUCUGCGGAUGCUCUGGCAGAGAUACUGCCUCACCGUUAGAAUUCAGUCGAUAAAGCCUUGCUCGGAUAGAGCUGCAGUCUGCUCCAUUCAGUCCUCAGCACUUUGGGCCUGCAAUUAUUCACCAAGCUGACAUGGCCUCUCCUCCAACGUUGAAUAAAUACUCCAGUGACGCAACGUUCCCCCAGCCACGCAGCUACAGUUCUAAUCGUUUAGACUGUUACUGUAGCCUCUCUGAAAUGUUUAUGCCCCAGUUAUGUACUUCUUCUUCUCCGUUCGAGAGCAGAUCAUCUGCCGUUCUGUUUGGGUAUGGAUCGCAGUUUUACAGCCAGUGGUAGCUGCAGCAGGAGGCCCUCUAUCCUGCCUUGUAGGGGCAUGGACUCCCUUCGCUUCCAGUCCCAGGGCUUGUCUGUAGCACUAGCGCUGCACAUCUGUUUAUUCCAUCCACAUGUGUAGAGGAGGCCCAUGCCGGUAUAUUGGGCAAUUACUGCCGUGAUUGGUGGAAGAGGGAGGUCCUUUAAAGGCUGUCUAACGGGGGUUAUCUAGCGGAUCACUGGCGUUGUCGUGUCAUUGUCGUAGCGAUGCCGGAGACCUCAUUUGCAGCGAGAGCGCUGAAGCAGCCCCCGAC